GCUCGCUCCCGAGAGACGUAGUAAGCUCUUUACAGAGAAUCAACGUUACCACGACGCCGUAAACCGAGGAAGGAAACUUGCUGCUGGUAUAAGAGAAUCAGGUAUCCUAUUGUUGACAUCUAAAAUGCUUCCUGUGUUUAGUUUUAGUGUGAAGACUUUUUAACAGAUAUAUAUCUAGAAACAUGUAGUUUAUACAUUGUCAGUUUUCGAAAAUAACAUUUUACUUACACCAUGUUUUGUCUUGUCUAAUGUAACUCUUCGUUAUCGAACUAUUAUAAAAACAACCUGACAAUAUCAUGUUGCAAUUUAAAUCACAUAAAAGGUUAACUAGGUGUAUCCUCAGGGAACAACUGGCUAACAAUAGUUUACAGUAUAUGGCUUUAGAUACAACUUCAGACCAAUACUAUUAUUUUCCUAAUAUAACAUAGAUCCUACAACAAUAUUUUAUUAAUAGCAAAUGGUGUUAGAAUAAUAUCUCUGUAUUAUUUUACUGAAUCAUUGUUUCUUUACUCCAAUUAAUGUACCAUAGUCCAGCACCAGUGUUUUUGCUUGGUUUUUUUUUAUUUAAAAAAAAAAAAAUUUGUUAAUAUAAAUUACACUUAAAUACAGAAGUAUAUAGACGGAGAGCCCUACAUUUAUGUUGGACAUAUGAAUUUAGUUGACUUUCAUAAUCUGGAGGGGGGGUAUAAUGAUAUUCAGUCAUGUGCAGUGCUUGAAUGCAUGAAUCAUUUGUACUUAUUUUCCCUUCCAGAACAGAUAUUUGAAUAUGAGUCGUAGAAAGAAGGCACCUCCAGUUAAGCUGGAUGAAGAAGCAAAGAAACAACACCACUGGAACAUGCAUGAAGACAGGAGAUUUGAGGACUUCUCCUUGGUGGAAGAUGUCGAUGAUCCUGGACCAAGUACCUCAUUUUCUUUUCUUGAAGUUAAAAAUGCACCAAGUGAUGAAAAUCAGUCAUUGGAUCCCAAACUUUAUAAAAUUCCAACAGAGACAGAAGCAGAUGAAGCUACAUGUGCUUUUGAUCCGCUGAAAGUUGAACUCAACCUGGUUGUUUCUCGUCUUCCAGUGGAAGAGUUUUGGAAGGCUUUGCUUGGUGUGUUCCAUCUUCACUUUUCAUCUGGGCUGGCUAUAAAUAAAGUUUAUCAGGAUGUCAGUUUUUCAUUGACUAAAACUGACUCAAAGUCAGCUCAUUUGCUUAUGUGUAUUCAUGCAAGAGACGGGGAGCUAGAUGAAGAAGGUUCAAAAACGGGGUCCAGAAGCAACUAUGAGGAGACGUUGCCUGUGGAAACAUCGCUUAGUGAUGAUCUGCUAGAAGACUUGAGAUGGCUGCAAAAGAAAAAGCUUAUAGCACUUUAUCAAAGGCCUUCAGAAAAUACAAGAAUUGAGGUAUUUUGACAGAAUUGGGAUUUGCAGGUUAAAUAUUCAUCUGUAACAGAUGUGGCUCUCAAGUGAUUUGAAUUGGUCAUGGUGCCUGAAGUCUGUUUGUGCAGCAUUUUGCUACAAACGCUGCACAUAGAAAGGUUAACACCUUAGCUGCUGAAGGUCCCCACUCAGUCCACCUCCCAGUUUUCUUUACAAUCUGGUGGGUGUGGUAGGAAUCCUCGGUUGAGAAAGAUCAGACUGAGGGAGAACUUAGCCUUGGCACAUGGGAAAAAAAGGUAAGUUUUAAGUUGUGUGGUGUUUCAUGUGGACCAGCACAGAGAAAUACCACAGAGAGGGUUACUACAACCAAAACCAGUGUUUUAAGAAAGGAAUGGUUUUUUUUGGUGGGAGCAAUCCCUUCAUAUAUAUGUAGCCUAUUUAGUUUUACUUAUUAUGGAGUAGAGAUGUUUUUGUCUGAUGCUGAACCAGUCAUCAAAAAAUAAAAAAGCAAUGUAUGCUGUCAUGUCUCUGUCCAUGGUACUAGGUAAAUAAUCAUAUAGUCAGAUAACAAUGGUUCCAUAAUUUAUUCAGUAUGUAAUCGCACAAUUUUUAUUAUUCUUUUUUGUGUACUACAUUUUUUGGGGGAGAGUCUUAUUUGUUAUAAACAUCUAAUUUACUCUUUUACUGCUGAUCAUUUUCCAAAACCUUGAACCUGGGUUCAUGGUGUCAUGGAGAGCAAUAACUAAAAAUUAGCCUUAAAGACACAAUACUUUUAUUAAAAAUGUACAAAUAUGGUACAUUUUCAGAAAAAUAACAUUUUUGGUUUUGUUUGUAAAUAAUUCCCCAAAAUACUACAGGUGUGCAUGUGUUUUUUUUUUUUUGUUUUUUUUUUUAAAACAGUGGAGGCAAACCAUAUGUAUUCACGUGAAUUGGAGCAGGUAUCUUUAUUAUUUAUUCAAUAUGUACCACAUGCAAGGACUGCAAGGUUUAGUAUUGUAAGGAAAUCAAGUAUAGCUGAACCGCUUUGAUAAUUCCUCCUGCAAUGCCAGCGUCUAAGGUAGUUCCAAGCAAUGAAGUCCAUAAGAAAUAUAACAGCUUCCCAAGAUAAUCCCCUUGGUAAAGCAUACGAAUUCCCAAAUAACAGUCAGAGUCCAGAAUCAGGAUACAAGUAGAUCUGAGGUCUGGAAUCUCCAGCCUGCUUUUUAUUAGGGUUACAGACAAAAAAUACACACCCAGGGGGAGGCAUUAAAUCACCAAUCAGGUACAGGUUACAGCCCCUACCUCCCUCCCCUCUGAUAAACAGUUAACUUCAUUAAAACGUGCACUAUUUUACCCCAGUUCUGGAUGUACCCCAAAAACAGGGGGUACACCUUUAAAUUGGGCACCGCUGGAUAGUGCUCACUGGUGGGGACAAUAUGUCAAAAAAUCAGUCCAUUCGGAUGAAUGGUUCGGGAGUUAUGGAGCACUAAAGUUUUGACCGACCGCACGGAUCAUCUAGCCGAAAAUAGUUCCAUAAGUUUUGGCCCUGCGGUCGGUCUCCGUUUAGGCGAAUAAAAAAGACGAAAGUCCUGCCAUCCGUUCGCAUCUUCGUGGUCGUUGAAAUCCCCAUACGAAGUUGCAUGUAACUACCGAACGGCCGGUCAUUCGGUUUUUUCCGUGCGAAGUUCUGGAUGUAUGGAGGUCUCAGCGGUGUUCGCCUGUUUGUGUAUCCGAUUUUAGUUCCACGCGUUUGACGGGCAAACACCGCUGUUCGCACGUAAAAUGGCCGCGACCACGUGUAAAGUGCCGAAAUGGCGGCCACCUAGAGUUUACACGGGGAAUUCGCCUGAAUCCAUUCGAAUGGUAGAAAUUAUAGCUAUAUGCCGAAUUCCAGCUGAAUUGGGUGAAUUAACUUGUGCAACAAAGGUAGAAAUCCUGAUGAACGGAGUCAUUUCUUCACACUGCUCCCCUAUAAGUCCAUAGGUCGGCAUACCCGCCUAGACCCUGUCGGGUUGGCUUGGGGAUGUCCGAUGAAAGUACGCUUUUAGGUGUCCAGUUCGGUCUGGCGGGACAGUCCAUCCGCAUUCCCAUUUUGUUUACCCGGACGGUACUGCAUGGUAAAAUUGUAUGGUUGGAGAGCUAGGCUCCACCGGAGUAGCCUGGGGUUGUCACCAGCUACCCGGUUGAGCCAUACCAGGGGGUUGUGGUCGGUCAUAAGGGUAAACGCUCGCCCAUACAGAUAGGGCUGAAGUUUCUUGAGGGCCCACACGAGGGCCAAGCACUCUUUUUCUACGGUGGCAUAGCUGACUUCUCGGGGCAAAAGUUUACGGCUGAGGUAUGCCACCGGGUGUUCCAUGCCAUCCGCCCCAACCUGGCUUAGUACGGCUCCCAGCCCAAACAUGGAGGCAUCUGUGUGUACAAGAAAUUGUUUAGUGUAAUCGGGCGCUGCCAACACAGGGGCCUCACUCAAUGCCGCUUUGAGCUUCUGGAAAGCGUCCGUGCACUCUGGGGUCCAGGCGACCUGUUUGGGAAGGGCCUUUUUGGUAAGGUCCGUGAGGGGCUUGGCCAGGGCGCUAUAUUCUGGGACGAACUUCCUGUAAUACCCGGCCGUCCCUAAGAAAGCCAGUACCUGGGUUUUGGUCCGGGGUUGGGGCCAGUUAGCUAUGGCCUCUACCUUAGCGGGCUCUGGGCGUUGUCUACCGGAGCCGACCCGGUGACCCAGAUACUGGACCUCGGCUAGGCCUACGUGACAUUUGUCGGGUUUUAAAGUGAGCCCGGCGAGGUGGAUUCGUUCGAGUACCCUGGACACAUGACCCAGAUGGUCUCCCCAUGUGCGGCUAUAGAUGGCAAUAUCAUCUAGAUACGCACAUGCGAAGUCCUGCAAUCCCUCCAGGAGCCUAUCCGCCAUCCGCUGAAACGUAGCCGGGGCGUUCUUCAUCCCAAAGGGCAUAACCUUGAAUUGGUAUAGCCCAAACGGGGUGACGAACGCCGACUUGGGGAUGGCCGCAGGCUCCAGGGGGAUCUGCCAAUAACCCUUGCACAGGUCCAGGGUAGUCAAGUAGUUCCCCCCCGCCAUACGAUCUAAGAGCUCAUCUAUUCUAGGCAUGGGGUAGGCAUCGGUUAUGGUACGGUCGUUAAGCCUCCGGUAAUCUACACAGAAGCGCGUAGUGCCGUCGCGCUUCGGUACUAGUACCACCGGGGAGGCCCAAGGACUUUGGGAGGGUUCUAUUACCCCUAGCCUUAACAUAUCCCUUAACUCGGUGAGCAUACUCUCACGUACUGCUUCCGGGAUCCGAUAUGGCUGUUGCCGUAGGGGCGUCUCUCCCUGGGUUUCCACACGGUGGACCGCAGCGGAGGUAUAGCCGGGGGUAGCGGAAAACAUCUCUCGGUAUCCCUGCAGCAGUUGAGUAGCCUCGCCUUUCUCCAGGUGGUCUAAAUUUUGCCCCAAGCUUACUUGGUCAAUAGUACAGGGGGUGGUAUCCAGUAAGUCAGGGAGGGGUAGCCCUUCACUAUCCUCUGUGGCGGGGGCGCACACGGCGCCCACCUCCUCUGUCCUUUCAAAAUAUGGUUUGAGCAUGUUCACAUGGAAGGCUUUGGUCAGCCUUUCAUCUGAGCAUUUGCUCACGAUGUAGGUAGUCUCGCUAACCUGUUCCACUACCUUAAAGGGUCCCUGCCAGGCUGCUUGCAGCUUGUCCUUUUUAACGGGCCUCAGAGCCAGUACCUUCUGCCCUAAGUCCAGCACUCUAUCCUGGGCCCUCCUAUCGUACCACUUUUUCUGGUCCUCCUGGGCCGCCUGCAGGUUCUCCCGAACUGAUUCGGUGAGGGCCCGCAGACGGUCCCGGAACUCCAGGACAUACUGGACGAUAGGGACUCCCCCCUCAUCUGUAUUGCCCUCCCAGUGUUCCCGUACGAGCUCCAGUGGGCCCCGAACUUUUCUCCCGUACAGGAGUUCGAAGGGGGAGAACCCAGUGGAGGCCUGGGGCACCUCACGGUAGGCAAACAGAAGGUGGGGAAGGAAUUUUUCCCAAUUCUUGUGGGACUCUGUAAAAGUUUUUAGCAUCUGUUUUAGAGUGCCAUUGAAACGUUCACAGAGCCCGUUAGUCUGGGGAUGAUACGGGGCGCUGAACAGGGGCUGCACUCCACAGCUCUGCCACAGUUGUUGCGUCAGGGUGGCUGUGAACUGCGUCCCCCGAUCGGAGAGUAUCUCCUGCGGGAAACCUACUCGGGUGAAUAUCUGAAUAAGGGCCUCUGCCACGGUCUCGGCCUCUAUAUUGGUGAGGGCGACUGCCUCCGGGUAUCUAGUGGCGUAGUCAACCACCGUUAGGAUAAACUUUUUGCCCGACGGACUGGGGCGACUGAGGGGACCUAUUAAAUCCACCGCUACUCGGUGGAAGGGCUGUUCGAUGAUGGGUAGGGGGUGAAGCUUAGCCUUCCGAAGGUCUCCCCUUUUUCCUACCCUUUGGCAUACAUCACAUGUCCUACAAUAGUACUUUAGGUCCUGGGUAGCUCUGGGCCAGAAGAAGGUUUGAGUUAACCUGUCUCUGGUCUUUUUGACCCCUAAAUGUCCUGCUAGGGGAAUGUCAUGACUGAGUUUUAACAACUCAGCCCGAAAUUUACGGGGCACAACUAACUGUCUUUUAUGACCUGGGUAGCCCCCUGUCCCACCCCCUCGGUUACCCUAUAUAGCAACCCCUUAUACCACUCAAAUUUUUCGUGCGGGUUGUUCUCGGGGGUAGCGGCCGCGGCCUUCCUAUAGCCUUCUAAUGUGGGGUCAGUACGCUGUUCCUGUUCAAACCCCUGGGGGGUAUCCCAGAAGGGUACGGGGGGAUCGGGUAAAGGGGGUAUUUCGACUCUUACCUGGUUCUCCUCAGAGUGCAGCGGAGCUUCCAGUCUGGCUUGAGCUCGGGUGGUAACCGGGUAGGCCUCGGCAGGGGGGUCUCGGGCUAGUUGGGAGGUUAGGCAUCCCACAUCAUUUCCCAACAAAACCUCGGCGGGCAGUUCUUGCAUAAUCCCCACCUCCAGUUGUUUAGACCCGGAACCCCAAUCAACAAACAUAUUAGCGGUGGGCAGUUUGUGAAUAGCGCCCCCAGCCACCCUUACAGCGACUGUGCGUCCGGUGCGAGCUUGUGCUCUGACCGUGUGGGGCUGUACCACAGUCAAAGUAGCCCCAGAGUCUCUCAGCGCCCGGGCCCCCACGCCAUCGACGGUAAUCCAUUGGCGGUGGUGGUCCCGGUUGUCCCCCCCAGCUUGUACUGGAUUGACCUCAUGUAAUACACUCCACUGUUCUUCGUGGUUAAGGGCAGGGCCUGUGUGUUCCUGUUGCACACAGUGAGCAGCUGCCCUGGGUUGUUGUGGGGCUGGCCGUUCCCAGCUUCCCCGGUUUAAGCGAGGGCACUGAUGCUUGUAAUGUCCUGGUUGCUUGCAGUAGUGACACACUGCAGGAGGUCGAGGUGUGUUUGCUGGGUUCGGUGGGGGGUGACCUAUGGCAGGUCUAGGUGGAGCCGGGUUUGUUGGAGCUGUGUACUGAGGCUUAAAUGGUGGUCUGCUCGCCCCUGGCUCCUUCCUCCUGUUAUCCUGGUACUCGUCCGCUAGCCUAGCGGCCUCCUCCACGGUUUUUGGUUUCCUAUCUUUUACCCAGUCUUUUAUGUCCUCUGCAGUAUGAUUAAAAAAUUGCUCCAGUAUCACUAGUUGCAAAGCUUCUUCUAGGGUGGUUGCCUGGCAGCCCUUCAUCCAAUUGCGGGCUGCCCGCUGCAGGCGAAAAGCCCAUUCCGUAUGGGAAUCUCUCCCAGUCUUUCUCAGGUCUCUAAACUUUUUCCGGUAUGCCUCCGGAGUUACCGCAUAUCUGGCCAACAAAAUGUCUUUUAUUUUCUCAUAAUUAUGUAUGUCCCCCUCAGGUACUGCUCGCAGCGCCUCGGCUGCUCUACCUGACAAUUUACUGCUGACGACUGCAGCCCAUUUGGUGGAGUCUAAUCCCUCCAGUGCACACUGGCGUUCAAAGUCUUGCAAGUAACUGUCAAUUUCCAUUUCAUUGUCAACAAAUGAUUUAAACGCUGCAUAAUUUACCUUCUUUGGUAUUUCCCCAAUACUUCUCGGGGGGUGUAGCAAAUCCCCCUGUGACGCUCUGUCCCGGUCAUCUCGCUCUUUUUGCGCUUGUCUGGCUUGUGCUACGACCUGCAGUAUCGCCUCUGAGGAUGGAUUGGGUCCCAAUAAACUGAGUGUCCAUCGGAUGUCCUUUUGCAUCACGGUUUCUUCCUCUUGAUCCAUCUCUGUAUUACUGGUAUUAUCGCUCUGCAUUAACUCCGCAAUUAACGUGGCUUUUGUUUUGUUACUUGCCACUCUGCCUCGAGCUUCCAGUAAGUCCUUUAGCGUGGUUCUUUUAAGUAGCUGGUACUGCUGAGCCAUUCAUUCCUUUGCUUGUUUUGAAAUGUCCAUUUGGGAUUCGAAUCCCUCCGCUUGCCACCAGUUGUAAGGAAAUCAAGUAUAGCUGAACCGCUUUGAUAAUUCCUCCUGCAAUGCCAGCGUCUAAGGUAGUUCUAAGCAAUGAAGUCCAUAAGAAAUAUAACAGCUUCCCAAGAUAAUCCCCUUGGUAAAGCAUACGAAUUCCCAAAUAACAGUCAGAGUCCAGAAUCAGGAUACAAGUAGAUCUGAGGUCUGGAAUCUCCAGCCUGCUUUUUAUUAGGGUUACAGACAAAAAAUACACACCCAGGGGGAGGCAUUAAAUCACCAAUCAGGUACAGGUUACAGCCCCUACCUCCCUCCCCUCUGAUAAACAGUUAACUUCAUUAAAACGUGCACUAUUUUACCCCAGUUCUGGAUGUACCCCAAAAACAGGGGGUACACCUUUAAAUUGGGCACCGCUGGAUAGUGCUCACUGGUGGGGACAAUAUGUCAAAAAAUCAGUCCAUUCGGAUGAAUGGUUCGGGAGUUAUGGAGCACUAAAGUUUUGACCGACCGCACGGAUCAUCUAGCCGAAAAUAGUUCCAUAAGUUUUGGCCCUGCGGUCGGUCUCCGUUUAGGCGAAUAAAAAAGACGAAAGUCCUGCCAUCCGUUCGCAUCUUCGUGGUCGUUGAAAUCCCCAUACGAAGUUGCAUGUAACUACCGAACGGCCGGUCAUUCGGUUUUUUCCGUGCGAAGUUCUGGAUGUAUGGAGGUCUCAGCGGUGUUCGCCUGUUUGUGUAUCCGAUUUUAGUUCCACGCGUUUGACGGGCAAACACCGCUGUUCGCACGUAAAAUGGCCGCGACCACGUGUAAAGUGCCGAAAUGGCGGCCACCUAGAGUUUACACGGGGAAUUCGCCUGAAUCCAUUCGAAUGGUAGAAAUUAUAGCUAUAUGCCGAAUUCCAGCUGAAUUGGGUGAAUUAACUUGUGCAACAAAGGUAGAAAUCCUGAUGAACGGAGUCAUUUCUUCACAAGUAUCAAUAGAACAAGUCUGUCCUGUUACAUAACAUUAACCUUCUUGGUAAAUUAGCCAAUUGACGUACUCCGUGGCUGCACAGUCAAUGUACCAAAAGGUGCAUCAUGUACCUGGCCGUAAUGUCCAUCUGACCCAGCAGAACCUCAUCCAAAUAGUUUCAGCCAACGGGUGUCUGAAUGCUUCAGUGGCAUAAUUGUUUAUGUUGAUAGAAUAUUCAAGCCAUGCACACUGAAAAUGUGAUAGAUGGGGUGACACUCUCAGCCUAUCAGUGGCCAGUGAUGUAAAGGGCACCACGGGAGCCCUCCAAUAUAUUGUCAGGGUUGUUCAUUUUAAAUGUUGUUUUUAUUAUUAAACUAACAAAGCUUUAUUUUUAACGACAAAAAUACAAUUCCUAAAGGAACACUAUAGUCACCAGAAUGAGUACAGCUUACCGUAGUGGAUCUGGUGCCUAUAGCCUAUUCCUGCAGGCUUCUCAAAGUUAACGCUGUCUUUUCAGAGAGAAGUCCAUGUUUACAUUCGUGACUGGUAACACCACUAGUGGUAGCAUCUCCACGCUCUGCAUGGAGGUGCUAAACAUUCCCCGUAGAGAUGCAUUGAUUCAAUGAGGAGAUGCUGAUUGGCACAGCAUUUUUCCGCACCUGCGCAAUAGCCUUCCAAUGAUUUUUCUUUUUUUUUUCAUGGAAAAUCAUUGAAUUAGUUAAGAUCAUCAAGAUUGAUAAUAUCAGCCCUGGAUGCUGGGCCAGGCAAGAUCAGCGCUGCGAUACCGCCAAGGCGUGUGAAUAAAGUUGAGUAAAAACACUUUUCCCAUGCGAUCGGAGGGGCUGGUCUCCUAAUAUGUAUGUGGCAUGCGUAUUGGGUCCCCUCUUUCAGCUGAGGUUGGGGUAGUCCAACAGCCUGACCCAGCACCGAGGGAUAUCAGCACUGGGGUGAAUGAUUGGAUGUUUUGUUUAGUUUUUUACUUUUGUUCAUGAUUGGGGGGGCAGGAGGGGUGGCGACGACGCAGAGGGAUACUUUAGUGUUCAUAAUACAUCUUUGUCUUCCUUAAGACAAAUUAAAUUAAAGAUUCCAUGUGUGGCUAAUUUUGUAUUCUUUAUAUUUUUAAUAAUAGUGUGUGCAAGCUUCUAUAUGUUUUUUUUUUUUUGUUUUUUUUUUUUUUUUUAAAUGUGAACCUUUUGCACCUCAACCUGGCAGAGUUUAAAAACAACAGAGUUGCUUGUAACUCCACACAGCCCUGGUUUAUUACAAUGCAAUAAAUGUUAAUCUAGCUGUUGUGUUCCGUUUUUUUUGUUUUGUUUUGUUUUUUCGUUGAGCCUCAGUUAAUUGUUUUCUCUUCAGUUGUUGUUUGUGUUUUUUUUGUUUUUUUGUUUUUUUUAUUGAGCUCUUUAUUCUUUAUCUUUAUUUCAGGUUGGGGUUUACUUAUUGGAAGCAUGCUUGUCCAAACCAGACUUUAUUAGUGAAGGCAGUGGAAGAAUGAAAAAGGCUUGCAUCCUUAUUCAGAGACUGAUGGAGAAGUUUUAUGAUUUUAUAAUCCCAGGUAAAAAAAAACAAAUUGUCCUAAUUUUAGGAAUUCUGUGGAAACAAGUUAUUAACGCUGCUUGUAGAUAUUUUCCAUUUGUAGUCCAGUUUAUAAACAAAAUAACAACCGCUAACACCUUUAGAGUUACUAUUUAAACCUCAUUAUUUCUCAUUAUAGCUGGUAGUGACAAAGUAACCACCAGUGUUAAUGAGAUUAUUUCAUUUCUUGCUUUUUGUCUUGAUUACUGCCCACUACUUGAGUAAACAGUCUUAUUUAACUUAUUAAUAAACGUUACUACUCUAAGCUAAAUUUAGACUUGACUCAUGCAUAUGAAAACCAUAUAAGAUUUUCAAACUUGUCUUAAUCCUGCGCCAGGUGAAGCUCCGGGCGCUGAUCUUCUGGGCCCCGUUCAGACGUCACCCAGCUCUCUCAUGGUCCAAUUAUAGGCUUUGCAUUCAGAAGCCUGUGAUUGGAUCUGUUAGUCCAGCUCAGAGAACACACGCACUAUCUAAGCCGGAGGGAGAAAGGGAUAUUUUAGUUAAAAAAAAAAAAAAAAAACUCAUACAAGUUACCGAGGGAAAUGUUAGGGAAUGCACAGUGGGAGAGGUAAACAAUCUUCCACUAGCAGAUGCUCUGCCUGCACAGGGGAAGAUUUUUACAUCUGUCAGCAGUAUGCCCUGACGACAGACCUAAAUUAUGCACAGAAUUGACUUUAGGCAGCCGGAAUAGAGUUCUGGGCUGCCUAAAUCACAUUUGCUGGGGAUGCAACUAAAAAGUUAAAAAUAACUCUGGAUGACACGGAGAAAGAUGGCCGCAUGAGUCCUUAGCUCUGCACCACGAGCUAGGCAAUAUCAUCCAAUUGUGAGAUUCCUGCGGGAAAUAAGAAAUUAUUCCAGAGAUGUCGCAACCCAAAACCCUUCGGCACCAAGAUAAACCUGGCAAACUGAACUUCUUCGGCCAAAAAAAAGUUGCGGCCCUGGCAAGACAAACCGCCACAGCGGACCCUCAAGAUGGCGCCGAACUCUCAGGGGGAAGCAGCCUGAGGUCAGAGACAGAUUCACCGCACGAUGGUGAACCGCUCACCGCUGCCUUUUUAAAACGAGCCCUGGACGAACAAUCCCAAAGACUGAUAGCUAUCUGGCAAUCCAGCGUCGCAGAACUGAAACGAGACCUGUCGAUGCACACAAUGCGUCCGCAGAGCACCUAAAAUCUCUCACCGAUCAACUUCAAAAAUGUGAGGCAAAGCUCAUGGACCUUGAAGAUUGAUCCAGAAGGAGCAAUAUCAGGCUGAGAGGCAUACCAGAGACUGUUCUCCCGGCGGACCUGCCCAGUCAUGUACACAGCUUUUUCAAACUCCUGACCCCAGAAAUCCCCACUGACAUGCUGCUGCUGGACCGCCUGCACAGUGUCCCAAAACCCCAACAUAUAGCUGCAUCCUUACCCAGAGAUGUGUUACUGAAAGCACACUACUUCCAUGUAAAAGAUCUCCUGAUGAGAAGAAGUAGAACCGCAAAAGACCUUCCAGCUGAAUACACAGGCAUCAAGAUGUUCUCAGAUCUCUCAGCAGCCACCCUGAGACAACGGAAAACCUUCCAGCAAGUGACAGACUUUCCGCGACAACUGCAUCCUAUACCGCUGGGGCUUCCCUGUCCGCCUGAUUGUCUCCAGAAACGGAACCACCACCGUUGUAGAAGAAGGCCUGAACCUCCUACACCAGUGGAACCUGACCAGUGUAGGCGAAACACAAGCCCCGAAACUACCGAGAAAAGUGUUUAAGGACUGGCAAGUUGCCGACUGAGGUCCCACCGCAAGUAUCCCCGCUCCGGCGGUAAAAUACCCAUACUGCUCUAAUACUUAAUUAUUGACUCCCGGCCACUACUAUCUCUAAGGCCAGCUUGCAUUAGCCUGAUAGGCGCCUGCGGGCUUAGCAUUACCACAAUCUGCAGUACGCAAAUAAUUAUUAACUAUCACGUUGCAUUUAUAUUUGUCCAUAAUGUUUGCAGGGUGUACUAGCAAUAUUGUGACAUAAUUUGCCUAAUUGUUUAACUGUUGUUGACCUAUACUGUUUACCAAAAGCAUAUGCAAUACCUUGCCACGCUUUAUUAGACUGACUCCACAAACCAACUAAUGUAUGCCCCCGACAACGGAUGCAGGAGUGGCACCAUACACUACUCACACCGACCGACUUACAUGGGUGACCGCAAUCUACCCAAGCCGCCCGUCAGGCAUAUUCAUAAAGCCACAUCUCGGGCUCCACCUAAACUGGUACACCUGGCUAGUCCGCAAAGAAGAUAGUAGUGGUGGACUGCUAAUCCAGGCUUUGGCCACUCACACUUGCUGGAUUUGGGUUGUCCCAUAACGGGAAUUACACAUCACCUAAACCCUUGCUCCCACUACUCCAGAACCCAAGUGGCAGUUGGGGUUGGAGCCCCAUAGCAUGAGCCAGAGUUACCGAGCAUAAUAUGGCAGAAAACUUCCUUACAGAACGAGUUUGUGGUCACACACGUAGAGCUGGGAGACCCCGAUACAAAACCUAAACAGGUUACCAACUCCCACCCCCUUCUUCAACUGAGGUCCCGUAAGGACAUCUCACUAUAUUUAAACAAGGGUGCUCUUCAUUUGUCUUGCGAAUCACACUCAGAGAACACACAAGACUUCACUUGGUUUACUGUUGUUCUUUAAUAGUGCAUGUUGCACCCCAUACCUUUAGCCUGCUCAGGCCACCGCCUGUCCACCAUCUCCGAUCCCACGCUCCCCACGGCGUUGCGCCACAGCGCCUUGCACCGAGAUCGGGCUUAUAUGUACAUACUUUUGUUAACCAAGUCUAUUUUUUUCACCCCUGUUUCACUCCCCCCAGUUACAAUCCCACCCCCCCAUCCCGUCCAAACACCCAGACAAAAACAUCUAAAAAAAAGGAACCCAUACGCCCUCUCUUCACAAUCAACGGUACAAACCGUACGUUACAUCUCAUGAUCCCACUUUUAAUGAAAGCAAUCUGCCCUAUAACAUACACUGAUAGUCUACUCACAUAAUGUCCGGGGGCUCAACAUGCCACAUAAGAGACACAUGUUACAUCAAGAGGCUCGCAAAUCAAAGGCAGACAUAUUGUGCCUUCAAGAAACCCAUUUCCCCAAAGCCAAAAUCCCCCAAUUCAGAAUGAAGCACUUCCCUCAUCAAUUCCACUCAGCGUAUAUAUCUAAAUCCAGAGGAGUUUCCAUUUACAUACAUAGCUCAGUAGCCUUUGAACUACUACGCACCAUCUCAGACGACCAGGGCAGGUACCUGAUUAUCUGUCUGAUGAAUAACGUACAAUAUACUGUUGUGAAUCCAUAUGCGCCCAAUGAAAACCAGAGGAACUUUUUGACCAGUAUCCUCACAAAGGUGGCAGCUGCACAGCGAGGCAAUAUGAUAAUAUGCGGGGAUAUAAACCACAUCCUUGACCCAACCCUAGAUACCUCCAUGCCCCCCACUACCUACCGACAGAAAUCCCUCAAACCAACUUGCAAAGCCUUAACACAACUGUUGAUGAAUUUCAACCUCUAUGACUGCUGGAAAAUACUCCACCCCUUGGACAGACACAAGACUUACUCCAGGAUAGAUGUAAUACUCAUAACAGGACCUUCUCUUAAUCUGCUUCAAACAUGCCACAUGGGAGACCUCAUCUGGUCAGACCAUGCCCCAGUACUUGCCACAUUCAGAGACGAAUUCACCUUUAGAGGUUGCAACCCAUGGAGACUUAAUAGCUCCAUUUUACAGGACGAUAAAUUUAGCUCAGAAAUAGAAACAGAACUCAAACACUACUUCUCUGAAAAUGAAACGUCAGGGAUGUCCCCGACAUUGAUAUGGAGAGCCCAUAAGGCCGUAAUGCGUAGGUUGUUUAUACGACGGUCCUCCUUCCUAAAAAAGACCUCCCAGACGAAAUACCUGAACUUACUGAGGAAAUUGAGAGACGCCACAGCCUCCCAUCUACUCAACCCAAACCCAGGAGACGCUGCACCCAAACCCAAACCCAAUCAGAACUCAACGACAUAAACAUAGCCAACACAACCCGCACACUCCAAAAACUGAAAACCAGGGAGUACUGUAUGGGUAACAAAGCCAGCUCAAUCCUGGCCAACUGACUCAGAGACGCACAAGCACAAACCAAAAUAGCAUACCUUAACUCACAUGACGGGAAAAAGAUAAUCAAACCCCAACAGAUCAGUGAACUUUUCGCUGAUUUUUACAGCAAACUCUAUCAUUUAAAAGACGACCCUACGGCACACCAGCCCACUAAAGAGGAAAUAACUAAUUUCCUGUGCAAAGUUCAUCUAAAUGCACUCUGUCUCUCAACAGGAGUCUCUUGCUGAGCCCAUCUCACAAACAGAAGUACUCACAGUUAUACUGAACCUGCCAUUAAACAAAACCCCAGGCCCAGAUGGACUGCCAAACCUAUACUACAAGAGGUUCUCCUCUAUCCUCACCCCCCGACUAGCAUCACUUUUCACUUUCACCACGGCACAAAAAAACAUACCGCAGGACAUGCUCACGGCCAACGUGGCCACUUUACCCAAACCUGGUAAACCACCAACCCACUGCGCAAAUUUCAGACCGAUCUCCCUACUAAAUUCGGACGUGAAGAUCCUGGCAAAAGUCUAUGCCAACAGACUGACUACAAUCCUGCCGACUAUUGUGCACUCUGACCAAGUCGGCUUCGUGCGUGGCAGGCAGGGAGCGGACGGCACACGAAAAGCCCUUGCAUUACUACACACCAUGCAUAGACGCUUCCCCAAUAGCCUCCUACUAUCCUUAGACGCUGAAAAAGCUUUCGACCGCCUGCACUGGUCAUUCCUGCAGGCGGUCCUAGUUAAAUUUGGCUUCCCUUCACAAUUUAUCUCCAUGAUCAAAUCACUAUACAGUAACCCUAAGGCCCGGGUCUUCACGUCCGGAUACCAAUCAAGGUCUUUUCCUAUUACCAAUGGCACCCGACAGGGGUGCCCCCUCUCACCCCUCUUAUACAUUAUGGCUUUAGAACCCUUAGCGGAGUCCAUCCGCUCAUCAACAGAGAUCACGGGAAUCAAAAUCGGGGGGGUCAGAACAUAAAUUAAAUGUUUUCGGAUGUCCUCCUAACCAUAACCGACCCACACAAAUCUUUACCUGCAUUCCACAACAUACUGCAGCAAUACAGCCAUUGCUCGUACUAUAAGCUGAACCUAUCUAAAACACAGGCCAUGGGGGUGGGGAUGGAGGAUGACUAUCUAUCCAACCUGAGGAGCCAGUUCUCUUAUGACUGGAGAAGGGACUACCUCACGUUCCUGGGGAUAAAACUCCCACACACUAUGUCCGACUUGUACCAUUUAAACUACAUUAAACUUGGCAAAGACAUCACCAACACCCUCCUACACUGGAGGAAUAAAUUUAUAUCCUGGUCUGGCCGAAUAGCAGCGGUAAAGAUGGUGAUACUACCCAAAUUACAAUAUCUAUUUAGGACACUCACCUUGACAGUGCCACCUGCUUACUUUCUAUCCCUCCAGAAACAAAUUAACUUAUUUAUAUGGCAUGGAAAACGACCGAGAGUUGCUUUAUCCACAUUACACCGACCAGUGCAGAUGGGCGGCAUGAGCCUCCCCAACGUGCAACUAUACUACAAAGCAGCAGUCUUAGCCAGUCUCUUUCCUAUUCACCAACACACGUCUCCCCCCCAGUGGGUCUCUAUAGAACAAAACUGGUUGCAAACCCAAGACAUUCAAACAACAGUAUGGAUGCUACCCCAUCAAAGGGGAAACACCACAAAUGCACUUCCCGCCGCCUUAACGACACUAAAAAUCUGGGAUACCACCCGCAAACUCCUGUGCAGCUGCCACCCAACCCCCUUCUCAACCCCAAUUAAGACCCUGGCGCAAACGAUACCUGACUUCAACUACAGAGCAUGGAACAGAUGCGGGGUGUUCUAUAUACAUUCCCUAUUAGAAAAAGGUAAACUAGCCACAUUUGACCAACUGAAAGCUAAUUACAUAUUGCCGAAUACGGCAUACCACUCUUACCUCCAGCUGAAUUCUUGGUGGAAAACCCAUGUACCACAUCCCAUAUCGCCCACUACUACUGUUCUAACGCCCUUCGAAAAAAGUAUAAUGGCAGAUACACCAGCGGCAAAGCCCAUUUCCACCAUAUACAGGCUACUACUGCCCCAACAAGGAAUUAAAUCCCUUACUUGUGUACGCUCCUGGGAAAAAGACCUAGAUCAAACACUGUCAGUGCAGACCUGGCUGGCCGCAGUAAAUGCAACCAGAGGCCUGACGUUUUGCGCUUCACACUUAGAGAUCACUCGUAAACUUUUCUACCGCUGGUACAUGGUCCCAACACGCCUAGCCACAAUGGACCCGCAGCUGUCCAGCACUUGCUGGCGCUGCAAAAAAGAGACAGGCACAUUCUUACACACCUGGGGGAAAUGUACGAAACUCCAACCAUACUGGAAAGAAGUUAUCUUAUUAAUACACCAACACACCUCAAUCAUGAUACCGAACUCCCCAACACCUCUGCUCUUACUCAUGCUGGAAGCCGACUACCCAAAACCGAUUAAAUACCUAAAUACUCCACGUACUGGUAGCGCCCCAAAACUUUAUCGCAAAAAAUUGGUUAUCACCCACCAAUGCAACAAUGCGAGAACUGAUCAGACACCUAUCCCAAAUUGGGAAAUUUGAAUCAAGUAUACCCCGCAUACCACCCAACAAAAGCUGGAGACAUGAGGCAUCGGAAAGUUGGGAGCUGAAACACCCGACUUGAGAGUAACGUAAACACAUCGCAGCCAAUAACACUCAUAACACUAAUUAUAAGAGACGGCACAAACACUAGCCAACCUCUGGGAGGCCCACCCACCGAAAGCAAAGCACUCACCGUAUCGCAUACCCAGGGAAUAAAGCUAAUAGUAAGAACCCUUUGACUACCCUGCAAAGAACGGGCGGAAGAUGAAAUUCCAUCCCCCCUCCCCCCUUUCUUUCCCAUGCUACAUAUCCUAGCCUUCCAAGGCUAGACCCAACCAUGAGCCACAAAGGUACACAAAUAUAGAGGGUUGCAACUGAUAUCGUAAACUCUGGAUGUACAAUGUUUUAAACAGAAACACUGCACAUCCAGACUCCUACCACCAUGAACAGUUAAAUUUACUGAAGUUGUCAUUGUGUUGGAGUAUUUACCCAUUAGGGUGGAGGGCUGUUAUAAAUAUAGGCUGGGAAUAGAAGAGGUUCGUCAGUAAGUGUGAAUAAUGUGUGACUGUUUACUCUGUGCAAACAUUCUAAAUGGUUUAUUAGUAAAAACACAAAACGAAAAUAAAGAAGAGUAGUCCCCAAAUAAGAGAACACUCAAUGCUGGUAUAGGUGCUAUAAAACACACAAAUUAUUUACACCUUAGUAUACCUUAAUCAACUUGCUUAGAGAAAGUUGGUGUGAAUCAGGGAGAAGCACUCAAAUCCUAAGUGAUGAUGCUACCUUGUGUAUCCAUAUGCAAAUAAAUCUUUACUAACCCUUUAUCUAAAAAAGAUACAGUAGUAGCAAUUGUAACAAGAGAUAAUGACUGUAGAUAACAUUCUCCUGAUAGUUCAAAAUAUGGCUUACAAAAUAACUUAUUUCAUUGUUGAUAAAUUGGUGGAUAUUACUCAUAACCAUCCAAGUACAGUGAAAGCCUUCAUGUUUAGACACGGGAUUAUUCACAUAAUAUCAUUGCCAGGUUUCCCUCUGAAAAAAUUCUGAUAGCGAGAUGCAGAAUGACCUACUCAGGAUAAUGAUACUGAUGCAGGAUUGCAAUGCCUCAGCUACAAUAAAUGUCUCUUGGUUUGUGAUAUUAUAUAGAUAAGAGUUCUGUUGAAUAAUUGGAUUAGCUUAAAUUCUAGUGCAUUCUAUUUUCUCCCUAAGGGAUGGUGCACCGAGGAGAGUAUGUGCGGCAUUCAGUCAUAAGGUCUAAAUACAAAGACCGCUAUUGCUAGUGCCCUAGGUCUCCUGAUAACACCUUUGUUCUUUUGCUUCACUAGUUUGACAUGUCGUCUUUAACUUGGAGAUCAAUGGUCUGGUGUGAUUGAAUGCAUGAAUGACAGUACGUUAACUUUAGUGAUAGCUGCAGCUAUCACUAAAGUUAACGUACUGUCAUUCAUGCAUUCAAUCACACCAGACCAUUGAUCUCCAAGUUAAAGACGACAUGUCAAACUAUUGAAGCAAAAGAAAAUGGUACCACCAUCCUGACCACAUUUUCCCAGGUUCUGAUCCAAUUAAUUCUGGACAAAACAAGGGAAAUUAUUUGCUGCUCCAUUUCUGGUUUAUUAGUAAGCCUGUUCUAAUGUUAUAAAUAUUAACACCUCCCAAAUCUCAUCCUUUUGAUGAGUUAGACCAUCACUGCGACCAUUUCACCAAUCCCUAUUACCUAUCAUGAUGACCCUCUUUCUAGGAACUCUUUAUAUAUUUGGUAUGCGUGAUAUGUCAAUUGUACACCAGUAAAGUGUAAUUUUGCAAUGUUAAGCAAAAAGAUUGCAGAUAAUCUCAAACCCCCCAUGAUAACACAUUAGUUCAAUAAAAGAAUAAUGUAGUCAGGAAAAAAAGACCGAAUUAGACAAAUAAGCAGAACUUCAGUACAAACAGAAUGCAAAAACUACCAGGUUCAGAUAACCGGUAUCACGCAGUCGGAUAAACUGCUAAAUCACAACAGUAAUAUUAAACCAGAAUAGGUCUGUUCAACUGAUAGAAAGCGGAAAUUGUCAGAAGCAACAGACAGUGGAUUCACAUAGUGUAUAUAAGACUAUUGUGGCUAUGUACCAUCACUAAUUGGGGGGGAGCAAAAAAUCAAAACAAACAUGUAUUUUUAUACAUUCACGCAUUUACCUACUAAGACAAAGUUAAAAACUGCACGUGCUUCAGUCUCAUGAUCGGAAUUCAAAGUGACAAUUUUUCCAUUUUGUCCAUAAAUUCAAAACCAUAAAUUUGAAACUACCUUGAAUUCUCACUUUAGUGAAUGACCCUGUGUGAAUGCAAGUAUACCAUUGUAUGAUUUAUUAGUUUGUAUCGUUUUUCCACUGUAUCUCUACUUAUGAAGAAACUUUGUUCCAUUCAAUAUUAAUAUGAAAUUUGUUCGCAUAUAGUUGACCAGUCUAGAUUGGUGGAUUUUGAGUUGUGUGCUAUUGUUAUCUUAGCUGCAUAGAGGAUAUGUAUUCUUGAGAAUCUUCCACAAAAACCUAUUUGAGGUGAAUUUAUUAAGAUUGAAGAAUUUUUGUAAGAAAAGUUUGAUUUUAAAUUUGAGGUUUUCUAAUUUGGUACAGUUCCACCAAAUAUGUGGCAAGCUUCCUUUUUCUAGAUUGCAUCUCCAAAAUAAAUCCUAGUUAUUCUUUGAAAUUUUAUUAAGUCAUACCACCUAUAUAUGUUUAUAGUGCAGUUCUAACAUAGAGAUACAGUGGAUAUUCUGAGACACACGUUGAAUGGCCUUUAACCAAUCCUCCAUUGGAAAUUCAAUGUGCAUUUACAUAUUGGGAAAAAUGUAACCAUUUAAUAAUUUAUAAUCUGUAGUCCUACAAGAUUUUGAAUGGGAAGCAUAGCUGACUUGGAGAUUUUUUUUCAGUUCUGCUAUUUUACCCUUAAAUUCGAAGUUCACUUUCAAUUGUACAGCGCUAUGGAAUUUUGCUGGUGCUAUAUAAAUAAUAUAAAUAAUAAUAAUAAUUCCUGACAAUUCUCAUUUUAGUAAGUAACACUGAUAAUGAUGUCUGAUUAUCCAUAAUAUUCUGUCCCUUCGCCACAACCAAGACGCUAUGCUUGAAAGGAAAAUUACCUUAUUUUAUGAUUUGAAACGCUGGGAGGAAUCUGCAGUUAUUGUGAAUGCCACACAAUGUAAUUUGUCCUGUUCUGCUUGUCUUUCCUUUCCGUUAUGGCAUAGUUUGCUUACCCAAUUUCAGAAAAUCUGUCUUGGAAAAUGUAUGAUAUUUUUUUUGUACAUCUGCAGAUACCGAGGAGAAUGAAAUGGAAUCAGAUCAGGAGUUAGAGAGGCAAAACAUUGAAGAAUUGUAUGACUACGUAAGGCAAACCCACCAAACAGAAGACAAAGUUUUAAAGGAAGAUGUGCAACAUCCUGCGUUGAUUCCUGUGCUGCGACCUUACCAAAAUGAGGCUGUGAACUGGAUGCUGUUGAGGGAAAACUUCAAAAAUUUGCAUUCUAAUAGUAGGUAUAUUUUGGAAUAUUGCUCAAGUAUUAAUUAAUUUUUCUCAUGUGAAACGGGUCUUCUCAAAAAAUACACUUGAACAUAUUCACAGCCUGAUAUGUGCAGCUAAAUUGCUCUCUGUGUCAAGGAUUUAAAUCUUACAUGUCUACGCACUACUGAUUUCUACUGAAAAACAAUAUCUUACUUUAUUUCUGUGCAAGAUCUUUUACUAAAUGUACCUUUCCAAGAGAUUUGGAACUAAAAAGUAUACGUGGCUGCUUAUAAAUUUAAGAUUGACUUACUAAAAAAUAAAUUAAAAAAAUCCAUUAUUUAUUUAUUUUUACAUUUAUUUUUUUUUUUUUACUUUUAAUUUACAAAAAAAACAACAACUUUUCUUUUAGAGUUAGUAUUAACUAAUUUAGAUUAUAAUUAUCUGUGCAAUUUCUGUUUAGUGAGCAUGGUUUGAAUUAAAGGAUCAGUCUACAUUAUUAAUGUAAAUUUUGUAAAAUUUGAAUUUCUCUCCUAGCUAGUCAGUGUUGUUCAGAUUGACAUUGAUUACGCUGAAGUUUUAAUGCCACUUAAUUAAAGAGGCCAAUAUGGGGACUGUUCCUCCGCACCAGAAAGAUCCUUGGUUUACAACAAAUCAUUCCUAAAGAGUCUUAAACAAAGCAACAGUGUUAAGGGACUCAAUCAAAUAAUGAGCCUAAAUUGUGGAUAUCUCUUUCUUUUUUUUUUUUUAAUAUAGUAAUCUGCUAACCAAUGAUAUCCUUAUAAACAUGCAAUAGUAUCAGUAUGAGCUACAUGAUUGGAUAAUGGAAAAUAUAUUACCAGUUGCUAAAUGUCUGACUAUUUUUGUGAUUCAUAUAAAUUCAGGUAAAUGCAACAUUUCAUGUUAUGAUAAAUGUUUUUUAAAAGUUUUUAUUUUUGGUUUUCCAUUUUUACUCUAAUAGAAAGCACUUUGCAUGUAUUAUGGCGGGAAGUCACAACAUUAGAUGGAGUAAAAAUCUACUUUAAUCCUUUCACUGGAUGGUAAGGCUUAAGACAUUUCAUACAUUUUCUUGAUUUUUAUUUUACGUAAAUAAAAUAACAUCUCAGUUUGAAUAAAAUACAAUAUAAGACUUUUUAAAGUGUCUAUACUCCCAAGCUACAAUUCUGUUAAACCUAUGCUACUGGUGGCUACUUUCUGUUAACACUAACCAUUUCUAGUCAAUAUAUCAACCCUGAUGCAAAUAAUGAAUUGAGGUGCACAUUUUCAGUAGUCUAAGAAUGUUAAUUUUGUAUGUUUUAUAUUGCUUUCUCUUUGCCUUGACUUCUAUUUGUAGUAUUAUUAGAGAUUGUCCACAUGCUGGUCAAGAGUGGCCAGGGGGAAUCCUAGCUGAUGAGAUGGGUCUUGGAAAGACAGUGGAAGUUCUGAGUCUGAUCCUUUGCCAUCCACGGAAAGAUGUCAAAAAGGAUGUACUGACAUUACCUGAGGUAAAACAGCUCAAAUAUAAGACUUUACAUACAAAACAAAUGUAGCGUUUUUGCCACUUACUGUCCCCAAAAUACAUGUAUUAAGGAUUCUCAGUGCACUCAGUGUUGAAUCACUUUGCAAUUUAUUACUAUGACGGUUAAAUACCGGCUCUAAUAGGCCUGGCAAUAAAGCAUAUGACAAACGCAUUUCAAAUAAUGUAAUGGUAGCCUAAGUAAUCAAUUGGUAUGUGCUAAAAUAGUCUGUGAGUAGUUCUUACUAUUAGUAUCAUUAAAAGGUAUAUGUUCCUGCCCUGUUCUGUAAUGUAAUCAAAUCCAGGAAGAAUGAAUGUAGCCAUUCUUGUCUAGAAGCUGCAAUCAUAGAAUCUCCCCUUACUAAUAUUCUUCUUACUGUUUUUAAAGAAAACUGUAUUGUUUCAAGGGGAGCACCCGUUCCCUGCCAGUAUAUAUACACACCAGAAUUUUAACUAGUCCCAUCCAUAAUCUCUGCUAAGUAAAAGAACACGAAAAAAUGUGGAAAUAAAAUGUGUAUUCUCUGAUACCCACCCUUUCACACAAUCAUUUGCAUUCAUUUUAUAAGUGGAGGCAUUUACUUUACCUGGCUAGCAUAAUGUGGUGUAAUUAGAUCUUGUGGAAACCAGUAAGUAAUCAUAAGAAAUAAUAGUCCCCUUCUACCUUUUUAAGAGUUAAAGAAGAAAUGAUUCUGAAAUACUUUUAAAAUAUAUCCUUUUCCUAUGGAAUUGCAGUUCAUAAAAAUAAUCACUAGAGUCCAACCUAUCGUUAUUACAAGGAGAAUUAAUGAGCAUAUGUAUUUUUGAGUAAUGUAUAAAUACAUAUGUAUAGGUGUGUUUCUAUCCUAGAUGCUAUUUUGUUUUUGUUUUUUCAGGGUAAACUAGUGAACUUCUUCAUUCCACCCCCUCCAGCAGAUAAAAAGAAGAGGAAAAAAGAAAAAGAGAGAGACUACAGAAUCAGAAAAGAAAAAGUACAAUACCCGAGUAAGUAUUACAGAUUAAUUCUUUAUUAUUUCAGAUCAUAUGCAGCAUUUAUUAAUCUCUGUAACAUUGUGGAGUGUUUUGUUUUUUGUAUUUUUUUUGUGUGUGUCUUUUUUGGUAGAAUAUAUUAACAGUGCUUUUGAGUCCUAUAAUUGAUUGUUUUUUUGUUUUUGUAGCUAGCUAUAAAUUUGAAGAUACAAUGGGGAAUUAUAUUACUAAUAGUUGUAUCUCAGCACAUCCACUCUACUACCUUUUUAGCAGCUCCCAUGAAUUGUGACUCAGCCAGUGUCUGUCAUUUAAGGCUAGUGACCAUGUGUUAACAGUUAUUCUAACAAACGUAACAUCCAGUGAUGGCAGCGUGGAAGGAAGCCGGUGGGAAAUGGUGUUUGUCUUCAGAGACCCAAUUGUGCGAUUAAACUUUUGCAAAACAGUUUAAGCCCUGAAGAUCAGAAUACUCCUGCCCACAUAAAUACAUAAAUUAAUUUGUUGUUAUGGGAUAGAGUAUUCCGUUAAGAAUAGAAUGGAUGCAUGACAGUAUGCAUAUGUAUACAUUGUGAAAAAGAAUCAUUAGAUAAAGUAGAAGUACUACCAAAUUAAGUGGUAUAGUAUAUGAGUAGUUUAUGACCAAUUCAAACCAUAUUUUAUGCAGGUAUCACAAGAGAUCUGGUUAUCAAACUUCAAGGUGUUUUCAGUUUAAAACCACAUUUUUAAAAUUUUAGUUAAUAUAGCCAAUCCCUGACUCUAACUAAGUUUGGGCUGUUUUUUCGUUAAUUUUGCUUUGCAGGUAUGCGAGUCAUGAUACUGGCAGCAGUAAAAGAAAUGAGUUCGAAAAAAGGGGUUUCCUUAAUUGCCAUCUUUAAGUAUAUAACUUCCAUAUACAAUUAUGAUGUCCAGAAAAACAGACGGCUUCUUAAAAAGACUUUGGAAAAACUAAUCACUGAAAAAAUAGUGGAACAAAUUAAAGGUCACGGCCUAACAGGCUCUUUCAAACUUGGGAAUAACUACAAGGGACAGAUCCAAGAUAAAACACAAAAACUGGUAAGGCCAAUUAUAGAUGUAUCAAACUCCAAUGUGUUAUCAUCUCUAGACUUUUUUUUUGUUAAAAUUUGUAUUUUAUUGGUUUUCAACAUAAUAAUAGGGGGGUACAGAAAGAAAGAGGGGGGAGGGGAAGCAGUCACAUUACAUUUUAUGUGUACAAUCUUUUGUUUGAGUAUACAUUCCAUUCGUAGACAUGUUAUGCACCAUAGUCGCCCAUUCCAUUACUAACUAACACAUUGCAUCCGGUCUUCUUUGUACCCUGUUACUUGGCCAUCAAUUUGCUACCCUCUCUCUAGGGCCCUGCCUGCCAGGCAGUUACCGUCUUUCCCUCGUGUCCUACCUCCCUGUUCUGGGACCCUUCCUUCCUGUGUCGGCCUGUGGUGGUGUUGUGUCUUGCGUGUAUUUGCUUACGUUGGUCUGGUGUGUGGGGAUGGCCCUAGGUCCAGUGGUGCACCCUUUGUUGCUUUAGUGGUCUGGGUUGUCCGCUCUCCAAGAGCGCCAUAGUUCCCAUGCCUCCAGGAAGCGUUGUGGUUGUGAGUAUGUUUUGACAAAGUAUGUUUCGUAAAUCAGUUUUUUGUCUAUUUCUUGUAUGAGGGUCUGGAUGUUGGGGGCCUUGGAUUUCCAGGAUCUUGCUAUCAAUUUUUGUGCAGUUAGCAGAACAUGGCAUAUCAGUUUCUUCUUAUUGGGGGGUACGACAUUUGGGAAGUUUAGCAGCAAGAAGGUUGCGGGUUAAAAGUUUGUCUGUGUUUGUGGCCCUUUUAAUGAGCUUGUGAACCUCUUUCCAAAACCUAACCAGUCGAGGGCAUCUCCACCAGAUGUGCAUAACUGUUCCUUGUUCUUGUGUACAUCUCCAGCAUAUUGGAGAUGAGUGAGGGUACUGUUUAUGAAUGCGGGUUGGAACCAUGUACCACCUAUAUAGUGUUUUCUGGUGUUGUUCUAGUAGUGGGGCUGAUUUAAUCAACUUCCUCGUGGAGGAUAUAAUGUGUUUCCAUGUACUUUCGGGAACUUUGGUUUCUAGGUCCAAGUCCCAGUUUACUGCUUGUGGUGAUUUGUAGAGGCGUAUGUACGUUUGGAGUACUUUGUAACAGUCUGAAAGUGGUUUGAAUGUGGGUGAGGUUUUUUCUGAUAUUCCUAUCUUUUCCCAGGCUGAGGUCUCCACCGGGUCUCUGUGGUCUGGCGUUCUCACCUUGGUUUGUUUGCCUAAAAGGGAUUUGAGUUGGAUGUGUGAGUAUUGCGAUGUUUGUGGGAUAUCGUAGAUGGCUCUAAGUCUUGUAAAGUCCAUCAGUUUACCUGCUUCACAAGCGUGUGACAGGUGGGUGAUUAUUUUUUCUUUCCACGGUGUUCUGCGGAACGUUGGGAUGCAGUAUGUUAUGGCUUCUAUUGGGGUUGCCAUUGAGAGGGGGUAACCCGUCUCAAAAUGUACUCUAUGUGCUUCCCAGACUUGCAGUGCUAGUGUGAGUUGUGAGGGCAUGGUCGGGGUGGUGGGUCUAGUUUUUUUUGUGUAACCAUAACAGGUUUGGAACUUGGAAGGAUCUAAUGGCCAUAUUCUCCAUUGUCACUCAUUGGGGUUGUUUGUCUUCAAUCAGAUGCGACAAUAAUGAGGUCAGUACCGCGGCCUGGUAAUAUGCUUUGACAUUUGGGAAUGCCAUCCUUCCCUGUGUUAUCGGGGCCAAUAAGAUUCGUGCCCGUCCCGUUCCCCAGGUGAAUUGUAGUAUUUUAGCCUGAACAUUUUGAAAGUACGAUUGCGGCACUAGUACGGUAGGUUUUGGAAUAAAUAUUGGAGCUUUGGUAGUAUAGUCAUUUUUAGUGCUACUAUCCACUCUGACCAGGUUAAAAAUAGUCAUCCCCAGCCCCGCAGUACUUUGGUACAUUCGUUCCAGACCCUAUUGUAGUUUGUUGGGAACAUAUCUGUGGCGUUUUUGGUAAAUGUCAGGCCUAGAUAUUUUAUGUCGUGUUUCCUUCAUUCAAAUUGAUAUUCUUUGUGUAGUCUUGUUAAGACUUGUGAGUCUCGGCGUAGUCCCAGUGCUUGCGUUUUGGAGGUUUUGAGGGAGUAGUAUGACAGUUUCCUAUAGUUAUGUAUUAAACGCAUUAUAUGGGGUAGAGAUUUUUCAGGGUGGGAGACGUACAGCAAGAUAUCGUCUGCGAAUGCACCUACUUUUAUCUGACGCCCAUGGCAAUUUACUCGUAUUAUCUCUGAUUGGGCCCUAAUCACUGCAAGUAGUGGCUCCAAGGCCAACACAUAAAGCAAGGGGGACAGGGGACACCCCUGUUGCGUACCAUUUGUAAUUUUAAAAGGGGUAGACCUAAAGCCUGCUUGUAGUACCUGUGCAGUGGGUUGAGAUUAUAGAGCGAAUAUUUGUGUAAUGAGUUGGUUUGGAAAUCCAUACCUCUCCAACACUUGGUGGAGGAAGGGCCAACCCAGGCGGUCAAACGCUUUUUCGGCAUCUAGGGCUAAGAGCAGUCCGCCUGGGCCCGACCCCCUCAUUCUCUCUUACGAGAGACCGCUUCCGUGUGUUGUCCAGGCCCUGUCUCCCCAGUACAAAUCCUGUUUGGUUGUCGUUUAUGAGCGUCGGUAGUAUUUUGCCCAGUCUAGACGCCAAAAUCUUGGCAUAUAUAUGUUAGUAUCUGUGUCCAACAGUGAAAUGGGCCUGAAAUUCUUACAUUGGUCUGUAGGUUCCCCGGUUUGGGUAGGGUCACUAUUGUUGCCAGGAGCUUCUCAGGUGGGAGUACCCCUGUCUCUGUGGCUUUCUGGAACACCUGUACUAGUCUGGGGCUGAGUACUUCUGCAAAUGUUUUAUAGUAUAUGUUAGGUAACCCGUCCGCCCCUGGAGAUUUCCCAAUAGGGAGAUGUGGUAUAGUGUUUAGUACUUCAUUUAGGGUAAUGGGCUUAAGUAGGGCUUCUAUUUGGUACAUACGGUAUAAAGUGGAGUAUAUGCACACAAUAAAUUCGCCAAAAGUUGCUGUAGUAAACUGAUCCUUAUGGAAGAGGGGUUCUUCCAAUAGCAAUAAUAGUAAAUUGAUCCUUGUAGGAGUAUAUUCUAGAACAUAAACAUAGAUACAAAAAGAUAGUGCAAUAUAGCCAGUCCACAAUAGGGUAAUGCAAUAUGUGUGGAAGGUAGAACACUCACAAACAUGGAGCCAAUAUGAAGGCUCAAGAGGAGAAGCUCUGUGGGUGCUAAAGGGACCCACUUCCUUCUUAUUACUGCUUGUAGUGUUCAAAGAUGUAAUGUCCUCCCAAAGUUUGGUAAAUUAAAGUGCUUUAUUGCAAAAAUGCACAACAAGAUAUAAAAUACAUAAAACAAAAUAAAAAAACCUUACAGUUCAGAAGGUGUAGUCCUUAUAUAAGGUGCAAAACGCGUUUCACCUCUAAUCAGAGGCUUCGUCAGUUGCUAUUUAUGUUUCCAGGUGUAGUCCUUGUUAUAUAUCCUUCCCUUGGCGGUCUUUUUCGGCUUUUUGCCGGCCGUGGGUUGAAUUGGACUUCCGCUUCCGGUUUCAGCUUAUGCUUUCCAUCUGUGGAACGCAAACGUCAUAUGACGCGCACGUGUCACGUGAUGCAUCCGUGUCACGUGGUGCACUCCAAUGCCAGUCUCAAGCUCAGCCCCUCGAUCUCCCUCCCAAGGGGAGAUGGCAAAAAACCAACAGGGAGAAAAUACUGUCCAAAUUGGAAUCCAUCACAUGUACAAUCUGUCCCUUCAGUAGGCACAUUGCAAAUAGGUCUCUACAAUCCAGCAGGGGCAAAAACCAACAACAACAUAUAAAAUAAACAAUAAAAGACACUAUAAGAUCUCAUGUAAAAAACAUCAGAAAAAGGGAAAGCAUAAUAAAAAUCAAUAAACAUAUAUAUAAAUAUUAAUGAAAAUAUUUACAACAAAUAGUGUAUCCUUUUGGCAUAAAAAAUUGUCAGUAAAAAAUAUAUAUAAAAAGUAUUUAUAAAGGUAUUUACAACAAAUUUUGCAUUGCAUCUUUUUGACAUAAAAAAAAAAAAAAUUUAAAUAAAAAUAUUUGGGGUUAUAAUAAUAUCAAAAAUGACACACUUCAAAAUCUACGUUUAAACCAUGGGGGUAAGAGUUUUUUUGGUCUAUUUGGUCUUGGUCUAUAUUGGGGAGGGGGAGCUGGGCCAGAUAUGCGCGGAUAGCGUUUUCGUCUAGGGGAGUCAUUCCUGAGUGUUCUCCCAGAUUGUACAGUUCUGAGUAGUAUUUUGCGAAAUCCUGCGUGAUAUCUAGGGGGUUUUGUAUUUUGUUACCCUCUGGGCCUUGUAAGUAGGCUAUUUUCAAGGCUAAUUUUUCUCUUAACCGGUUGGCUAAGUGUUUUGUUGCUUUCCCACUAUGGUGGUACGUGUUUGCCCUCAUUCUAUGAAGGAAAUGUGUGGUUUUGGUUGCCUGUAGGUGGUUGGUCAAGUUUUGGAUUUGGUUUACAAGGGUUUGGGAGGGGGAUUGCUUGUUUUGGGCAUUGAGGACCGCUAGUUGUGUUUGGCACUCAAGUAGAGUUUUUUUUUGUCUGUGUUUUUUGAGGUAAGACGAGCGUCUGAUAAAGAGGCCUUGUGCUACGGCUUUGUGUGCUGUCCACACAGUCUGUUCAGACACUUCACCUGCUGAGUUUGUUUGAAAGUAGUCAGUGAGAUCAGUCCUCAUUUGUUCUGUGAACUUGUGGUCCUGUAACAGUGAUUCAUUCAAUCUCCAAUUCCCCCGUCCUUUAAACUGAAAAUAGUCAUGCAUUUCCAAAUAUACUGGGCUAUGGUCUGACCAAGUUAUUUCGCCCAUGGAAUAUGCAGAGACCUGUGCUAGUGUAGGUUGAUCUACAUAAAAGGUGUCUAUACGGGUAUACGUAUUGUGUGCUCGAGUGAAAGGAGUAGUCUCUUUCCCCCAGGUGUAGCACCCUCCAACUAUCAUAGAGGUUGUGAAGCAUGAGCAGUUUGGACAAUGCUUUGCACAUAGAUGUCAUGUUUGUCUGUCUCAACCCUUUGGGUAGUACAGUCGUGUCGACUUCCGGAGAUGGGAAAAAGUUAAAGUCUCCGCACAACACCAGUCCACCCUGUCUAUGCUUUUUUCGAUUUCUUGUAAAAAGCGUCUGAGGUAUUUUUCCGUCCCAGUGUUUGGGAAAUAGGCAGAGACCAGGGUAUAUUGGACAUUAUUAAACAGGCCCACUAGUAGGACAUAUCUCCCUUUGGUAUCAACUAACUUUGUCUGUUCCUGAAACGCCACAUCUUUGUGGAUUAAUAUGGAGGCCCCUUUGGUCUUGUUCUCGGAGAGAGCGUGAUAUUGAUUUGGGUAUAGUUUGGUAAAGAUUUCGGGGGUUCUGGUCUUCUUAAAGUGCGUCGCCUGGAUACAGGUGACAUCAAUCCCCUGAUUUUUUUUUUUUUAGUUCCUGUAGCAGUAGCCUUCGUUUACCUGGGGUGUUCAGCCCCUUUACAUUAUAGGUCAGUAUUUUCAUUCUGGGGUUCUAGUAUGUUACUUUGUGCUCUGUCGGGCUGACUUACAUCCCCUUCCAAUUGUGUUGGGUUACUGUUAUUAUUUCGGUUUGGGGGCUGUGCAUAACGGCCGCUGUGGUGAGGUCGUAAUUUGUGACCAGUUAGGGGAUGGGUGAGAGAGGUGGGGGGUGAACUGGGGUUAAAAGAACAGGUGAGUAGAUUACCCAUUUCGGCUCCGGGGAGUGGGGGCCGUAUCUCGCUGCCUAGUAUAUAGGCGCGGUUAUUGGGGGAGGUGGUGGUGAAGUCGGCUAUUCUAUAGGUCGUUCACCGUAUAAAACCGUGAGCAGUAUUAACCUACAACUACGAGAACCAACAAUACACGUAGCACAUUUAUAACAACACACGUUACCAACUAUAUACACGUGCCCUAGAUUUGCAUGGCUAGUGGGGCAUAGGUCAAAGUUCGUUUUAACCCCCUGUAGAGGGUUUAGUGCUGCUAAUCGGGCAGAGUCAGGUUCUAACCAGCAACAGUGCUGCUCAUUGUGACCCGUGUAUUGUCUCAGGCAUAUGUCAAGUAUUAAUACAUAUUGUAUAAUUAAGCAUAAACAAGUGUGCUCAUGCAGUAGCGACUCUAACGGAGCCUUGUAUCUAUCUAAAAUGUGCUGUAUACAUCUCAUAGUUACGCAUGUCGGUAGGAGCGUUCGGCUCUCAUUGGGUCCUCCACUCCAGAGACUUCCGCAGAACCUUGGCUGAUUUGGCUGGGCCCAAGUUUUGUAUCGGGAGUCCCCAUUCCUUCAGCUUUUGAACACCGUGCGCCACAGUUGUGAUGGAGUGUAUUACUUCUUGGUGAGAGAUUAAAAGCUUGGCUGGGUAGCCCCAGCGGUAGUUCAGAUUUUGUUCCCGCAGGACGGAGGUAACGGGUCCCAUUGCUUUUCUGAAUUGUAGCGUGUCCGGUGAUAGGUCUGCGAAGAUCUUUAUGGAUCUAUAGGCUUCCGGAAAUUUCUGCAUUUCUGCUAGCUCUCAUUAUCUUCUCUUUGGCGUGAAAAAAGUGUAUUCACACAAUGACAUGUCGUGCUGCUGUUGUGGGCAAGUGUUUUGGUCUGCGCAGCCUGUGUGCUCUAUCUAUGAUGAGCUGAUCUGGGUGGACUUCUGGUGUGAGGCUCUGGAACAGAUCUAACAGGUAAUUGUAUAGUUCCGCAUUUUGUACAGAUUUUGGGAUUCCCUGGAACCUGAGGUUGUUCCUCCGAGUUCUGUCCUCCAUGUCUGCCAGUUUUAAACUGUGUGCUUCAAGGGUGUCAUCCAGUUCCUGGAUUUUGUCUGCUAGUGUGGUGUGCUACUGCAUAUUCGUCCAUCUUUGUUUCUAUCUGAGAUGUGCGGUUACCUAUGUCUUGUAUGUCCUUUUGGAGUUCGGCUGUCAGUGCUUGGAGUUGCUUCUUCGUAUUUUGUUGUACGGUGUCUGAGAACUCUGCCAUCACUUCCCGGGUGGCUCCCAUUGUCAGCGGCUGUUCGUCAGCAGUGUGCGCUGGGGAUGCCUGUGGGGAAGGGGAGUGUUCCCGCCUGUUCCGGCCGCCGCCAUCUUGUGCAGGCGUCUGUUCCUCUCUCUGUUUGGAGGCCGGGGUUUUCGUUAGGAAGAAUGAGGCUCAGUCGGACUUCCCAGCUUUUGAUUUUUGGGGCUGAGACAUCUUGAGAGUCUUCUCCGUUCCGUUUGUGUGCUUCUCCCUCGGUGAUCCGUUUAUUUGUCGCUCUUUACGGUUUUCUCGCCGGGAGCUGCUCCUACAUGCGUCUGUUCAGCUCCGGCGGUAGGCCACGACCAUCCCUCUAGACUUUUUUGAACAGAUUUCUGUUGAAGAUGGACCUGUCUUCCUUGAUAAAUACCAAUCUUCUGAGACAAAAGAAACACAAACAAAUGUCUGUUCAAAAUUAGUCAUCUAGCAAUCUUUUAAUUUAAUUUUUAUUUUUUUGUUCAUUUAAUGUUAGAUCUGCACCUAAAUUGUCACAAAAUUCUAAAAUUACCUGUUACCUCAUGUUAACCUGAUUUUGUUCAGAUGCUCCAUUUUCUUUUACAUUUAGAUUAAAGAUUUAGUAAAUAACAUCAUAAUCCAUUUCAGAAAAGACAAGGUUAGGCAAAUGGUGCUAGUGAAGAGGCAAAAUCGAAACAUGGUUUUAUAUUUCUUUUUCUAUGUAUUCCUUACAAAAAGAUCCAGCAACACAUGAGGUGCAAUACAUGGUUUAUCAGGCUGUUGAAUGUGAGGGUCAGAUAGGCUUGCAAAAAAGCUGAGGGAGGGGGAUAUGUAUCUAGGUGUAGAGAUGAAGGAAUAGCUAUUCAAAUAAAAACAAACAUAUCAAUAAAAGAAGGGAGGGGUCAGAGGUCAGUCAGAAAUAAGAUGGGAAAUAGAGUAAUGCAUAUAGGUGAAUAAAACUUAUACAUACAGCGCUAGCAAAACUACACUUUAGCAUGAUAGACAAGAUAUAAAGGCAAGACAAUAUACAAUGCACACAGGAUAUAUAAAAUAAAAUAAAUGUACAGGGUGGUUAAAUUAAAUAUAAAUGAUGCUGUGCAGGAUAGAGUCUUAGUGUGGUCUUUCAGAAGGCUACCUUUGCUUAUUCCAGACUGAUGGAGCGCUGGCUUUCUUACAGCAGUAUUGGGGCUUGAUCGUUUUGAAAUCAGGCUUUGCUUAUUGCAGAUUCCAUUGUUACAGAUUCCAGAGGGCAGCAGUGAAAGGGCAUUCUGCAUAACAGUUUAACCUCACACACAAAAAAAUAACAAAUGUGUAGUGGGUAUCUAAAAAGAACACAGAUCAGAAUAGGGGUCCAAGAACCACAACAGUCAAACACUGGGUGAUAUUCGCAGAGAAUAAAGGUUGGUUCAUUGCCAGACAGCAUGUACAGUGAAUGAAAUUAUUAUUCACUAACAACUUUUCCCCUACCUAUCAUAAAACUAGGAAGAAGUAACCCUUCUCUUAAAGGCAAAUUCAGCCAUAAAACAUUUAACAAAUAUGUCUGAAAGUUAAAAAAUGCACCGUUAUUCAAAAAAAAAAUCAGGUGCAUACUGGUUAAUAAUGUAUAAAGAGCAAAAUAAAAGAUAAUUUAAAGAUUAUUCCCAAGAUUAUUAAUAUUAUGUUUUACACUUAUCCUUGAUAUGUAAUGAAGAUGUAUGUUCGGUGUAAAAAAUUGAAUUCAGUUUUGAAAUACAAACUUAUUUAUCCUCUAACUGUGUUUCUCCAUGUUAGAUCCCUGUCAGUCCUUGUUAUACUGUACUGUCAAUUAUAAUUCUCUUUGACUCCGACCUCUCCUUCAUGCCUCAUGUUUAGUCUAUUGCCAAAUCUUGCCGCUUCCAUCUCAAAAACAUUGCGCGUAUCCGUCUGUACUUCACGUCAGAUGCAACUAAGAUGCUGGUCCAUUCCACUGUCCUUUCUCGCCUUGACUAUUGUAAUCAGCUUCUCAGUGGUCUUACGUGCUCCUAACUUGCGCCGUUACAGUCCAUAAUGAAUGCGGCGGCAAGGCUCAUCUUCCUGUCCUCCCGCACCUCCCACGCUUCACUCUUCUGUCAGUCCCUACAUUGGCUUCCUGUAAGUUAUAGGGCUCAAUUUAAAAUUCUGGUUCUUGCUUUCAAAUCUCUACUUAAUGCUGCUCCCACCUAUCUAUCCUCCCUUAUACACAAGUAUGUACGUCUAGGCCCUCACGCUCUGCUGAAGACUUAAGUCUAUCUUCUCUCCGUACUCCCACCUCUGAUGCUCGCCUUCAAGAAUUCUUGAGGGCUGCACUAUGCAUGCCUUCAAAAAAAUCAUUAAAAAUCCACUUCAUAAAAGCGUAUCAAUUAAACCGUUAAUAGCUCCCGACUGAUUCCUCUCUUGCAGCUGUAAUCAAUCUAAUGCUAUCCUUACCUUGUGUGUCACUUUACCCCACUCCCUCUAGCAUGUAAGCUCAUUAAACAGGGCCCUCAACCCCUCGUUCCUGUGUGUCCAACUUGUCUGGUUACAACUACAUGUUUGUUCGUCCACCCACUGUAAAGCACUGCGGAAUUUGUUGGCGCUAUAUAAAUAAUAACAUAAUAAUGGAAUCCUGCAAUAGCAGUGUCAGUACGUUUCAUCUGACUGUCUUUUCACCAGCAGUCGCUAUUGAUUUGCUGCUGAUAUGUUGUGUGUUGGUACUGUUGGCACCUGUAGCCUCUCAAAAUCCGUCUGCAUGUAUGUGUGUGUGUGUAAUGAAAAAACUCUUGCACUCACGCUUGAAUGUGCUAGUAUACCAAGGCUUGUUAAUCCAUUUAUCCAAAAAAGGUAGCAGCACUCUCGGGUUUAAAAGUCCAAUCUUUAUUUUGCCAAAAUUAAAAAACGAUCAACGUUUCAGUCCUGCAUAGAGGACUUUCUUCAGGAAUAUAUAUAUAUAUAUAUAUAUAUAUAUAUAUAUAUAUAUAUAUAUAUAUAUAUAUAUAUAUAUAUAUAUAUAUAUAUAUAUAUAUAUAUAUAUAUAUAUAUAUUCUCUAUCAAAGCAAAAACCAAAGAGUAUGGUGGAGAAAAAUUGUGAUUGAAAACCCCUUCCAUCUGAAGUCUGUCUGAUAGUUAAUACAAGGUUAAACAAAAAUCUGCACACCAGUCAAGCCAUAAGACUGUGGGAAAAGCAAGUCUUAUGGCUUGACUGGUAUGCAGAUUUUUGUUUAACAUUGUAUUAACUAUAUAUGUUGGAAGGCCAUUUGACCUGAAUUUGUGGGAGGAGUUAUGACCCUAUAUAAACCCUACCCCCCUACUUACCUUUGCCGUUCAAGCUGUUUUGACUGUCUCCAUAGUUACCUGCAUUUCCGGUCAGCUAUUCCCGCCAGUCCUGCAUCGAGCAAACAGUCUUCCUCCAGCAGCACCUACCGCAGAACUCUGGGCUCGUCCACCGGCCACCCCGAUAUUUUAAUUACCCAUUCCAGGCUGUCUGGCUUCCGGUCACGAGACCGGCACACACACGUAAGCUUCAAACGUGGGAAAUAGCGUUCGGGCCUAAAAACUAGGGGAUAGGCUCCCUAUAUGCAAAUUUAUGUCUUACCUGUUUGCGUAAUUACACCGUUCGCGUUCUUCUGCGGUUGAGCGGCUAGCAGCCGACCGCAGAGUACACGCUUUUCGCAAACUCUCAUUAAAGUAAUUACGUUCGUAUGUUUCUGGCAUUCGUCUGUUUAGCCGAACAUAUACGAACGGCUAUUUGUCACACAAUCUUUCGUCUGGAUCCUUAUCUAACCAUACGCGGGCCAGUUAUAUCCUGAAACGCAAUAUUAGCCGAACACAAGGGGGUUUAAAUAUUUACUUUAUAAAUUUCAAAUGUUCCUUACCUAUUUCUUCUUACGUUUUUUUCUGAAAUAUAUGUGACACUAUUCACUACCCGUCAUUUAAUCUGAUAUAUUCCCAGGGGCCAUUCUCUUAAUAGUAGCACGUGGCCCCUAUACGUUUGUAAUAUCGAUAAGCUGAGCCACCAUUACACCUCUUAAGUUAUCCAGCUCCACGCUUAUUCUGUUCCUUAGUCAUAAUAAUGUUUUUUGUUUUUGGUUGCUUAAAUCUCUGUCUAAAUUAAAACAUUAUACCCGGUUCCUUAUACUUAAAUAUAACAUGUUUUAGAUUCUGCCUCUCUUCUUAAAGAAAUAACUCCAGGACGUGGUUCCAGUUUCCCAUUUCAAGGUUCAGCUAAAAAAAGGUUGCCAUUUUUACGUUUUCAUGAGGCCUCAUUCAGCCUUUUACACUUGGUAUACCAGUAGCAUGCCUCAGGCCUACUAGUAUCUUUUUUUACCCUUAGGUUCGUGGACUGAACCCGUUCUUCUUCGCAGUAUAUUUAUAUCACACAUAGAUACACUGAAGUCGCCCAGAGCAUUGUCCCAUUAUACAGGACAAACACUCAAAGUCAGUAUUUACAUACGUUACAUACUUCUCGCAAAAGACAAGCCCUCGUCAGGUUAGAGAACUGGCUUUCAGGGCAGGCACUGGCCCUAGCUUUCCCAAAUAAAAACUUCAGUCCGCGAGGUCUACACUCCCACCUCAUACACGGAGGUUCUGCCCCACGACCAAAUCAUAGCUAGCCACCUCGCUUGCUCGUCUUUGGGCUACAGUUAGGGCUUUCCAUGUCACGGUCACACGUUUUGAAUCUCUUACAGUCACCGUGAGGCCAACACCCCUCCACCUUGUUCUGGUGGCCACAAAACCCCCUCGGCCCAGAUCAUAGGUAGAGCCUCCCACCGCCACUUGGCAAUAACAGGGCCUCACCCGUCACUUGGUUCUAGGUAAUUACUUCACCUCGGCACUAACUAGCAGGUCAGUUCUCCAGAGGUUUCAUCCCACCUCUACUGUACCCUACUUAUCCAUAUCAUUUAUUCCUUGCAGAAUGUCUCAAGAACUGACUAUUGAUCCCCCAUCAGACAAGGAAGCCAGCACGCUAGCCAGGCCUUGGUCUCCAGAGGAAUCCCUCACUCCUUCUAUUCCCAGAUCCCUAAAAUAUUGGACCAUCCCCAAAAUAUCGGCUGAUCUCGACUCAGGCUCAGGGGAUCCCCUUUCCAGCCACCGCUAGAAAGGCUGAACUGCAGCUCAGGCCAACGACCCAAGGCCUGGCACGAGUUCUCAGGGGCUUCCAGUUGGCUACUCUGAUUCCACCCAGGACACUCUGACUGCUAUACUGGCCAAUCUGCAAGCCAUAAACAGCAGGCUGCUGAAAGUGGAAUCGGCCAUAGCCACUCCAGGUGACUUCCCAGCCCCAGCGCUUCAAUGAUUGGUGACGUGUGGCUAGAUGUAACCGGACUAGGGCCAUAGAUGGCGCAGCUUCGUGAGUGUUUGGGUGUAUUAUUGUGAGCCUGGUGUCUCUAUGCCCAGUGGGCCCAGGCUGAAGGUUGUGUCCUCUAAUGGUUGAGUCUACCGCAAGGGACAUAGACAUAUGGCAUGAAAAAAAAAAAAAAAAAGUAAAACCACAAGAACAACCAGAACUUUACAUCUUUGCAACUUUGCAGCCUAGGGCUGCCGGAUCAGUGAGUCCCUCCGUUGGGCUUGGACCGGGCUGGAGAUGUCCCUGCCAGUCAGGUAUCAGGUGGGCAGUCGGCUACAGUUCUUGGCACAAAUGGUACCACAUUGGAUGGGUCCCAUCCGUUAGCGCGAUUUGAAUCCGUUGGUGUUGCCGUUGCCUCCUGCAUGUCUAGAGCUGCAAGGAGUGCUGGGAUAUCAGUCCCUGUAGUUAGCCGUUGCGUGGACCCCUUGUACGAGACAAGGAGGGAUCGUGGUGUUCCCACCUGCAGGGUACUCCUGCUGCCCGCAGUCGGGUGGUGACAGGGUUCAGGGAUUUUCGCCAUUGCAGUGUGGCCUUGGAUAAGUCCUGGUAAAAGGACAGUUGCGAAUCUUCAAAGGGCAGUGGGGUCUUGUUUCUUACCGCUGCCAUUAUUUGCCCCUUGUCUUGAGGUAGUGUGCAGCGGAGUAUGACGUCGCCGGGCGUUUUGGCGGUGGUUAAGGUAGAUGUUGGUAGGCGAUAUAGCCCAGCGAUGUUUAUUUUUUUAGCGGUAGCAGGUGGCAGUACUGAAGCCAGCAGCCUUCUGACGUAGUGUGGCAGUUCCUCUUGGGGGACCGUGGCCGGGAUGCCCCUUAUCUUUACGUGGUUGCGGCGGUACCUGUCCUCCUGCGCUGCCACCUGUAGUGAAAGGGCCUGUUGGGCUGCUUGUAGUUGGAGUAUAGAUGCCUGCAUGGUUGAGGUGUCUUGGCUAAGCCCUUUAAUAUUUGCUUCAGUUGCCUCCAUUCUGCCUGUUAGUUGAUGCAGGGAUGAUUUUAGGAUAGGCAGGUCCGCAGUGAGGAGGCUUUGAAUUCUACGCCCCAUUGCAUCAUUAGCAGGUGAUGUAAGGGUCGACCACAGCUCUGCUGUGUUUCCCGCGGGGUCCCCGCCCCAGAGAUACUCGAGGUCGCGGUUGGUGGGUGUGUGGUAGGCUUCGGGGAGUACUGGAAGGGCAUCUGGGGAUUCGGUGUGGUGUCCCCAGGCUGUAGCUGGUGCUUACACGGUCCGAUGGCAGCUAGUCACCAGGGUGUCGCACAGAUUGUGUGUGUGUGUGUGAUUGUCGGAGCUGGGAGAGAUGGCAUCCGGUCCGGUUCAGCGCCAGGCUCCGCCCCCCCAAGAAAGAUAUUCUUGAUGGAAAGGACGUCAGUUUAAUGUCCCUCCUCAUAGCCUUCCAAAACGUCCUAGAAAAUAGAGCUUAUAACUACGGGGACAUUUCAGUUGUCUUACAAGCUCUUCUCUCCUAUGUGGGUACACCGUGCAGAUAACAAACUGUGGAAUUGUGAGUUUUUAUUCAAACGUGGAUUUCUAGCUCUUAAGACAACUGAAAUGUCCCCGUAGUUAUAAGCUCUAUUUUCUAGGAUGUCUUGGGAGGCAAUGAGGAGGGACAUUAAAUUGACGUCCUUUCCAUCAAGAAUAUCUUUCUUUAUGGAAGCCAGGACAGAGUGGGCUGGUGAGGUGUGGGCAGUGGGCGUGCUAGUGGCUGGUAGUGUAGGGGGAGGGGAGAUGAGGGGUAUGGCAGUCAGAGCGGUCGAGGUCACCGGUGUAGGGACAGCUGGGGCUGUUAAGUCACCUGGACUGGCUAUGGCCGAUUCCGAUUAACCUGCUGUUAAUUGCAGAUUGGCCAGUAUAGCCGCCAGAGUUUCCUAGGUGGAAUCAGAGUAGCCAACUGGAGGCCCUUGUGAACUCGUGCCGGGCCUUGGGUCGUUGGCCUGAGUCGUCAGCAGUUUAUAAAGUUCUGCCUUUCUGGUGGUGGCUGGAAAGGGGAUCCUCCUGAGCCUGAGCUCAGACGAUAUUUUUGGAAUGGUCCAAUAUCUUAGGGAUCUGGGAGUAGAAGGGGUGAGGGAUUCUUCCAGAGACCCAGGCCUGGAUGCCGUGAUGGGUACAUUGGCUGAUGGGGGAUUGAUGAUUAGUUCUUGAGACGUUCUGAAAGGAAUAAUGAUAUGGAUAAGUAGGGUAUAGUGGAGGUGGGAUGAGACCUCCAGAGAACUGGCCUGCUUGCUAAUGUUGAAACGAAGAAUUAUAAUUAGAACCAAGUGACAGGUGAGGCCCUGCUAUUGCCAAGCGGCGGUGAGAGGCUCUACCUAUGAUUUGGGCCGAGGGGGUUUUGUGGCCACCAGAACAAGGUGGCAGGAUGUCGUCCUCUCGGUGACUGUAAGAGAUUCAAAAACGUGUGGCCGUGACAUAGGAACCCCUAACUGUAGCCCUAAAGAAGAGUCAGCGAAGUAGCUAGCUAUGAUUUGAACCUCCGUUUAUGAUGUAGGGGUGUAGACCUCGCCGACCACAGUAUUAAUAGGGGAAGCUAGGGCCAGCACCUGAACCUGAAAGCCAGUUCUCUACCCUGACUGGGGCUUGUCUCUUGAAGGAAGUAUAAACUUGAGUGUUUUUCCUGUAUAUUUAGACAAUGCUCAAGGCGACUUCAAUAUAUAUGACUAUAUAUACUGUGAAGAACAGGUCCAGGAACCUAGGGGUAAGAAAGAUGCUAGUAGGCCUGAGGCGUGCCAUGGGUAUGCCAAGUGUAAAAAUGUAGAAUGUAUGGAAUGGUGUGUAACAGUGAAACUGUAUCGUAAACACCUGUGUAAUCAGAGGGACCUGAACGUUGGUCCAAAUUUUUUUGAGACAAGCCCCUGGGUUCCCACAACUGAGCAGUAUUUGUGACAGAUAUGAAGGCGAAGUGAGGCCUUAGAAGGACGUAAUUGUAGUGAGUAAGAUUUAAGGAUACCUGAUACUGGUGGUCGUUGAAGGCGUAGUGAAUCUGCGCAAUGGUGCAGGUCUAAUGGUAUGUAGAAAUGAAAACAGAAUUAACUCUUAAUAUAAUAGUAACAUUUUAAAGAUUUGAACCCACUUUGAGAGGUGGGAGGGUAUUGUAAACAAGGCCGUGGUGGCUGAAAUGAGGCCUCAGGAGAAAUGUAAAAUUUUAAACUUUUUUACCUGAUACUGGAACCACCUCCUGGAGUCUUGUUGAAGAAAGAGUAGUACAACCUAAAUAGGGCCCUGGGAUGAGGCACCUGUGACAGGGAGGGGUGCAAAACCAAGGAGUUGGCUAGACUCCCAAAUAUAUACAUAUGAAACAAGGGGGGGUUAUUUGGGAGUCUAGCCAACUCCUUGGUUUUGCACCCCUCCCUGUCACAGGUGCCUCAUCCCAGGGCCCUAUUUAGCCUUGUACUGCAGAGAGCCCCAGAUGGAAUUUUUUUCCUCAAGUAAGUGGUUAAUCUCAUAAGAGCAGACAUUAGGCUGUUAGUGUAGGACCUGCCAAAGAUGGGGUACAUUGACGUUGUGGCAGGCUUAUGCAAUGUAUGAUCAUAUAAUGUAACUAAACCCCCAUUAUUUUUGCCUAGAUUAGGUGUUUUUAAAAAAAAACUAAUAAAAUCUUUCAACAUUGAAGUUGCUGUUUAGUGGAUAGGUGAGUGCGCUGGAUCUUGUGUUUUAUAUAUAUAUCUCAAAAAUUAUUUUUUAUUUUUCAUUGUUUAUUUUUGCUAUUUGGUGUGCAGUGGGUACUUUGAUUUAUGGUAGCACUGGUUUCCGAGCCUGAUCAGUUGUCAGACAAUCGUGAUUUGUAAAGAUCUAAACUGGUGUUACAACUCCAAGGCAGCAACAGGAUUUGAUAUCUUCUCGUUUCCUUCAAAUAAUGACUGCAUGUCUUUUAGCAACAAUAACUUAUUUAAUGUUUUCCAUGAAAUGUGGCAGGGUUUUAUGCAGUAGAAAGCUGACCUGACACACUGUAGGGCCUGGCAUACUUGUACUGUUGAACCAGAACCCUAUUGCAGUGCCAAGCAAGGACAUCUUUGCGAAGUUCCUAAGGAGGCCUGAAAAUGGGAACCGUCUUCCAGGCAAAUUAUGAUAGCACAGAGUCUAACCUAAAACAGAAUAGCAACUAGGAAUACUGCAGCCAUGGUAAAUAUGCUGCACUGUCCAAUGCAUCAAAACCAAAUGCCAAGCUAAAUCUGUAGGAUAGGGCAGAUUGUAUAGUAUUUAAUCUAGGAAGAACGAACAAGAGCCAGAAAACGGUUACAGGCACGGCACAGGAAAGAGAAGGGAUCCAAAGAAGGCUGGAGAGGAAGAAAACAGGAACUGAUUGCUGGUCUGGGGUACAGCUAUCCCCUUAUCGCAUAACAAGAAACAUGUUUCACUUAAGGACAGAAUGAUGUCAGGAUGUUGCGACAAAAAUGGCAAUCCUAGCGGCAUGAUGUGUAAAAAUAGCAGUGUGAAAGGGGAUUACAUCCAGAGCUGAUAUAAAUAUUCUGGAUGAUCGAGAAGAUAGGGAAACUUCCCCAAGUUUUGAGAUAAUAGUAAUUCUAAUGGAUGGAAAGAGAUAUCUUGUAUAUCUAUAGUUGAGUUGACCACUGUCUGCACAGUUGUGUUCUUUGUGUUAAGCUGAAAAACAGCAAAACACAGAAAUAAUGAACACACUUAAAAAAAGCCUCUAAGUAAAAUAAUAUAUAUUUUGUACCAUGAGAUAGGACUGUUUACCUUUUUGCUGAUUUUUGUUAAUUAGAAUUGAUCAUUGACCAAUGCUUCUUUUACCUGUAUAUGUGUCCUUUAUAACAUUGUAACUCCAGCUUGCCAAAAGUAUUGGAAAGCUUCGGCUAUAUUUGUUUAUCAUUUUAAAGUACCCACUAUAUGCAGUCACAUAAAUCUUAAACAUUGUCACAUUGCCAGUACUAUUGUUUGUUUCUGUAUUCUUGAGAAUAAUUUAUUGUUUGGAAUGUUGAAAAUGUUCAGUGAACGCCAAUUCCGUUAGUGUCACAAUUUAAAAUGGAGCUGUCACUAUUGAGAUUUUCACAAAGGUGGAAUUUUUAUUAAAAAAAGUUUUUAUUAUUCCAAUACAAUCAAAGGGAAUUAUAAGAUAAAGGCCUCAAUUUAAUAUUUUUGGAUGAGCUUUUUUAAAAAUGAUUAAAUAUUUAGAUAAACUUUUUUCUCUCCUGUCUUUUCGAAUAUGUUCAAUGCAGGUGGCACCCAUGCAGAAUCUACAAUAAUCCCUUAAAGGGGAGUGCCAAAUAUAUAUACACAUACAAGACAAUAUAGCAAAAUAUUAAAUGCAUUUAAAAGUUUAUUAAAUAAAUUCAAAAAAAUGUGUUUGCUUAAUGGAAUUGUCAUAUUACUAUAACAAGCUCAUACGGAUAUGGUUGAUUCAAUCUCAUCAAAUGCCUUGACAGGUAAAUCAGGUAAACCUUGGACUUUGUUCAGUUUUGUGCCUAUUCCUUUCUUCAUUUGUUUACUCUAGGGAAAUCAUAUCUAAUAUCUGCAAAAAUCUUUUCACUGCCUUAACUGAAACUUUAUUUUUAUUUUUUUCUAUAGAAAACAAAAACUACAAAACCACUGCAACCCUGUCUACCUGAGCUCUGUGCGCAUACAAAGGGAAAUUCGGUUGUGGGCCACGAUAUGCACAUUACUGUAAAAGACCAUAACUAUUGUACACACAUCAAUGGAUUAGCAAAAAAUAGGCAACAAAACACUCGCAAAAGUGAAAGAAAUCACAAGAUUAUAGACUAUAGUUCAAAUUCACCACCUAAUGUAUCUUCAAGCGAUGACCGAAUCAUAGAUAAUUUUGUUGGUUCUACUACUUUUGAAGCCAAGCAGGAAGAUGUACAGGUGGAACUUCACUCUCAGGAAAUAUUUAACCAAUUUCCUUCUGUCUCCCCAUUCAAUACCUCUGAUUACCGCUUCGAAUGCAUAUGUGGUGAGUUGGGGCUUCUUGAUUACAAAGCCCGGGUUCAGUGCCUGCAGUGCCAUCUAUGGCAACACGCGGAGUGUGUAAAUUAUAAAGAAGAAAACCUGGGUGUCUCGCCAUUCUACUGCCCUCAUUGCCUUGUGGCCAUGAAGCCUGUCUCUACUGGAGCCACCCUCAUCAUUUCUCCUAGCUCCAUCUGUCACCAGUGGGUAGAUGAAAUCAACAGACAUGUGCAAUCAUCCUCACUUCAUGUUAUGGUGAGGACAUAUUUAGAGUGGCAGACGUGUUGCAUGUCCGAACGAUUUACCAUUUUAAAUUGAGUACACAUAUAAUUAUUUAAAAAUACACUAACUUAAAAAUGUGUGUCUCUUGCAGCACAGCAAGUACAAAUUCUCUGUGGACAUAGAAUUCAACCAGCUGAUCCCUGGUUUCCCUUUAAUGUCGGUGGAAACUAUAUUGGGUAUGAGCACACAGCUCCCAAUAAUUUCACUGGGUAAAUGCCCAAAACACUCACUACUGCACAUAUCUGGCACAUACCCAUUACUGUGAGCUGCUCUGACAACUACAAUAUCUGUAAUUAAAGUUGAAGGAACACUAUGGGGUCAGAAAUACAAACAUUAAAAACACUAUUUAGUUGUCCACAACCCCCCCGCACCUCUAAAAAUAGGAUAAAAACGUACCUAUAUACCAGCUACGCAGAUGUGUCGAUACUGGCCCUUCCUUGCCUCCUAUAGAACACUGGUCCUGCCUUGCCUACUUUAGGAAAGAAUUGUAUUGGCUGACCUCAUCAAUUCUGAGACGGGGUGGGGGCGGUGCUAAAUGCCGGUCUUGGCAAUCAGCAUUGAGUCAUUGAAUCUAUAUGGAGAAAGCUCAGUGUCUCCAUGCUGUGCUUAGAUACACUGAACGUCCAUUCUGUAAGUUCAUUGACCCAGGAAGCAACCCUAGUUGCUGUCUGAGUGACUAACUAUACUUAUCAGACUGCGGAGUGUGUAAAUUAUACAAUGACUGACUAUACUCAUCAGAACAACCUUUAACAAAAGUCAGUCCCUACUGUACUAUAUAUAAAUUAGUCUCCAUUGCAUUUCACUGGUAUGGUGCAAGGCAUGUGCAGUAGUUGGUGUGCUGCUGCCUCCCUGACAAAAAUAAAACUAAAGUAAUGUCAGAGGGGCAGGUGGAGUAUUAAAGGUAGGUGAGAAAAAACAUUCUCCUACUUUUUAUUAUAUUACUAUUUACCAGAAUGCAAACCAGUAUUCGAUGCUUUUACCAAAAUGUUUAUACACAAAAUAUGGUUGAAGUGUCCUUUUAGCAAUAUCUCCUCUGCAAAACUUGCAUAACUUAUUUUAAAGCUGGCUUUGUUUUACUUUUUUUUUAAAUUUAGUAUACCUAACUUUUGUUUUCAGAUUUUCUCUGAUCUGAGACUUUUGUGUAAUUGUUUCCUCUUUGUUUCCAUUUGGAGCACUGAAUAUUUCACGAGUCCUUUUUUAAUCAGUGGUCUGUGGGUUAAGUAGUUCAGCAUUGAGGAAAAAAAACUGAAUGAAUCUAAUGUGCAUGCCAGCAAGGCCUUGCUGUUUAUGGAGUCUGUUUUAUUAGUUUUCCUUGUGCUAUUAGUCUGGGGCAGCUUAAAGGGACUCUCCAGUGCCAGAAAAACAAUCCGUUUUCCUGCCACUGCCGGUCCCCUCUCCCUCCCACCUCCCAUCCCUGGUUGCUGAAGGGGUGAAAACCCCUUUAGUCACUUACCAGAGGCAACGACAUGUCCCACAUCGCUGCUUCUUCCUCCGCCGCUGCUACUUCCCUUCAUUACGUCAGCCAGCGGGGGAGACUGAUCCCGCCCGCCGGCUGGGAAGACCUAAUGCGCAUGCUAUUCAAUGCUUUCCUUUGGGGAUUUUAGCGACACUGGAGGUCCUCACACAGCGUGAGGAUGUCCAGCGACACGAUAGCACAGAUAAUCUGUGCUAUGAUCCCGGAAGUGCCCUCUAGUGGCUGUCUAGUAGACAGGACUUAACCCUGCAAGAUAAUUAUUGCAGUUUAUGAAAACUGCAAUAAUUACAGUUGCAGGGUUAAGGGUAGUGGGAGUUGGCACCCAGACCACUCCAAUGGGCAGAAGUGGUCUGGAUGCCUGGAGUGUCCCUUUAAGCAUAUUUUGCAAGUUUUUACACCUGUAGCAGAAUGUAAAGAGGUGAACAGGUGACCCGCUGCACCAUAACCUGUAUAAGAAUCAUAGGUGCUUACGGAUGCCGGAGCUUUUCUUUUGCUCGGAUAAUGAGAUAAAAUAUGUGAAGCAAAGAUAUAUCUGUCCAAAACCACAAGUCAACCUUCAAAUCAUAAUAUGUUUAUUUUUCCCCUCUCCAUCCAAUAUUAAUUAAAACUGGACUGUCUGUUUUUAUGUAUUUUUUUUAACUGUAUGCUGGCUCUGUCAUAACGUUUAGUAAACUGAUCAGUGUUGUUUUGUUCUUUCCUUUUUUGUAUUUUCCCUGCAGGUUUAUCAAGGUGUUAAAAAGCACGGAUUCCUGCAACCCCAGAUAUUAGCAGAGCAAGAUGUAGUAAUUACCACAUAUGAUGUUUUACGGACUGAGCUAAAUUAUGUAGAUAUUCCUCACAGUAACAGCGAGGAUGGAAGAAGAUUUAGGAACCAAAAACGUUAUAUGGCCGUACCUAGUCCAUUGGUUGCAGUUGAAUGGUGGAGGAUUUGUUUAGAUGAAGCACAAAUGGUUGAGUGCACAACAGCUAAGGUUUGUGAUUAUUCUUGUCUUCUAGUUUCAUCAUUUGCAUUUUCUUUACAGUAAUCCUAAUUGCUGUAGACUAUAUAAUUGCAAGCAUUGAAAGUGAAAUAAAAUUAAAAUAAAAAACUCAAUGUGAUAGAAAUACAAAAAUAAACUUAAAUAAUGCCUCCACUGGUUCAGUUUUUCCAUUAGGCUAUUGGGUUACAUACCAAAGGAGGAAUAACUUGUAUCUAUUUCCACUUGCUUAAAGGGAUACUAUACUCACCAAAACAACUUUAGCUUAUUUAAGCAGUUUUGAUGUAUAGAUAAUUCACCUGCAGCAUCACUGUUCAAUUCUCUGCAAUUUAGGAGUUAAAUCACUUUGUUUAUGCACCUUAGUCACACCUCUCUGCAUGUGACUUGCACAGCCUUCCUAAAUACUUCCUGUAAAGAGUCAGCUAAUGUUUAUACUUCCUUCUUUUCAAAUUCUAUUUAAUUUAAAAUGUAUUAUCCCCUGCACUGUUGAUAGCUUGCUAGACCCCACAGUAGCCUCCUGUGUGUGAUUAAAGUUUAUUUUAGAGAGCAGGCAAUAAGAGCUUUUAAAGUAAGUUACAUCAAAUUGAAAGUGAAACCAUUUUUUUUUUCAUGCUUGGUGUGUGAGUCACAGCCAGGGAAGAUGUGGUUAAGGCUGCAUGGACAAACAAAAAGGUUUUAACUCCUAAAUUGCAGAGAAUUGAGCAGUGAGUCUAUACACUAAAACUGCUUCAUUAAGCUAAAGUUGUUUUGGUGACUAUAGUGUCCCUUAAACUGCAGCUUUCUGCUCAUGACAUAGCUGGACUGGAGGGAGGGGCAUGGUAUUGAAAUACAUCCAAGUUUAGCUUGAAACUAUUUUUUUGGAUGUGGGACCUAUAUGUUCUAGACAAGUGGUUCCCAAACUUUUUAGGUUCAAGGUGCACUUACUAUUUCAAUAUUUUUCCAAGGUUCCCCAAGUCAAAACAAAUUUCUAGGUUGUAUAUAUGUACAGUGCAGCUGUAUAUACCGGGCCCAGAACCUAAUCUCGGGAGGGGCACUGGUAGAUUAUGUAAAGAAACAAUCCAGACACAAAUCCACUACAGCACUCUGUAGUGGUUAGGGUACCUGGAGUGCCAUCUUGCCCUCCCAGGGUAAGUAGUUAAACUGUUUAAGAACAGUUUGGCAACUUACCUGGGAUCUGCCGGAAUAUGGGCUGUACUAGGGGAAAAUGGGCGGUAGGGGGAGGUGUGUGUAAGAGGUUGGGGAGUGGAGCACGCGGGCGCAGAGUUAUUGUGGAUCUGGGUGUAGGAAAGCAGAUUAAUAAAUAUACUUUUUUUAUUAUUAUUAGCACUCUGUAGUGGUUAGGGUACCUGGAGUGCCAUCUUGCCCUCCCAGGGUAAGUAGUUAAACUGUUUAAGAACAGUUUGGCAACUUACCUGGGAUCUGCCGGAAUAUGGGCUGUACUAGGGGAAAAUGGGCGGUGGGGGAGGUGUGUGUAAGAGGUUGGGGAGUGGAGCACGCGGGCGCAGAGUUAUUGUGGAUCUGGGUGUAGGAAAGCAGAUUAAUAAAUAUACUUUUUUUAUUAUUAUUAUUAUAAUAAUAAAAAGAAUUUUUAUAUACCCCCUACCUUCUUACCUUUUCCUGGGAGGGGGGGACGGUACUAAACCCUGGUGGUCCAAGAGGUGAGAGUGAAUUCGAACAGCUCGGAGGCUAUAGUUCAAACUUGCGAGAUUCAGAGCAUUUCAGUGGUAACUGCAGCAAUGCUCCGAUCUCGCAAGAAGAGAUCCCAGUGGAGCUGCAGGCUCCCCCGGGUCCUCUCUGCCUUCCCUGCUGGCAGCAGCAUUUCAUUGCUAGCGGGCCGUUGAGGGAGAACUCUGAUCUCCCCUCUGGUCCUGCAGGCCACGGUUAUUUUCUCGGGAAGGGGGAGAUCCACCACUGUGUUCCCGUCCUGGGGUUCCGCGGCACACAGUUUGGGAGCCGUUGUGGUAGACAAUACGAUUCAGCUUGUUGAAUCGUUAUAUUUGUAACUCAUAUUCUUGUUCAUAUAUUCUUAAUGUGUAAAAAAGGAAAAUUGUAUACUUUGUUCAAGUAUAUAAAAUACAAUGCAAGUCCAAUUUUUAUAUAAUAUAUCUGCUAAAACACCAAGUGUAAUCUCUCCAAAUACACAUGACAAAUAUACAAAUAGCCAAUAUGGUGUAUCGCUUUACAUGAACACAAAUGGAGGUUAAGUACCUACAGUGGUAGUGGUAUCUGUGAUGAAAUGCUUAAAAAGAUGAAAAAAGUCCAAUAGGGUAAAACUAGUAUGAAGUACAAAGUGUAUAUGGAACCACUCACAUUCUUAUGAGCUAAAAACCUAGCUCAUGGACGAAUAGCCAGUAGGUCCGUCUAGGCGGCCUUCCCCUUCUUUAUGUGUGAUCCUUUCUUUUGUGCUAUAUAUAGGUUCAAACAAAGAAGGUAUAUAGCAAUAUUGUACAUCCAAUGUAAGAAAGAGAGUGAUCAGGUAGGAUAAUACUCACAAAGAUGGAGCCGUAACAAUAGGCUCAAUAACCGCACAAUGUGUAGUUGAGGACUACACUCCUAUAUAAGCAGGAACCAAAUGCCAGAAGUGUGUAUAAAAGCACUAUUUAUUAAAGGGUCUUUCCCAACAUAGAAUAAAAACAAAAAUUUUUAACUUUCUAGCUAUACAUAAAAUAAACCGUCCACAAGUCUGAUCUGGCAUAGUCCACAAGUCUGAUCUGUCCCCAAGAUGCAUUUUGCCAAAUUCUCCUGGGCUUCCUGAGCUGGGCAGUCAGUCCAUGUAUAAUCCUAUGUGGAUAUGAAGUCUUGCUUAUAGAUCCUCAUCUAAGAGGGAUAAUGAUGUGCCGGUUUGUAAAUGCACGCCUACCCUCAUAUGUUUCCAGGGCUGGCGCAUGCGUUCCAAACCUUCUAAAAGUGUUGUAUCUACUUCCGUGUGUGACGUCUUCUUCCGGUUCUUGUUCCACUUUCACUUGCAAUUCACUGAUUCUAUCUAUCAUUUCUCUCCAUUAUAGGGUAGAAAAGUCCACAAGUUCAUAUUCUCCCAAUAUAGGGAAAAAGAAUAAGAGCAAAAGAAAGGAAAAGGGUGCAUAAUCAGUUCUAUAUAUAACCUUAUUGUAAAUAACCACGUUAAUAAACAAUCUAUACAGUAAUAAAAAGGUGGGUAAGUAAGAUAAGGACUGUGAGGGAAGGUCCAAUUAUGAUUUUAUUAAGUUGUAAAAAAAUGUACACAUAUUAAAAUAGACAUAUUCUUAAAAAUCUAAGAUAUGGGAGCGCGCUGGAGUGAAGUAUAUAUACCAGUUGUGCAAACAAAAUAAACUGUUGCCCUUCCAAACUUUAAGUAACAUGAAUUUAGUUCCACAAACAGCUCAAUUUUCUUAUAUCCAACUUCAGAGUUGUUUAUCGAAACUUGACCUAAAGGGCUGCCCAGAAGGAAAUCUGCAUGCCCAGUCACUUUCAGGUUUUGAACUGGUUUGUUGUAGCGCAGUAACACCCCAAAAAUGUAUUUCUAUCAUUUAUAAGCUCCUACACAAUCCACUCACACCAUCCCAUUUCCCAUGCCUUAGAGCCUGGGAGUCUGAGAUUGGUCUUCUGUUAUACGGUGACCUAUGGUCUAAAGCGUUCACACUAUCCAAAGGUAACACCUUGAAUGCGACCCAUGGUGAAACCUUGAGAAAGGUUCUGUACAGAUGGUACAUGGUGCCUGCGACACUGUCAAAAAUAUCAUCCACACACUCAGAUAAAUGUUGGAGAUGCGGAUCCACCCGUGGCACCAUGCUCCAUAUCUGGUGGCAGUGUCCAGCCCUUACCUCUUUCUUGGAAACAAUGCUCUUACUGAUCAACAGUUGUACAGUAUACGGUUAACAAACUCAUCGGCAUGCUGCCUUCUGUUAAUACUCCCAGCCGCAGCGAAUCGCCCCGUUAGAUAUCUAACAUUUUAUAUUUUAGUGGCUGCACUCUCACUACUUGCACGUAAAUGGUUAUAUACCAUUGUCCCGUCACAAGACGAGUGAAUCGCCUACAUUACUCAAACUGGUAAACAAGAAAAAAUUGUUAAAAAAAAAACAAAUGUACAACCUCUUUUGGCAGAUAGCCUGGAUAUGUCGGAUUUAUGUACUAGUGUACCCCCAUGAUCAAGAUACAUCCUAAGUUUUUGGAAUCUAGGCCUUUAUAUUGAGCUUGAUAUUGCUCUUAUGAGCAACAUAGUAGUAACCGAUGGUUAUCGGAUAAUCAUCACCUUCUUUGGUCGUAAAACUAAUAAUUCUUCUUUUCCUAUUACUUGUUCUCUUGCAGGCCAGACACUGACCGCAACCAAAAAAAAACAUUUUUCUCUAUUCAGAAAGGUUUUAGAUACUUUCUUUUCUUUAAUAAUACUUGUGGUUAAAAUACUGCGUAAAUGAUUAACCCUCUGUGUAUAAAAACUGGUUGUUCAGGUAGAGCUUUUUAAAAUAAGAUCUUGCUACAAAAUGGGCCAAAACUGUUUAAUAAUUCCUCUAAUUGUAUAAUUAUCUAUGCUAUAAUUACAGUUGAAUGGUACUCCUUCUAUAUUAGAUUUUAUCCUAUUUAAAUAUUUAAGAAGAUCUUUUCAAUUCACUUUCGUUACUUCCGUUCUUGAUUUCUCUAAUUUAGUUUCCUCAUACCCUUUAUCUAAAAAAUCCUGUUUUAUUCUAGUAGAUUUUUAUCUAUACAUUUUAUAUUUGAUAAUUUAUUCUAUUUUUAGUUUUAGACUUUUAUUUUUGAUUUUCCCCUUUUUUGAAUAUAUUUUAGAUUUUUUUUCAGUAUAUAAAAGAUUUUUAAGACUGUCUAUUUUAAUAUGUAUACUUUUUUUUUUAUUUUUUUUUUACAACUUGAUAAGAUCAUAAUUGGACCUUCCUUCCCAGUCCUUAUCUUACUUACCCAUCUUUUUAUUAGUAUAUAGAUUGUCUAUUAACGUGGUUAUUUACUAUAAGGUUAUACGUAGAACUGAUUGUGCUCUUUUUUCCUUUCUUUCGUUCUUAUUCUUUUUCCCCAUAUUGGGAGAAUUAAUAUGAACUUGUGGACUUUUCUACUCUAUAAUGGAGAGACUCCAAAUAAGAAUAUGCCAUAUAGCAUACUGGAGCCGAAAAUGAUAGAAUCAGCGAAUUGCAAAUUAAACUGAGGCUUGAAACACAAGAACUGGAAGUAGACGUCACACGCGGAAGUAAAUACAGCACUUUUAGAAGGAGAUUUGGAGCUAGGUUUUUAGCUCAAAAGAAUGUGAGUGGUUCCAUAUAGACGUUGCACUUCAUACUGCUUUCUUAGUUUUACACUGUUGGACUUUUUCAUCUUUUUAGGCAUUUCAUCACAGAUACCACUACCACUGUACUGUACUGUUUUAAGGUAUUUAACCUCCAUUUGUGUUCAUAUAAAGCGCUACACCAUAUUGGCUAUUUGUAUUCUCAAUGUUUGCCUAUAUCAUUCUGGUUUUGAUAUGUGUUUUCAAAUUUUUUUUAGAGCUUUGUUCUCUUUUAUUUUUACAUUCACAAUAUAAAAUAUUUUCUAUUCUAAACAGGCAGCAGAAAUGGCCCUGCGACUCACUGGAGUCAACAGAUGGUGUGUGAGUGGAACUCCUGUGCAAAGGGGACUAGAAGGUAAAACCAUUUUAUUUAGAAAUUAAUGUGAAAAUUUGUUUUCUACGGCAUGAUGCAUUGAUACUGGCAUUUGCAUAUUUGUGCUUGUGAGAUUAACUCCGUAUACUAAACAUGUUAUGGUUGUAGUGUGUUUUGCUAUUACAAUCUUAUUUCGUUUUUAUUCAACAUGGCUGAAUAAUAUUUUAUUCAACAUAAAUAUUUAGCAGGAUUGUAGGUGUUGGGAUUUACAAAGGCAAUUUAGCUGUUCUUAGUUAUUUACGACUGCAAGGUGCUUAAUGCAUUCAUAGUUUUAAAGCAUUUAUAGCAAAACCUUUGUAAUAAACCUGAGGAAUUCAUGUUGGAAAUGUAGUAUGACGAAUUUGAAAGCAAUUAUUUUUCAUUUUUUUUAGCCAUUAAAUCUAAAUGCUGUUUUAGUUAAAUUAUAGAUGUUUAUGCCACAUUAAAACCUAAGGUAUGUUUUAUUGGUAGCAUUAAGUAUUUCUAAAGCCUUUUUUUUUUUUUUUUUUAUCCGUCGGGAGACAAACAAAUAGAAGAAAGGAAGUAGGUGCCAUUAUAUUUUAGUCCUAUUUUGGUGACAGUUAUGUCAUGCUGGAGAGUUUUCUUCAUCUCAUAUGAAAACUGUUUAUCAUGGUUCUCAGCAGUAUUUGAUAACACAAAUCGGAUAUUUUUAGCUGUUUCAUUUACAAAUAUGGAAUAUAUAUAUUUUGUUUUGGGGAUUUGGUUUAAAAGGUUCUGUAUUAGUGCAUUAAACCAGGGAGCUAUCUCAUUUCGGCCAUGCAAUCUAUUCUUGUCUGCAGAUUUAUUUGGAUUAGUGUUAUUCCUUGGAGUUGACCCAUACUGGGUCAAACACUGGUGGGACCAACUUCUUUAUAGACCGUAUUGUAGGAAGGACCCAUUGCCUUUAUAUCGCCUAAUAGCAAAAAUAAUGUGGAGAUCUGCAAAAAAGGAUGUUCUUGACCAGGUAUGUACAUAUUACUAGAAAUGUACGUGGUUUUAUGUGCAGAGCAUGAUGAUUCUUAAAAAUACUCUUAAUGUUUCUAAUAGAGAACCAUUGGGACCAGUGCUUCUCCAUUGGAAGAAUUUGAUUGGUGGAGAGUGGCAAUUCUCAUUGAUAGGGGUAGGCAACCUUUGACACUCCAGAUGUUGUGGACCCAAUAAUGCUAUUACACCUAUAAUGCUGUCCAAGCAUCAUACAAGGUAUAGUCCAAAACACCUGGAGUGCCGAAGGUUGCCUAUGCCUGUCCUAAAUGCUUCUCUAUGAAAAGUGUUUAAACCAAGUCUUAACUGUAGUAAGCAGCUCCACCAAGGAGAUAUUUAAUAGUGAUUGAUUUGUUUUACUUAUUCACUUAUAUUUAAUGUUAAAAUGUUCCUUUAAUCCUUAUUUCUUGCUGUAUUUCUUUUAAACCUAUUCAAAAUUUCAAAUUAAAAAACAUUAAUAGACCUCCAAAGCUGUGUGUUUCAUUAGCAUUUUUUUAAACUACUCAGCUGUUUUGAAAUGGCCUUCUUGACACAUAUUCUACUUCUGGGUCCAUCUGUAAACUAGGCUAAUUAAUCAUACUCUUCUAUCAAGACCUUAAAUUUGCUGAAUAUUGGUCCUUUAAACGUUACAAAAAGUUCCGCCUUCUUUCAUUUUCGAAUGGUAUAAGUGUAAACUUUUUUUUUUUUCCUUUUUCCAUUUUUCGUUUGUUCCCCCAUACUGGUGCUCUCUAAAAGAGUUAAAGGGUCACUCCUUAGCACUGACACAACACAAGUGCAUUUAGUAGGCUAGGUUAGGUUUGUAUUCUUGUAAGUUUUGCCUUAAAACAAACGUUUUAUAGGUUUCUGCCAAUCAACUCUGCCAGCUUAGUCAUGCCCCCUCUUUUUAUAUAGUGUUUCCUGCUUGGAAGUACGCAGGUUCCGUACUUGGCUUAAUGUAAUUAAAUUAAUUCCAGAUUCAGAUCCCACCACAAACAGAAGAAGUUCACUGGCUCCACUUUUCUCCAGUUGAGAGGCAUUUCUAUCACAGGCAACAUGAGGUCUGUUGUCAGGAUGCUCUGGUCAAACUCCGAAAGAUCUCAGAUUGGUCUCUCAAACUAAGUAGCUUGGAUAGACGAAUGGUGUCUUCCAUUUUGUAUCCACUGUUGAGGCUGAGGCAGGCUUGUUGUCAUCCUCAAGCUGUUCGUGGGGAAUUUCUUCCACUACAGAAAAGGUAAGCCAACAUGUAGUAUUCUAUGAAAAUUGUUUUUUAACUUUUAUUGACGUUCACAUAACAAUCUUCUGGAAUGGAACAUAAGGGUGCAAAUACAAAGAACAUUUGUUCUGCCAGGUAUACUCUUUUUGGUAAACCUUUAAACCACUAGUAUCAACAGUUCUAUAUGUUUGAGUUGUGUGUUUUUUUUUUGUUUUUUUUUCUUUUUCAUUAAAAAUGCAGAAAACGUAUUUUCUUUAAAAUUCUUCAUAUUUAGUAGUGUAUAGCAUCCCUUUACCUUUUCAGUAAAUUUUUGUGAUGCCAAUGUACAAAUGAGAUGACCAAUAGAACAAACACCAUAAUCUAUCAGUAGUGUUCAGCUGUUUUUUGUUUUUGUUUUUUUUCUUCAAUUAUUGUUUUGCUGCAUUCACGCUGGUUUGAUUUUCUUUAAAGUACAAUGACAAUGGAAGAACUUCUGACAUCACUACAGAAGAAAUGUCGGACCGAAUGUGAAGAAGCACAUCGGCAACUUGUUUGUGCUUUUAAUGGGCUAGCUGGAAUCCACAUCAUAAAAGGUGAGAUACAAAAUUAGGGAUGUUUCUUAUGGGGAGCCUUUUUUUGUCAUACUAUGGCUCCAUGUUCACAACAAUAUUAACAGAAAGCGGUCUAUUCAACAUUUGAUGCCAGUUACUGCGAUUUAAUUCAGUUACAUUGUCUGAGCUUUCAUGCAGUUGAUCUCUCAUAAGUGUUCAAAGUCUGCGUAUGUAUAGUUCAAGACUACAGGGUAUUUUUGGAGCAAUUGCACAAAUCUUUAUAGAAGAAUAUUAUAAUUGACGGAAAUAUAUUAUCAUUCUUGCACAGCGACUGAGUGUUCUUGUCAUUGCAGGUGAAUAUCCCGAGGCUGUAGAAUUAUAUAGGGAUGUGUUGAGAUCGUCAGAAGAGCACAAAGAUAAACUGAAAACAGACUCCCUACAAGUAAGUAUUAUACAAAGCUAAAUUCUUAAAGGUAAAGCUUGUGGUAAAAAUUGCCCCCUAUUUUAAAGCAUUAAAUAUACAAAUCCAUCAUAUAGACAAUGUAUUUAAAAUGAUGCAAAGAAAUAUAAAAAAUAUAUAUAAAUUUAAAGUAUCCCUUAGAAACACUUUUUAGUGGGUCUGCUUGCUGCUAUAGACCCCUCCCCAAGUAUCAAGAGACUGUUAUACAUCAAACCUGUGUUUAGCAGGAUAAGUUGUAAGAUAAGUAAUUUCUCCCAUAGGAUGAGACAAAUCCAAGUUGUGCGUUGUGUGAACUCUGGAUACAUAACUAGGCACAUAAUUGAUGCUAGGCAUCCAGGACUUCAAUCAUUACUAGAUGUCCAGUUGCCUGAAUGACAACUCUAAGACGUUGUUGUCUUUUGAGCUACAGGUAUUUUUACAAACUGCUGCAGUUCUAAGGCACUUUCAGAACUGCAAGGCUCAGGCUCCUCUAUAAACCAUCACUGUGACGGAAGUCACCAUCACUCGGAGCAUAAGAUGGACACUUCAAGUAGGCCCCUAGAUGAAUCCUAUGUGUAAGUCACCCUGCCCAUCAUAGGUGCAGGGUGUGUACAAUGUAUUUGUUUGUUGUUAAAUGUUUUGUGUGCUCUUCUGUCCUGCUGAUGCUCUCAAUCAAUUAGAUGUAUUUGGCUGUGGAGCCUGUACAGCACCAUCGGUUGUGAGGAUUUUGUGACGACUAUAUGCGCUACCUGACUAAAGGUUCAUUAAUUUGCAUAUUCAGGUAGAUUUGCAUAUUAUGACUUUUGCAGACAGGGGAUAUAUUUUCUGUUGGUUAUAGUCUUCCCCACCCCUUUAUGAAUAUGUAAAUGUGUUAUUAUGAGUUCCUGUAUGUUUCCCCAUAUGAUUUUGUUAUUUGUAUUAGAUUGCUUUUGUCCCCGUAAGUUUAAAGCAAUAUGCAUAUGAGCUAGUCCUGAGUAAAAAUAAGUGUGUUUGUUCCAUUGGGAACCGUGUGUCCUGGUUAGUUUAUUCGGCGAACUCGGUAAGAGAGUCUUCGGACCUGUUGACUGACUGCUGUGGUUCCUGAAUCAUGGAACAAGUUAAAAAGAGCGAGGCCUGAGAGCCACAAGUGCUUUUGUAAAGAUCCCUGAAGGGAUUAAAACUUUGCUGUAUCUGUCCUGUUUUUCCAAUAAAUCUGCUGUUACUAUUUGUAAAGACAGAGGCAUGGAUAGCUGUCUGGCUGAGGAGCUGCAAAAGCAGAGGGGACGAUACCUGUAGUUAGCAAGCUGACUUGAUGGAUGGAUUCGGUCGGCAUACAGGAGCUCCGUCACAAACACUUUUGUCAAUGAUGGUUAGAGUGAUUAGUACUUAGUGAUAAUUUAAUCCCGCAGGGUGCUAGAUACUAAUGUGGAAAAGAAAGCAGAGCUGCCAGUGUUGGACAUAAAAGUAUACUUUUUAAUCUAUCAUUUUACAUUUUCGACAUGGCUGCCAAUGACUAUUAAAGGUACACCAUAGCAUUAGGAAUACAAACCUGUAUUCCCAAUACUAUAGUAUUCUCCUCUGCCUAGAGGGUUAUUGGUUAUAACUCAUUGACCAGGGCUAACAAGACCGAAAUGAUUGCGUGGCAGUGCUGUAUCUCUCGUGCUGAGAAAGCUGGCCUGAAUUUUGGAUCUGGAGCGCACUCUUUGGUCAGUCUGUUAUGCAAAUGACCUAUGUUCUCUUUGUAAUGGCACAAGAUGAGUUAAAAUUUUGACCCACAGAAGGGCAAACUAAUUGAGUUGUUGUCCUUUUCUCAGUAUUCUCUUGUACCCCGUUUUUUGCUCUCUUCUGCAUUUAGUUUCAUGCACUUCCCGAAAUUCUAAUUUAAAAAAACGUGAAAGAAAGGGUAUUACCUUUUUUUUUCUGCUCUCAGGUCCAGUACUUGUAGUCAGUCGAUCCACCUCCCACAAUGUUGCAUUGCAUUUUUAAGACACAAAAAAACACUCCACUCAAACCACUUCAUUGAGAUAAAGUUGCCUGGUUGCAAUUAGUAAUUCUUUAAUGAUGUUGACACAAUACCUCAGUACCAAUACUUUUUGACAACACUUUUACCAUUAUCAUUAUCAGAAAAUGGCCCAAUAAUUUAUAUUCACAUUUAAGCUUAAACAGCCACUCUCCUUCCAUAUAGUUAUCAACAUAUAAUUAGUACCACCAAAUGCUUAGCAAAUGCAACACCAUGAAGCAAAGAGGGCUUAUUUUAUGAAUGCUUAGAAACCUCCUGAUCCACACUUUCUCAGAGUAUUUACAUCACAAUGGCAAAUAUAUUUAACUAUUUAGGGGUGGCCCAAGUUGCAGAAAUACCAAACUUAAUGUACAUUUCAUUUUAAUUACACAUAAUGUGCAUUUACAUUGAAACACCUGCAGGAACAGGCUAUAGGCACCAGAACCACUACAUUAACCCCUUAAGGACACAUGACAUGUGUGACAUGUCAUGAUUCCCUUUUAUUCCAGAAGUUUGGUCCUUAAGGGGUUAAACUGUAGUGGUUUUGGUGAUUAUAUUGUCUCAUUAAUCAUGGUGUUCUAAUGUUUUAUUUUAGAGACUGCAUUCCACACACAACCUCAUGGAACUCCUGUCUGCAAAGCAUCCUGGAAUCCCUCCAACGCUACGUGAUGAGAAACUCGCAGAUGAAGUUAGUAUAUAUGCUUACUAUUUCUUUAGAGUAUCAAUUUUGCAAACAGUUUUUGGCAUUUGCUGCCCAUACAAAAACACAAUCUUUGUUAGAGAAUCUGUGCUAUUGGUUUCUGUAGAUGAUAGUUCUAAUUUUGCUCUAUUAUCAUUCCAAAUUUGGAUGCCCAGAAUUGCCUGCGUGUGUCUAGCCCACUGCUUGCAGACUUUUACUGAUGCCCAAAGUUGGGCUUUAGAGGGAUCUGGCAUUGGUGACCAGGGCAGACUCAUUUUUGGUUGGUGUUUUAUUUUGGUGCAAAAACAUAACCUUACUACUGCACUGCAUCCAAAGGCUCCUUGCACCCUUACCAGUACAAUUAGUUGAAUGUUUAUGGUGCCAAAAUGUUUAGGUAUUUCUUUUGUGAAUAUCUGCAUGACAUAGGGGUUGCAAAUGUGUCACAAACAUAUGAUGAAAACAAAUAUCUACAUGCAUUUGGAUCGCUUAUCAGCUACUGCUUUUUUUUUUCUUCUAUGAAGCUUAAAGGAACACUAUAGUCACCGAAAUUACUUUAGCUAAAUAAAGCAGUUUUAGUGUAUAGAUCAUUCCCCUGCAAUUUCACUGCUCAAUUCCCUGCCAUUUAGGAGUUAAAUCACUUUGUUUCUGUUUAUGCGGCCCUAGACACACCUCCCCUGGCUAUGAGUGACAGAGCCUGCAUGAAAAAAAAAAACUGGUUUCACUUUCAAACAGAUGUAAUUUACCUUAAAUAAUUGUAUCUCAAUCUCUAAAUUUAACUUUAAUCACAUACAGGAGGCUCUUGUAGGGUCUAACAAGCUAUUAACAUAGCAGGGGAUAAGAAAAUCUUAAUUAAACAGAACUUGCAAUAAAGAAAGCCUAAAUAGGGCUCUCUUUACAGGAAGUGUUUAUGGAAGGCUGUGCAAGUCACAUGCAGGGAGGUGUGACUAUUGUUCAUAAACAAAGGGAUUUAACGCCUAAAUGGCAGAGGAUUGAGCAGUGAGGCUGCAGGGGCAUGUUCUAUACACCAAAACUGCUUCAUUAAGCUAAAGUUGUUCAGGUGACUAUAGUGUCCCUUUAAUUUGCACUAGUAUGUGCGUGUAACAAUGACAAUUUAAGUCUUUAAUUUCUAGUGUGAGAGCAUUUUUAUUAUAAGUUAAAAUACCAAAUAUACUUGUGCAGUAAGAAUAUUCAAAACGACAGUUUUUGUCAUAUUUCUAGGCAAAACAACUCCAACAACACUACAUGAGCAAGUCAAAUGCAGAAGUUUUUGAAGCUCAGCAGGCUUUGCAACCAUUAUUGCAGAAUAUUCGUGAGCUGCAGAGUAAGGUAUACUGUUGUAAAAUGUAUAUUUCAAUGGACGGAUGCAACUCCCCUUUUUUGCUUUACAUGCCGUGCCAACUAACAGAGUUCAUGUGCUGUGAUUAUGGAACUAAAGACCUAUCCAAUAAGAAAAUAUAAUCAAGCACUCCAGUCAGGGCCGGUGCAAGGAUUUUUGCCGCCCUACGGUGAGUAUGCCCAUAGAGCCCACCCAUAAGUCCACCUACAUGUUCCACCCAUGAGUUCGCUCACAGGGAGUAGAGUGUAUAGGGGAUGUGUUAUGUGUUACUGUAGAGGAUCUAAUGUGUGUGCUUAUGGAAUGUAGUGUAUAGGGAUACCAGUUUGUGUAGGUGAUGCAGUGUGUUUGUGUGUAGUGGAAGCAGUGUGUUUUUGUGUACGGGACAGAAAGCAGUGAGUGUUUGUGUAUAACGGAUGUAUUGUGUGUUUCUUGUUGUGUGUAAGGGAUGCAUUGUGUGAAUCUGUGUUUGUAUGCAUAAGGGAUGCAAAGUGUGUUUCUGUGUCUCUAAGGGGUGCGUUGAGUGUGUGUAAGAGAUGCAUUGUGUUUCUGUGUGUGUAAAAGAAGCAGUGUGUGUUUGCAUGUGUGUGUAAGGGAUGCAUUGUGUGUUUCUGUGUAUUUGUGCAAAGGAUGCAUUGUCUUUAUGUAUAAGGGUUGCAUUGUGUGUUUCUCUGUGUGUAAGGGAAGCAUGUUGUGUUUCUGUGUGUAUAGGGAUGCAUUGUGUGUGUGCGCAUGGUGUGAAAGAGCUCCCUGUCCUGCCCCCUGUCCUAUAGAGCUCUCCCUUCCAUUCCUUAGAGAUCUCCCCUGCCCCUUAGUGGUCUCUCCUCACCCCCCCCACCUCCCUUAGUGGUCUCCUUUUCUCUUAGACUUUCCAUUAGUGGUCUCUCCUUUCCCCCCACCCUCCCCUAGUGGUCUCUCCACCGUCCCCUCCCUCCUUUAGUGGUCUCUCUCUCCCCUACGUUCUUAUCUCCCACCCUCGUGUUCUCCUCUUCUUCUCCCCCCCGUCCCUGUAAUCUCUUCUUCUCCCCUGUAAUCUUCUCUUCUUCUCCCUCCUUGUAAUCUUCUCCCCUCCCCUGUAAUUUUCUCUUCUUCUCCCCCUUCCCUCCCUGUAAUCUCUUCUUCUCCACCCGUAAUCUUCUCUUCUUCUCCACCCAUAACCUUCUCUUCUUCUCCCCCAUAAUCUUCUCCCCCCUCCUGUAAUCUUCUUCUUCCCCCUCCCAAUCUUCUCUCCACUCCCCAUCCCUCAAUCUUCUCCACUCCCCCCCCCCCAAUCUUCUUCUUCUCCGCCCUCCCUCAAUCUUCUCCACUCCCCCCUCCCUCCCUGUAAUCUUCACCCUUUCCUCCCCCUCCCUGCUAAUUUUCUCCCGUAACCUUCUCCUCCCCUCCUGCCUGUAAUUUUUCACCCCGUGGCUUAGCUAUCCUCCCCGUAACCUUCUCCCCCUCCCUAUAAUCUUCUCCCCUGCAAUCUUCUCCUCCCAUCUUCUCCCCUACCUAUAACUUCUCCCCCCUCCCUCCAUCUUCUCCCCCCUAUAAUUCCCCCCCCCUCCCUCCCCUAUAAUCUUCUCCCCCCAUCUUCUCCCCCUCCCUCCCAUCUUCUCCCUCCCAUCUUCUCUCCCCCUCCCCUAUAAUCUUCUUCCCUCCCUCCUUGUAAUCUUGUUCUACUCAGCUCCCCUUCCCUGUAGCGUGGCCGAGCUCCUCUCCGGUCCGCGACCCUGCGGGACUGACAGGACUUCCUGUCAGUCCGGCCGGGUCGCGGACCGGAAAGGAGCUCGGCCACGCUACAGGGAAGGGGAGGUGAGGCAGUGCAGCAGCCGUCUGAGCGCUCUCUAUAGAGCUCUCAGGCGGCUGCAGAAUUUAAAGGGAUAGCGAUGGGGGCGCAGGGCGCCCCCUCCUAUAUGGCGCCCUAGGCGACUGCCUAGUUCGCCUUAUAGGAAGCGCCGGCCCUGACUCCAGUGGUAAUUAAAACAUAGAUUCUUUACUUCUUCUGAAAGCUUGAUAAAUACAGAAGCACAGUUUUCGUGUGUUCCUUACUUCUUUAAAGUAGUUGGUGCGCUUCUUGAGUUUUUGCUUUUUACCACAGGAUACAAUUAUAUAUUUAUAUAUAUAUAUAUAUAUAUCUAUCUAUCUAUCUCUAUCUCCAAUAAACCAAUCCAGUAUUAUCUACGUUUGAAGGGUAUAAAGUUUGAGAAUAACCUUUAUUUUCUUUGAUUUUCAAGGAAUCAAGUUUAUUUAUUUAUUUUUUCCUCAAGGUUUUGCAAGUUGGGUUAGAGCUCAGUGUUUAACAUUAUUCCAGUUACUGCUAUAUGUUGGAUCUAGUCGCUACUAGCUAUUAUGCAUGGUCAGCAAUAAUUUUUCAUAAACAUUGGUGCCUAACCAAAGCCAGGUAGGUUUUCAAACCAUUGCAGACAGUUUCACUUCUUACCAUGGGCAUAGCAGUGCUAUGUUUAUAUUAGGGUUAAUCCAGCCUCUAGUGGCUGUCUCAUUGACAGCCGCUAGAGGCGCUUCUCACUGUGAUUUUCACAGUGAGAAGACGCCAGCGUCCAUAGGAAAGCAUUGUGAAUGCUUUUCUAUGGACUGGCUGAAUGCGCGCGCGGCUCCUGCCACGCAUGCGCAUUCAGGCGAAGAGGAGGCGGAGGAGAGCUCCACGCCCGGCGCUGGAGAAAGAGGUAAGUUUAACCCCUUCCUCUCAGGAAAACGAGUAUGUUUUCCUGGCACUAUAGUUGUCCUUUGUUUGUUCAUUUCAACUGUUAUAAGAACAUCUUGAGUGCAUAUGAAAGCAUACUAAGUAUCAUAUUGGCCUUUUCCCCUCAUUGAUUUUGUGUGGAAAUAUGUCAAUUAUGAAGGUGAUUUGUAUAACCAAUGAGUUGUUUUGUACAAUUACCAUAGAGCAGUUUAAGGACACACAAACCAGUAAAAAUGGCAAAAUAAGAUUUUGGAAAUGGUUUGCUGGGACAAAUGAUGUAAAGUAAUUAUGCUUAAUUAUUUAUAAAAUAUUUUACCAAGAAGCAUACAUUGAAAUUUCUCUCAUUUUCAAGUAUGUCCUGGCCGAUAUUUCAACCCACGAGUUGCCUAAAAUGUAUUUCUUCUGUACACAGAUUCAUUUUCCUGCACCCUGGUGGCUUGAUGUGAUUCAGCAUGCAAUCCAGUAUACGAUUGACGAGGAGCUUGUACAGCGUGUGCAAAACGAAAUUACCAGCAACUACAAGCAGCAAACAAACAAACUGUCUAUGGCAGACAAGUAAGGGAUCAGACCAGGCAAUGGUUUGUCCGUUAAAGGCAUGCUAUAGUGCCAGGAAUACAAAGCUGUAUUCUAUACUGCAUAUUUAUAUAUUGCAUGAUGUCCCAUUACUAGCAGAGAUUAUGGUUUUCUUAUAUUCUUUUAGCAUUUUCAUAUACAUUCAUCUAAACUUGACACCUAUGUCAAUAGAACCAUAGCUUAAAUAGCUUUAGGUAAUUCAAUUAAUUGUCUAACCCAACAACUUCUUUGAUAUUUGAUUCAAUAGCCACCAUGAGCUAAAAUUAUAUAUUUAAACAGUCUGGCACAAUGCAUACUUGAAAUCUAGGGGCUAUGGUUACUUUGCAGUGAAUAUUGUUUCCAUUAAUAUAAAACUAUAAACAAUCUUUGUGUGUUUUAUCAGUCUUAUCGUGCAUGUAUAUGUUUUCACAAUGCUUAGUGUUCUCACAUUCUCUGUACAACAUGCAGAUUCAGUGUGCAGUGUUUGAUAUGGACAAACAGUUUGCCUCCUUACUAAACUAUAAUCCCUGGCAGGUAUGAUAUUUAAACCAUGGCAAGCAAAGGUGAACACACAAACACAGUGGUUAUAGUUACCAAAAUACAAAGGACAAACCCCUACAAUUUAACCAUCACACCUUCUGUGUCAUAGGUGGUUAGGAUUGUAACUGACAGUUGUUUGGAGACCACCAGGGAGAAGUACUAUGUAUCUUUGCAGAGGGGCUGAUCUUUUUGGCUGAUGAGUAUGCUGGCAAAACAUUUCUAUUGUGCUGUUGUAGAUUAGAGAUAUUUCAUGUAGGCUCUAGAAGAUGUGAUGUGAGGAAUCCAAGUUGGAAACUCUGUAUUGCAUGUUUUUUUUUUUAUUAACUGAGAGGGACCUGGUCACCCAUGCUCUUUGGAAUAACAGGGCUACACUAAUUGGCCCAACUAUAGAUCAAGAGCAAGACAAAAAACUGACCAUUAACAGAAACAACAUUCAAAGAAACAAUUCCAACAAACUGUUGUUAACCUUGUAAUUAAUAUUAUUUUAAACUUGGUACUGUGUUAAGUUUUUGAAGAAUUUGGCAUAUUUUAGCAUCAUAUCUUGAGUUGCCUGCAAUGUGUUUCUGACAAUGCCUUAUUUGAAAAUGUCUUUUAGGUAUUCAUUUUAAAAGAUUGUGCUACUUUCGGUAUUCUUAUUUUUCAUGUAUGCUCUUCCAUAGGUUUAGAGAUUGCAGAGGACUUCAGUAUGUACUUACCACUCAGAUGGAAGAGCUGAAAAAAUGCCAAAAACUUGUCAGAGGAGGGGUGAAGAAUCUAGAAGGUCCACCGUCCCAAGAAGUUAUUCAAGCUGCAACAAUUUGUCACCUUCGACCAGCCCGGCUUCCUCUUAAUAAGUAUGUUUAUUGUCAUACUGUCUGUGAAACUCCAAAGCAAUUGGCCAUUGGGAAGUCCAAGCACCAAGACCACUUCUGUGUUUUAGUGGUCGUGGUGCAAGGACACGGUACGUGCAGUUCAGUACAGCAGCAUAGAAUGAGGUUUGGCACCCAGCGGGACCCAGAUUUCCUUACUGGGAAAUGGCAGUGGGGUACUUAUGUACUCUUAAAAUCAUUCAUAACCACUACUGCAAGCUGAAAAAUUACUUUGUUUUAGUUUUUUUACACAACAUGCAAUGUCUACAAUUAAAGAAUGGUGGUAUCUGAGUGCUGUUCUCUUUUUAAUGUUUGUACCUUUUUAAUGCUAGUCUUUUUUAAAUACUAUAUGUGUUUUCUCCCAGAGAAUAGCUGUUAUUGCAGCAUAGCAUGUCAGGACAGCUUUUACAGAACUAAAACUUCUAAUUUGAAAAUCUUAGUGGUUUAUUUGCAAAAUGAUGAAUUGAAAAACAAACAAAAUGAUUUGCAAAACUGCUGCCAAAGCAGCAGAGGUAACUUUGCUAUGUUUGUAAUUUUGAAUUUCUUUUUGCAUGACUAAAUCCUUUAAGAAGAUUGUAUUGAUGCGCUCCAUGUUCACAUUAUACUCUUUUAAAUAAGGAACAAGAAAAGCGCUUGUCAUGUUGUCUAGCAAGUCAAAAGUUCACCUUUCAUAGAAGAAGUCUAGAAGUGGUUUUAACAGCAGGCCUUUCUGUUCUUUCCCUGCACAGCUGCGUCUUCUGUAAAGUUGAUGAAUUAUUCACUGAUUAUGAGUCAAAGCUGUUCUCGCACACGUAAGUAACAUACUUCAUAAAGAAGGAAUGUUCUUUUGAACAAAUACAGGAACUUGUUUUCAUUCUUAGGAGGGUAGAUACAAUAAUUCCUUUUUGUUUGUCCAUGGCUUCCGGUUCUAGUUUUAACCAGAAGUUCCAAGCAUUAAAAUGUUUCCAACACAACCUAUUCAGUCACAAUAAUAGUGACUAGAUCUAGUUUUUUGUUCUUUUUUGUUCUUUUUUUUCUUUAAAUUCCUUCCAUCCGUCGUACAUGAGCAUGUGUAAAUGUGUGUGAAUAUAUAUUUUUUUUUUUUUUUAAAUUUAUAUUUCAGGAUGGCAUAUAGAAAGAAAAACAGGAAACAAAAUAUAGUGUGAAUCCGUAUUUAUAAAACAAAUCAAAAAUUAAUUGCACAACUUUGAAUUCAACACUAGAUUGUAAGAUUUUUAUAACAAAAUAAAGUAAAACAGAUGUGUGUGUGGUAUUAUCCCUACUAAGCAUUAAUCACCAUUCAGUAUGCCAGGCAGUGGUGUAUCCUGGUUUUGUGCUGCCCUAGGCAGGACAAAACUCAGGCGCCCCCCUCCCCCCGCGCCACCCCCACCCAACCCUUCCCCCCGCCCCACCUUCUAAAUACACACACACACAGCCAGACACAUACACAAACACACACACACACACAUACACAGUCAGAGACACACACACACACAUACACAGUCAGAGACACACAAACACACACAGACACAAACACACACACAUACAGUCAGACACAAACACACACACAUACACAGUCAGAGACACACAAACACACACACAGACACAAACACACACACACAUACACAGUCAGACACAAACACACACACACAUACACAGUCAGACACAUACACAGACACACACACACACACAGUCACACACAAACACAUUAACUUUUUUUUUAGUUUAAAUCCCCCCCCAGCCUCCUUACCUUUGGGAGUGCUGGGGGGGGGUCUCUCUCCCUGGUGGUCCAGUGGCUGCAGGGCGAGCGGGCGGCGCUGGCGAGGGAGCACUUCCUAUGAGCUGUCUGCUCAGCUCCCUUGCACGCCGGCUGCAGAGUGAGGCUGGGAGCCGGAAUAUGACGUCAUCUUCCGGCUCCCAGCCUCACUCUGCGGCGCGCGAGGGAGCUGAGCAGUCAGCUCAUAGGAAGUGCUCCCUCGCCAGCCGCCCGCCUGCCAGCGCCGCCCGCCCGCUCGGGAUGUCAGUUAGCCGCGAGGCUAACUAGGCAUUUGGGGGGCGGCGUUUUUUGCCGCCCCCUGAAAAAUGCCGCCCAAGGCAAAUGCCUUGUUUGCCUCGCGGCUAAUACGCCCCUGAUGCCAGGUACAUAUAAGGAAAGAGCUUCCAAUAGUGUUAGACUGAAUUUACAAUAUUUUCAAUAAAGGAACUAAAACAUGUUAUUUACUAGGCUAAGCAAGUCACUCUGCUCAUAUUUAGCAAGCCUUUGGUGGUGCUAUCCUUGCCCGACGGUCAGUUACAGGCAAAUUAUAUCCAGAAGCAAUAAAAUGGAACUCAUUUUGAAAGAUGAUUAAAAACACACGCAUGUACGAAAAAACGAUCACGUUAUUAUAAAAGAUGUGUAUCUAAGUUAUAAACUUAGAUACACAUCUUUUCCCUUAUUUAAAGUGUAUUACUUUGUCUUUUGCUGCUGUAGAGUGAACUCAUAUGCACUUGAUAUUUACUAAUGUUAAAUACUUUUUGUUGUUAUUAUUAUUAUUAUUAUUAGUUUUAUAGCUAUGGAGGUUUGCAGUAUACACACUUAUACAUGUUCCUCUGUUCCUUUGCGUCCACCUCACCUUGUUACAAAUACUUGUCUGUUAGUCCACACAUUGUACAGCACUGCAGACAUUUUAAAUAAUAGUAAUAAACCUAGCAGUCUUUACUGCUAUAGCGCUCGGUUUCAUUAAGAUCCAUUAAAAGCUUUGAGUUUCUAAAAGUGGGACAUUACAGUAAAUAAAAGGCCACAGGAAUUUGGUUCUUCCUAGUGAAAUAACAGCUUCUGGCUUGAUACCUCUUUGGGCUACAUGUCCUCUCUGUCAUGAUUUAAAGGACCAUUAUAGUGCCAGGAAAACAUACUUGUUUUCCUGGCACUAUAGUGCCCUGAGGGUGCCCCCACCCUCAGGGACCCCCUCCGCCUGGCUCUGGAAAGGGCAAAGGGGUUAAAACUUACCUUUUUCCAGCGCUGGGCAGGGAGCUCUCCUCUUCCGAUCCUCCUAUAUAUUCGGCUGAAUGCGCACGCGCGGCAAGAGCUGGGCGCGCAUUCAGCCGGUCGCAUAGGAAAGCAUUUACAAUGCUUUCCUAUGGACGCUUGCUUGCUCUCACUGUGAUUUUCACAGUGAGAAGCACGCAAGCGCCUCUAGCGGCUGUCAAUGAGACAGCCGCUAGAGGGUUUGGAGGAAGGCUUAACCCAUUUAUAAACAUAGCAGUUUACCUGAAACUGCUAUGUUUAUAAAAAAAUGGGUUAACCUUAGCUGGACCUGGCACCCAGACCACUUCAUUAAACUGAAGUGGUCUGGGUGCCUAGAGUGGUCCUUUAAAAUAAGCAUUAAAGGCCAUAGGGAUUUACCUUCAUUUAAAUGCCCUGGUUAAUAGCAAGUGAAAUGUGUAAUAGAUUAAACAUGUCUGUGUAUCUGUGUAUUCUCUUGAUAGAAUAAAAUUGGUCUAACCUGGUAAAUAUUUUAGGGUUAAAGGCCAAACUGCUAUCUUUGAAGAAAUGAUAGAGGAGGAAGAUGGCCUUGUGGAUGACCGUUUGCCAACAACUAGUCGAGGGCUUUGGGCAACCAGCGAGAUGGAACGUUCCUUGAAGGCUAUAUUGUCCUUUGCUAGAACACACCGUAUGGAUGCAAGGUUGAUUGAUGAAGGAGCCUGCUUCUUGGAGCUAUUUGAAGCUUGGAAAAAAGAAUAUAAGGUGAAUCUAUGUAUUAUAUAUGUGUUUAAAGCAUUUUUUCCCUUUUUUUGCAGGCUUCAAUAAGAUAUCUUGCUGAAUUUCUAUGUUAAAAUAAUCCUAUUUCUCUUUAUUGCUGGAAGCCAACAAUGUUAAUAAUAUCCUGAUAAAUGUUUAAGAAAUUACACUGAAAUGUCUACUAACCUUGUUUAAAGGACCACUAUAGUGCCAGGAAAACAUACUCGUUUUCCUGGCACUAUAGUGUCCUGAGGGUGCCCCCUCCCGCCGGGCUCUAGGGGGAGGAACUUACCUCUUUCUCCAGCGCUGGGCGGGGGACUCUCCUCCUCUAUAGCGAUGUCAUAGGCUGAAUGCGCAUGCGCGGCAGGAGCCGCGGGCGCAUUCAGCCAGUCCAUAGGAAAGCAUUCUCAAUGCUUUCCUAUGCACGCUGGCGUCUUCUCACUGUGAAAAUCACAGUGAGAAGCGCGGAAGCGUCUCUAGCGGCUGUCAAUUAGACAGUUUCUCUGAAACUGCUAUGUUUAUAGAAAAAAGGGUUAAACCUAGCUGGAUCUGGCACCCAGACCACUUCAUUUAACUGAAGUGGUCUGGGUGACUAUAGUGGUCCUUUAAGACUGCUUCUUGUGCUGGUAUUAACUAUAAAGUGAUCUAUCAUGUGAGAAAAUCCCUCAAUAUGUCUACCAGUAAGAAUUUACUGAGAUUUCAUAGUACUUCCUGGAGUACAUGUACUGAAUCAGACUUUAUUAUUUGUUACUUAUAUGUUUACUAUGAGAUAGAUAUCGAUAACAAUAAUUGAGGCUGUUUUGUGACUGAUGAUAUUAUCUGAGAUUUCAUACUGAUAGUGGAUUUGUUAUUUUCUGAAAGGCUUUUUCAUGUUACUGGAGCUUUUGGGGGCUACUCAACCUAUAUCCUUCCUGUAGUGAGAAAUCUAAAGUAAAGUGCUUGUAGCUGAACUCCAUAAAACUGAGUGUGAAGUAAUAAAAAAAUAAAAAAAAUCACUGUUGGAAAAGUUAAUACCACUCUCAACAAGGCGUUCACUGAGAACAAAUUGGUAGGUUUAAGUAAGGGUUAAUCUUUUUAUGUCUUGUGUUAUUGUUACAGAGAGCUUAUAGUGUUUGGCUAAAUUAAAGGGGCAGUAUAGUCACCAGAUCAACUACAAGUUAUUGUAUUUGUUCUGGUGGGUAUAAUUCCCUUCAGGCUUUUUGCAGUAAACACUGUCUUUUCAGAGAAAGUACAGUGUUUACAUUACAGCCUAGCUGAUGUCAGCCAAGGAGGCAGAUCAGGGGCAGAGCCAGCAGCAGCAGACUGGACUAAAGGUAAGAUUUUACCAUAAUUAGGGAGACAAGGGGGAGCAGGCGGGCUAGAUGGUGUUUUUAACACUAUAAGGUCAGGAAUACAUGUUUGUGUUCCUGACCCUAUAGUGUCCUUUAAUGUUUAAAUUCAGCUGACUCAAAUCAGCUUUGUCCAGAAAUUAAUUUGUGAUUCUGUGAGGGAUUUUGCCAUGUUAAUACACAUGUGUGAAAAAGUUUGUAAUCCGAUUCCACACUUCGUUUGUCUUUAAAUCUUUCCCUGGUUAUACGUUGUGACCAAUGUCAAGUAACUAAUUUUAUGAGAAUGUUGUUAUUUAUUAGGUCCUCAGAGAUAUAGAAUAAUAAUAUUUUAUUAUCUGUUUCCACUAGUUGCUCCAUGAGUAUUGGAUGGUUUUGAGAGAUCAUGUUUCUGCCAUUGAUGAACUUGCAAUGGCAACCGAACGUCUCAGAGUUAGAUUACCUGACGAACCAAAACCCAACCCACCUGUUCUUCAUAUCAUCGAGCCACAUGAGGUAAGAAAAUGUAUCUAUAUAGCGUUAAUCUAGAAGCUUUACCUGGAUAAACAGGGCUCAAUGCAUAAAAUAUAAUUUUUCUAGGUUACUUAAAAUCAUUUUGUUUGAGAAAUCUCUAGGGACAUGGUCACAUCACAUGGAUAUUAAAAAUUAUUUUAAACAUACAAAUAUACAAGUGCCACAUUCAAUCUCAUUUUACUAUGUGAAUUACCUACUGCUUUAACUGUUUUGUUGAGCACCUUUACACUCUGCACACAGGUGCUCAAUAAAAGGUGGCCUGUGCAGCAUAUAGAUAGUAAAAACCUUUUGUAGCAGGUUAACCUAUACAUAUUACAACUAGUAAAUUUAUUUCCCAUGUUAAAAUUAUUUCAUGACCCACCUGUAUUGGAAUAAUUUGGCAUUGUGAGAUUAACACCUUUAUUUUGAAUUAAAAGAUUUGCGGCAGUUUAGUUUAUCUAUAUACCUCCUUUUGCAUUUUGUAUAAUUGCAGGUCAUUCAUGAGCACCACCCUUAACAAAUGCAUGUUCUAAGUUUGAUUUCGAAAUUCCUAUAUUAGUUUUUAACUGUAAAUAUUUUGUGCAAAGGGAUGUGACUGCUUUUCUUAUCUAUUUGAUAUUCCUAUAGGUAGAACAGAACCGAGUGAAGCUCCUAAAUGACAAAGCCAUGGCAAAGUCACAGUUACAGAAGAAGCUGGGACAGCUGUUAUAUCUAACAAACUUAGAGAAGGUAUUAAUCAGCUUUUUUUUUAAAAGCCUGAUUCCUUGUUUUUGGAAAAGAAAACACCAUCACUCAGAGACUAGGGUCAAAGAAAUUACGACAGAUUGAGGAAUUAAUCCUGAAUGGUUUUACUGGCUGAGGUGGCUUUUUAGGGACCGACCGAGCAGACCACGCGGGGUGUGGUGGGGCUGGAAGGCGACAGGGCAGAUGGUGAUUAGAUCAGUUCUACGGUAUAUGCUAAAUUUUCAACCCUGGACCCAUCUGACAGACUUGGCGGUAGGGAGGGAGGGGUGAGACAGGAUGACAUAUUCUGCGCCCAACGGCUGUCACAUGAGACCUGAGUAUCGUCCCUAUUAGGGUUUUCCCUCGCCUUUCCCUUCUCCACCUCAACCCCCCACCCCUUCAUUAUAUAUAUAUAUAUAUAUAUAUAUAUAUAUAUAUAUAUAUAUAUAUUAUAUAUUAUUUAUUAUUAUUUUUUUUUCCUCUCUCCCUUUUCUUUCCUGCUUCUGCUUAUCCCCCCCCAUCUAGAUGUUGUUCAAUGUCUUUCCCUCCUCUCUGUAAUGCUACUUCUAUUCUUGCUUAUAUUCACCUCAGUUCACUGACACAUGGGACUGAUGCAUAUAAUAGAGUAUAUGGGACACCCCCACACUCCUAUAGGCACUUACUGCUUGUGAGCAAACAAGAUUACUCAUUAGUGCACCCUGAACACGUAGCUAUGAUUUUUAAAUAGCCCAAACAGGAGCCAAUUCUGUCCUUUCUUGAGGUGUUGCAUGUUUGCAUUCCAAUAGCACACAGUCUCGAAGAUUACCAAUAGAGUUUACUAUCACAGAAUGAUUACUUCCUAUUUCUCUAUACCAGAGGAGUACUUUGCUCUUUGGUUACUGUGUUAUACUCUCAUUCAACUGAUUACAGAUUGUUAACUGAAUGUGUUGCACUUUUGUAUGAAGCAACUUCGAUACACUGCUUAUUACUGUAAUGUCUCUCUGUUGUAACAAUAAAACCUAGAAAAAAAAUAUGAAAGUGGAUUGCCAAAGAUAUAAUAAGCCUUAUAUAGACACGUACUAUAAGCAUGUAACUUGCCCAAAAUAUUAACUAAAGUUCAAAUGUCUUGGUAUAUGUAAAGUCAUAAUGCCGUUGGGACAUAUUGAUAUGUCCUAAAAUUUUGGUGUGAGCAGGGUUAAAUCAUUGCUCACACCAUGAACUCAGAUACAAGUAGAUACCCGGAGCCCUCCUCUGUCAGCUGGGGCAUUUUUUUGUGUCCACAGACUGACAGUUACACUGUAUGCAGUGCUGAAAGUAAAUUCUUCUAAAACACCAGUAGAUGGCGACAACACACUGUUCUCUACCAUUUUAACUUGGAUGCUGAUAUUAGCAGAAGGUUCAUGUAAGGUUAGAUUAAGGUUAAUGCUGGAUUGGGGUUGUGCUGUUUUAUGGUUAGGGAUAGUGUAGGGUUAGAGGAACACCGCAGGCACUAUAAUGACUUCAUCUUAUUGAAGUUGUUCUAGUCCUCUCAAUCCAACUCCCUGUGUCCUACCCCCCAAAACCCUUUAUUUUAAUAGUUAGAAGGCUUGGAAAUGCAGAUUCAAAGCAUGGCUCCAAGCUCUCUGGAUGGGAGCGCCGGAACUGUUAGUUCCCAGGCUCUCAUAGUAAAAACAAAGAAAACGUUACCUGCGCUCUGGCCUAAAUCCCCAUGUGCAUUUAAACAAAAAUGGAGACUCUUUAGUUUUAUUCUAAUGGCCAUUUGAAUAUAUAAGCUCACCUGCCACGUCAAGGCAAGCCUCAAUAGGUGAGUUCCUACACUAGCCAUUAGAUAUGCUGAUAUCAGCCAAGAGUCUCCAGUGAGACAAGAAGGGGUGUUUUAUAAACCCUUUAACAUUUAACCCUUUAUAGGGCUUCUGCACAUACAAUAAACUUUGCUGAUAUCAGACAAAGUAUAGACGUCCCAGGCUCUCAUACCCAAGCAUACUAUGACAUCAUGCGUGCAUGCGUUCAGUCGCAGAGAAUCAUUGCAUUUAGUGUUUGUCUGUGACAGAAUCAAUAGUGGAUCUCGCGCGUGCACUGUUAGUUCCUAAUGCUCCUCUACAAUUACAUCAUGCAAGGAGGAGCCUGUGGCAGUGCAGAGGAAAAUUCAGUAAAGGGAGUAAAAUCUUAGUGUACGUAAUAGGGUUUGGGUAAGGUUAGUGUAUAGCUUUGGGUUGGGGGGUAUAGGGUUAGCAUUAACUACCAUGAAUUAAUUUAGAUCCUAUACAUAUGACACAUUUAACACUCAGGACUGAUACAUGAAUCUACUUUGAGCUCUUUUUAUUUAGUUGCACUGGAUGUGUAAAAAUUAUGAUAAGGAAAAAUGUGCAUUAUGAUAAGGGGUUUUAUUUCCUAUUUUUAUCAUUUUAGAAACCCACUUAUAGGGGCACUAUAGUCACCAAAAGAACUUUAGCUUAAUGAAGCAGUUUUGGUGUAUGAUCAUGCUCCUGCUCAAUUUUCUGCCUUUUAAGAAAUUAAAUAUAUUUUGUUUCUGUCCAUGCAGCCCUAGCCAUACCUCCCUGGGUGUGACUGACACAUCCUGCAUGACAAAUAUGGUUUCAUUUUCAAUCAGAUGUUAAAGGACCACUAUAGUGCCAGGAAAACAUACUCGUUUUCCUGGCACUAUAGUGCCCUGAGGGUGCCCCCACCCUCAGGGACCCCCUCCUGCCGGGCUCUGGAGAGAGGAAGGGGUUAAACACUUACCUUUCUCCAGCGCCGGGCGGGGAGCUGUACUCCUCCUCUCCUCCUUGCUCGCGACGUCAUCGGCAGGAGCCGCGCGCGCAUUCAGCCGGUCGCAUAGGAAAGCAUUUACAAUGCUUUCCUAUGGACGCUUGCGUGCUCUCACUGUGAUUUUCACAGUGAGAAGCACGCAAGCGCCACUAGCGGCUGUCAAUGAGACAGCCACUAGAGGCUCUGGAGACUGGAUUAACCCUCAGUAUAAACAUAGCAGUUUCUCUGAAACUGCUAUGUUUAUAAAAAAAAAAGGGUUAAUCCUAGAGGUACCUGGCACCCAGACCACUUCAUUAAGCUGAAGUGGUCUGGGUGCCUAGAGUGGUCCUUUAACUUUAUCUCCUGCUCUGUAAAUUGAGCUUUAAUCACACACAGGAGGCUCCUGCAAGGUCUAGCAGGCUAUUAAUAGUGCGGGAAAUAGGAAAUUCUAAAUUAAACAGACUGUACAAUAAAGGAAGUUUAAACAUUAAAUGUCACUUUACAGGAAGUGUUUAGAAAGGCUACACAAGUCACAUGUAGGAAGGUAUGACUAGGGCAGUAUAAACAAAGUGAUUUAUCUCCUAAAUGGCAGAGAGUUGAGCAUUGAGACUGCAGGGACAUGAUCUAUACACCAAAAAACUUAAGCUAAAGUUUUUUUUGUUUUUUUCUUAUGACUACAGUGGCCCUUAACCCCUUAAAACCGGAGGACGUACAAUUACGCCCUCUAAUAGGCGGCUCUAAACGCCGCCGGGCGUAAUUGUACGCCCUCCGGUUUUUGUUAACUUACCCGGUCGCCGGCGGUCCCACGCCGGCGAUCGCGGUUGGGGGGACUCCCAGGGAGCCCCCCGCGGCACAUCCGUCCUCGUUGAAGCCCCCCGGCCAUGUGAGAGUGGGGUCCUAGCGAGGACCCCACAAUCACAUGGCCGGGUAUAGCUGGCUUCUGUAUUGCCGGCAGGGGGGCUGCCUGUAAUGACAGGUGGUCCCCCUGCUGGCUGAAAAUAAAAGUAAAAUAAGUUAAUGGUGUAAAAAAAAAAUAUUAUAUAUACUUAGAUCAUAUAUAUAUAUUAUAUAUAUAUGAUCUAAGUAUAUAUAUACACAUAUACAUACACACACAUACACCGUCUAGGUGUAUUUUACUAUUAAUAUAUAUAUAAUUAUAUAUAUAUAUUAAUAUCAAAUUACACGUAGACUGAUACUGAUUAAAUAUAUAUAUAAUUAUUGUUAUAUAUAUAUUUAUAUAUAAUAUAAAAAAAAUAAAAAUGUAAAUACGUUAAAAAAUAAAAUUAAAAAUAAUUAAAAAAAAUAAUUAAAAAAUAUAUAGAUGUGUGUUAUUUCGUUCUAACUGUUUUGUGAAAUUAAUAUAUAUAUAUAUAUAUCAAAAUACACGUAGAACGAAAUAAUAUAUAUAUCUAUAUACAUAAAUAUAUACGUAUAUAUCACUAUAUAUAUACCUAUAUAUAAAUAAAAAUAUUUUUAAAAAAUUAUAUAGAUAUAUACAUAUAUAUACACAUACGUAUAUAUAUACAUAUAUUAAUUCUACAUAUAUAUUUAUGUAAUAUUUUUACAUAAUUAGGUAUCUUAAUUAAUUACAAUUAGCAGGACCUGCCUGACAACCCAUGCCGAAAGUAAAGGGAAUUUAAUUUGCUAGCACUAUAUUUAACCCUAUAACUUUCCAGACACCAUAAAACCUGUACAUGGGGGGUACUGUUCUACUCGGGAGACUUCGCUGAACACAAAUAUUAGUGUUUCAAAACAGUAAAAUGUAUUACAACGAUGAUAUCGCCAGUAAAAGUGAAGUUUUUGCAUUUUUCACGCACAAACAGCAUUACACGGACAAUAUUAUUGCUGUGAUACUUUUACUGUUUUGACAACACAUUUAUUUGUGUUCAGCGAAAGUACAACAGUACCCCUCAUGUACAGGUUUUAUGGUGUUUUCAAAAGUUACAGCGUCAAAUAUAAGGCUUGUGUUUCAUUUUUUUCACAUUAAAAUUCGCCAGAUUGGUUACGUUGCCUUUGAGACCCUAUGGUAGCCCAAGAAUGAAAAUUACCCCUAUGAUGGCAUACCAUUUGCAAUAGUAGACAACCCAAGGUAUUGCAAACAGGGUAUGUCCAGUCUUUUUUAGUAGCCACUUAGUCACAAACACUGGCCAAAAUUGGCGUUUUUUGCAUUUUUCACACACAAACAAAUACUAACGCUAACUUUGGCCAGUGUUUGUGACCAAAUGGCUACUAAAAAAGACUGGACAUACCCCAUUUGCAAUACCUUGGGUUGUCUACUAUUGCAAAUGGUAUGCCAUUAUGGGUGUAAAUUUCAUUCCUGGGCUACUAUACAGUCUCAAAGGCAACGUAACCAAUCUGGCGAAUUUCAAUUUCAAAUGUAACGUGCUAUAUUUGACCCUGUAACUUCCCAAAACGCCAUAAAACCUGUACAUAGGGGGUACUGUCUUACACGUGAGACUUUACUAAAUACAAAUAUGUGUAUUUUAUUGCAGUAAAAUCAAACAGUAUUAUGACACUGACCUUUAAAAUGCAAUUUAGAACUAAAAAAAUCAAAAAAAUAGUAUUUUCUCCCAUUUUUUUCAUAUUAAAUUAUGUUUCAUAGCUAAAUAUUUGAAAAUAAAUAGCUAAUAUUUGAAAUAAAUGAAAGCCCUGUUUCCCCUGAAUAAAAUGAUAUAUAAUAAGGGUGGGUGCAUUUACUAUGAAAGAGGUGUAUUACGGUUGGACAGACAUGUAGCGCAAAUGCCAGGUUUUGUUUACAUUUUGUUUUGUUCACAAUGUGUACAUUUGGCUCCGUCCUUAAGGGGUUAAAUGUUGUGUUUCCCAACACAUGGGAAAAAGAGAAGCCAUGUGUGAAAAACAAAGUACACCCUUAAUGCUUCAAUAGUAAUUAAGAGGCUAAGGAGCACACAGGUGCUGGUAAUCACAGCAGCCGAUGAUAAACCGAAUGUUGGCAAAUUAUUUUUAUUCAUUUGCUUUUUGCUUGCUAAAAGUGUUAUGGCUAAAAGAGGAAAUUUGAAGAUUUGCUUAUCAGCAGGCUUUGAAUUAAGCUUUUGUUGCACAAUUGCUUUUUUGAUGCAAAAGUAUUGAAUCACAGGAUUCAAUUGGGGGGCUUUGAUAAGUCCCACGUGCUAGGAGUUGUUUUUUUUAUAUGAUUUGCCAUUUCUAUUCCCAAGCCCCAAAUUAUUAUCAAGAAUAUAUUUAUGUUAAUGAACAUUAAAAGAAAGUUGAAAUUAAAUAAAUACUUCACCUUGUCUUCAUGCAGUCCCAAGAUAAAACAACAGAUGGAGUGAACCCGGAACCAUGUCCAAUCUGUGCAAGGGAUCUGGGGAAACAGGUAAUUUUAACUGAAUGCCUCUGUUAUUCUCUCCUUACUGAAAUGAUUCCUAUGUGAUACAUUGAUAAAUCUCUUUUUUGUAUCCAGUAAUGCGUGUAUGUAUGCAUAUGUGUGAACAUGCGUGUAAACAGAGUACCUUUGAAAAGUACUUGGACUUCUUAGCGCUUUUACUACAUUCUAUUUAUUUCUAUGAGUUAAAACACCUUUCUACCAUACGGGGUGGGGGUUGGUUGGGAGAUUGGGGGAGGGUGUAGACAACUAAAUAGUUUAACACUAUUUAGACACUAUAGUGUCAGGAAUGCAUGUUUGUGUUCCUGACACUAUAGUGUUCCUUUAAAAAAAAAAAAAAAACUAAUGCACAAUACAAUGCAGUGUAUUGUUGAUUAAAGUACAUUUUUUACUUAUGGUUUGGCUUGGUAUUUAACAACAAAAGUUUCACUAGUACAGAUAUCUUUUCAUAAUCUGACAGAGGAAAGAAAAAAAUCCACAUAAGUGAAGUCCCUAGAGGCAGGUAGAAUAUAGCAUGAUUUUAUGGGAGAAUAUAGCACCAUUUCGGCCCACAAGGGUGUUUUUAUGAUAUGUAGGCUUGGUAAACACCUGCUUAUGGGCCAAAACGUUCCAUUAAACAUGUGUCUAGAGAUUUAAUAUAUGCUAGAUCUUUUAUUUCCUGUUUAUGUAUUUGAGCUUUGCCUCUCCCUGUGGUGAGUGCCAUAUCUCUUGACUUUUGACAUUUUCACAUUUCAUAUACCAUUUCUGUUUCUCAGUAGCAUGGAGAAAGCCAUUUUUCACCACUUACUCUUAGAAGCUGUUUGCUAACAGCUGGUAUCAGCAGGGUACAGUAAGAAGUGAACUGCAAUGAAUGCAUGCUUUCUGCAUGCAGAUGGAAAGCAGUAUGUGGACACGGAGUUACAGAAACUCAAUUAGGCAUACAAUGGGCCCUGGUAUCUCCCUCUGGGUUAGGAGGUGGUGUUGGACAAGAGUUAUUCCAACUUGGCCAAAAGCCCUACAGUCGUAGUGUGAGGAUAUUUAUGAGGUGAUAAAUAUUAAAAUAAUAUUUUCAUAACAUUUAUCAAAAUUGUAUUUAAUUAUUUUUAUUAUAUCAAAAUCAGUGAAUAUUGGUAUAACCUAAGUAUACAAUAUGGCAGCGGUUUACACAAAUUAUAGACCGCUAAAUAGCAACAGUUAUAUCGACAUGUAUGCAGUUUUCAACAAGAUUUAUGACAGGACACUUAACUUUGAAAUACACUUAACACAGCAGCACAGCAUAAAGCAAUAAAAACUUGGCUGACAGUCAAAUAACACUGAAUUAACACUGCUGGCUGCAAUUCUCAUAGGCAAGAUAUCCUUUUAUAUUGCAAUUUUACAAAUACAAUAUUUCUCAUACUAGAUCAUUGACCAUUCCUAUGACCAUCCAAUGAGAAUAAUUCUUACCAGAUUUUACGUUUGCAGAAUUUUAACUUUCCCAAUUAAAAUUUACCAUUUCUAAAUUACAUAAGCUAAUAUAUCUGGAUAAUUGCCUGGUAUUCAAUUUUUAAAGUUAAAAGUAAUAUAGAGUUCAUUGGUCCCCCUGCAGGAAUGGAAUUACGAAUUCUAUAUAUUAUUAACGAAUCAUGACUCCUAAAUGUUGGAAUCACCAGCUUUUAUCCAAGUAUAUUCUGCCUUUUAGUGAAAUCAAUUAAUUUAAAUUAAUUAAAUAAAACCAGUAUAUUUACCAGCUCUUGGUACAAAUUCUUAUCAGAUUUGAAGAUACGUCCUAUGAACUUUGAAUGCAAGUAUGAUGAGAAUUGGGGGAAAUAUAGAAAAGUUUUCAGAGUUCUGAAUUUCAAAGCUGUGUUACUUGGAAAAGGUACAAAGAAUUAGGUGUGUCCAGCUUUGGCUCCAGAUGCCAGAUGUGUUAGAUGUGAGUCCAUCCUCAGAUUGAGAGUGUGUCUGAGUCUGAGUGUCUUGAGUGUCCUCUCUCUCCUUUGUCCUUAAUUUUUAAAGGAGAAGUUCUCUUUACGUCACUAGUUGAUAGUGACCAAUAGAGAAACGUGGGCGUGUCUUCCCUACAGACUAUCAUCUAGAUUUUGGUCAGUAGAUGGUGCAAUUACAUCACAGAAAAUUCUUGUCAUGGGGUCCAUUUACCUUUUUGUAUAAUGGGUUAACUGAAUUUUGUGAUGCGUUUGACGUCAUCUUGGUUAUCUUUAUGGUUCCCUAUUCGUCACAGACAUGUCACUUUUCAAAGCUUUGGGUUCAUUUUUACACAGAUUUGUGUCUGCAUUUUCGCCAUUAAAUUAGAUUCCUGACACGUCCUAAACUCUUCUCUCUAGACAAUGGAACUUUGUGAGAUUCCGUUUUUUUUUUUUUUUUUAAAGUAAAAUUAAUUACUUGGUGUUAUCUGUCAUUCUGUGUCUAGUUUUCUUGUGUGAAGCUACAUAGUUAGUAUUACACAUAUUCCACUAACGUUGGUAAAUAAUAUGACAUUUCUUCAUUGAUAUUAUAUCCAUGAAUAUUCUAGAUUAUUAACUUAGUACUAUUUAUAUAUGAUUAAUAUAAUAUAGUUAGUUAUAUGUGGAUAGUGUCUGUGUGUGUGUGUGUGUGUGUGUGUGUGUGUGUGUAUAUAUAUAUAUAUAUAUAUAUAUAUAUAUAUAUAUAUAUAUAUAUAUAUAUAUAUAUAUAUAUAUAUAUAUAUAUAUAUAUAUAUAAUUUGUCUCUGGGUUGCUGCAGACAUCAUGCCUUAUCUCUGUCAAUGUUUACAUUAGUCGCAUUCCCUAGCUUAGGCUUGAUUGAAUACUUACAGAGAAGUAAAAAUGUGUCUCUUUGCAUUGUAAUACAAAAUGGAGUCACCUCUGUUCUGAUGGUGACUUACAGUAUACAUUUUUAAUUUCUGUCUUAACACAAAAUGUCUGCCAGUAUAAAUAUACUGACAGUGAUAGCAGUAAGGAACGUAGAUUUAUAAUGCAGAGAUAAUAUUAUACCCACUUGCCCCAACAAGUGAUUCAUUUAUUACCUAUGAUUAAAAGGAACACUCCAAGCACCAUAACAAUCGAUCCAUAUUUUGAAAUUUCUCUUAGUUUGUUUGAUCAUUUACAGUGUGCUAUAUUAAAUAAAUGUUCCUUUUUUUUUCUCUAGUGGGCGGUGUUGACCUGUGGCCAUUGCUUCUGUAACGAAUGCAUCGCUAUCAUCAUUGAUCAGUACAGUGUGGGCACUCGUAGGAGUGCUAUUAAAUGUGCCAUCUGCAGGCAGACCACAUCACACAAAGAGAUCUCGUAUGUGUUUACUAGUGAGACAGCAAAUGAAGAAAAAGACAUUCCUGUAAAAGUAAGUAGCAUACACUGCUUUUAUGUAAAUAAUGUAUUAAGUUAAUAUAUUAUCAAUAAACUGUAUCUCGCUCCUUUAUCUCAUUGCCAGACUGUGGCAUGAGUUUUCAAAAACUAUUUAAGAAAUGUGCAAUUGAAUUUCAUGUCUCAAGAUUUAUUUAUUUUUUUUGUUUUGUUUUGUUUAAAGAGUAACACUAUGUACAAAUAACAACCAUGGUUAUUCAUUAAACUGUGUGUAAAUUAAUAGUUUAUGCAAUUUUACAGAGACAUUUUUUUUUUUUUUUAUGUAUUUAACCCUCAGCAUUCAUCCCGAAUCCUGCAAAUUUUAUUUUUUGUCAAUCACUUUUUAUUUAUAUAUCAGAUCAGUAUUACAAAGAGAGUACAAUAUUUAGGUACAUAAAGAUGUUACAGUAUAGAAGGUGCAACAUAUUAUAUGCAAACCACAGCUGAAAACACAUUCGGCCAAAACAAAAAGAAAAAACUGUUUGCUGAGAUUGUGCUGAGUUUUACAUCAGGGGUGACAGGGCGACUCACAAGGGCGAGCACCCCUAAAGCAUCUCCAAUAUGGACGGCUCUCUGUGGCACAGAGUAUACGCUCAAGAUGCGCUAAGCAGUAUACCGAGACCAACGGGCUGGUCCGAUCAUGUGUAUUACCAGAUAACUGAUAACCAGUGGCGGAUCCAGGGGGGGGGCAACGGGGCAAUUGCCCCGAGAAAUCCGCCGGUCUCCCUCUCCCUCCCCUGCCAGCAUGGCAGGCACAGUGCUGAGAGCCGGCAGGGGAGGGAGUGAGAGAGAGAGAGGACCCGGAGCUCAGUCUGCAGCUCCUGCGGGUCCUCCUCUCGUGAGAUUUAAAGCGUUGCCGCGGUUACCACGGCAACGCUCCAAAUCUCGCGAGAGUGAACUCUUGCCGGGAGCGCGGGCUAGAGUUCACUCUCCACACUGGGACCACCAAUGAAUCGCCCACCGGACCACCAGGGAUCUAAAUAUGUCCCCCCUCCCCCCAGUAAAGGUAAGAAGGGAGGGGGAACAUAUUUCGGAUAAAUAAUUAAAUUUAAAAAAAAAAUUUGAAUUAAAUAAAAAAAGUAUAUAUAUUAUAAAAAAAAAAAGCCACAGACACAUACAUUGCCCCCAAUACUGCCCCCCCAUACACACAAACUGCCCCCCCAUUCACACACACUGCCCCCCCAUACACACAAACUGCUCCCCCUUUUCGGCUACCCCAUUUCACACACACUGCUCCCUCAUACACACAUACUGCCCCCCAUACACAAACUGCUCUAUACACACACACACUGCCCCACAUUCACACACACUGCCCAUUCCACACACACUGCCCCAUACACACAAACUGCCCCACACACAAACUGCCCCCCAAUACACACAAACUGCCCCAUACACACAAACUGCCCCCCCCCAUACACACACUGCCCCAUCACACAUACUGCCCCCCAUACACACAAACUUCCCCUUUAUACACACAAACUGCCCCCUAUACACACAAACUGCCCCCCCUAUACUAGAGCUGCCCUAUACACAAACUGCCCCAUACACUGAAACUGCCCCAUACACACAAACCUUUACAUGCACACACAGAGCCUUUAUUACACACAGAGCUGCCCCCCAUGCACACACAAACUGCCCCAUACACACAAGAGCACCCCCCAUGCCUGAGCUGCCCCUCAUUACACAUGCACUGCCCCACAUUACACACUGCUCCCCCCCAUGCACACAUGCUGCUCCCCCCAUACACACAUACUGCCCCCAUUCACACAGGCAGCCCCCAUACACACAUACUGCCCCAGCCACACACAUGCACUGCCCCCCAUACACACUGGAAGCUUGCCAUGCAUACACACAUAGGCUUGCCAUACACACGCACUGCCCCCACAUACACACACUGCUCCCACAUACACACAUACUGCCCCACACACACACAAACUGCCCGCCAUACACACAAACUGCCCCUCAUACACACGCACUGCCCCCACAUACACACACUGCUCCCACAUACACACAUACUGCCCCCCCAUACACACACACUGCCCCUCAUACACACACACCGCAACUGUUACACACACAUACUGUCCCACACAUACACUGCAUCCCUGACAUACACUGCCGCCCUCACUCACACACUACAACCUUCACACACACACACUGCUCACACACUGUCCCCCUCACACACACACACACACUGCACCCCUUACACAUUGCACCACUCACACACCACUGCUCCUAUGCCCUACUACAGCCCCAUUUCCCAGCAGAUCUCAGGUAAGUUGUCAAACUGUUCUUAAACGGUUUGACUACUUACUGUGGGAGGGGGUCCCGGCACUAUUGACACCAUAACCACUACACUGAGCUGUAGUGGUUAUUGUGUCUGGAUUAUUUCUUUAAAUAAUCUACAAGUGCCACAUCUGGUGGCACUGCCCGCAACUCACAACAUACUGGCGGGAAGUAAAGGAACUAGCGGCAAGAUGCACCAAAACGCACCUACCACUCCUACCGGAAACAUUUCUUCUACUUCUACUCCCGAACAAACUGCAGAAAAGCCACAGAUACCUCCUCUACCACAUCAUCAUCUCAGCACUAGCAACCAUAAGCAGGAAAUGGAAACAAGCAACCCCACCGACAAUAGAACAAUGUAUCAAAGCAAUUGACGACUCCAAACGCUACGAAAUAAUGGCAAGGAAAGCGAGACCAAAAGCAACAUACUACACCACAGCAUGGGAAAUGUGGGACGAGAAUAGGCUACAACCCUGUAGACGAACUCGCAUCCAACACACCGCAUAAAAACACCACAGGAGGACACUCAACCGCUUCCUCACAACCUGCUUCACGACGGAAGCACUUCCCUCUUUCUGCCACUACCCCAACAAAAGAACCAGGGGAACCCACAACCCGCUAAGCCACCCUGCCAAGCCACCCUGCCCCCUUCACCCACCCUCCCUCCCCAAGGCACAAAUGCAAACACAGGCAUACCGACUAAUGACAACCUUAUACACCAACAUAUACACUUAAAGAUAGGCUAAGGUCCCAGGCAAAAAGGUGAACGGUCCCAACAGCAGCGGGGACGAGACACAAGACACCAUCAAACAAACACACCUUGACAGGGUACAGACACCCCCCUAUGCUGGAACACCUUAACGAGCAGACACCCUCUGCAACAACAUGUUACACAUGGCAACCUAGCAUGAGGCACAUACGACCAGGGGACUAGCAAUAAAUCAAAAGACUCUGCCCACACACUAACCUUGCACACUUGAAUCAAAUUGCUGACUGUAAAAAUGACUAUGUACACAAAGUAUUGAGCUUGGAUACUAUAUACUGUUUCUCCCCCCCCCCUCCCUGCUCUCUUCUGUACCCCAUCUCCCCAUCCGAUAAAAAUAAAAAUUGUCAAAUUCAAAAAAAAAAAUAAUCUACAAGUGCCCCUCCCGAGAUCAGGCUCUGGAUCCGCCACUGCUGAUAACUGGCCAAAUGAUGUUGGCAUUGGAGCUAUCAGAUGCCUGUCCAACUAGCAGUAGGUAUGUGAAACCCCAUUCUUAAGUUGCAUGAAUAACCUCCCCUAUGCGCUUAAUGGAGGAACUGGCUGUCUCCGAUCCCUGUGUCAAAAUAUUUCAAAACAAUGGACGAGCCAUUUCGUUUUUUAUAGUUGUGUUAAAAUCACAACUAUUUACCCUUUGGCAGCACUAGAAAAAUAAAACCCUCUCAGCUGUGUAAGAGUUAAUGGGUGAAAAAUUACCACCAUAUUCGUAUAAGGGACUUAUAAUCCCUCCCUUAUACAAUGCUUAGAAAGUCCAUUGUGGAUUGGAUCUGUAAAAUACUUUGGUGAGACCUGCCACAAUUUCCCACCUGUGGGCAUCAGAUGAGGGCGUAAAAUUAAAAAAAUAUGGGUGCCCACUCCAAUGGCAAGAUUUAUUUAAAAAUAAUAAAUAAAAAAGAGCGAGACACACUGAUGGACAUAUCAAAUUCUCCCACCCAUGAACAUAGGCCUUUGUCCACCAUAAUAGUGGGCUUUGGGGUGACAUAUCAUUUUCCACCUUCACCAAAAGGAUAGGGCAACUUUCUUCCUACCUCAGAUUGCUGGGUGUCUCUAUUCUGAGAGAUGUGACUUGCCUGUCCGAGCGCUCUGGUUGGCUUUUUAACAACUUUUCCUGCCUUGAGCGCUAAUUCUCCACAGGGCCCCUUGUAGAGCUCACUUAGAUUAUUUGUGGGGGGUGGGGUUUCCGGUCUGGUUCUUUUUUAUUUUUAAUAAAAGUGGUGCUAUGGCAUUAUGUUUGGUGUUUUGUUGGCCUGAAGGAAAGAUUUAAGAAAAGAAGACAUCUAAAGGCGAGUAUGAUUUUCUUUUAUUUAUUUUUAUGCAGGUUUUCAGUUAAUGGACCCCCUUACUAUUAUUGGGUUGGGGGUAGACAUUUUUAUAUGGAAGAGGGUGUCUAGGGGCUUGGGGACUUAACUUUUUGUGGGUGGGGAAUGUCCACCUCCCUCUUGUCAUUAAUAACCCAACCCGAAGACCAUGGGAACCAAAAUGUUUUGCCAUGCACAAGUCUGAUAUUUGGCAUAUCUUUCGUAAGUAAGUUAUAUGCCAAUAACAAGCAGUGUUUAAACAGUCAGAACGGCCUGUUUUUAUAUGAUAUUUUUAGUAAUCAUUUUUUAUCCUAUUGUGAAAAAUGAUGCAUACGAUUCAGCAUAUAAUGUGCCGUCUUUCAUAUAAAGCUUUGUACAUUUAUAUGUUUUCAUAUUUUAUUGCCUUUAACUUACUACUAAUUAUAAUGAACAGCAUUUACUUCCAGUUUUAUACACAUAGCCAAUUAUAAGUUCUACAUUUUAAAACUAGUCAGAAUUUUCUUUGUAGUAAUGAAUAAUAUAGCACUACUGGAUUUUUUUUUUUUUUACCGAUUUGAUUUAUUAUAAUAAUAAUUGCUUAAAUACAAAUAAUUUAGCAGUUUAAUAAAAAUUUGUUUUAAGUUCAAUUUCAUGCCACGGUAGUUUUUCUCCCUGGUGCACAAGCAAAAAGAAUCUUCACAUCCGUUUUGCUUCUUUUCUGUGAUUUGAAAUACAAUUUCUUUUUUUAUAGAUGAGAAGAUGCUGUAUUAAAAACCUUCCCAUAGUCUGCAAAGUUUAAUUACAUUUACUUACAAAAUUAGUUGUACAGUAAUUGUUUGUGGUGCUCACUUGGUUUCAUGUGUGCUCUUCUUUUUUUUUUUUUUUCUUCAGAACUUUUAAAGGUAUAAUGGAUUUUUUCAGUUUAAUCCUUUGUUUAUUUUUUUGUCAACAUAUCAUGACUCUUUUGUAGAGUUAUAUGUUUUUUUUGUACAGAUGGUACAGGAGGUGUGUGACUAAAAAAAUGAUGUAAUAAAUCCAAUAACGCUAUAAUUAUCCAUAUACUAUAGUAUAUAGGGGGGAUUAAGUAAACUAUUGCUUAUCAUCUUUAAUGUUCUUUGUCUAAAAGGGAAGCCAUUCUACCAAAGUUGAAGCUGUGGUUAGAACCUUGAUGAAAAUUCAUCACCGUGAUCCUGGAGCUAAAGCAUUGGUUUUCUCAACAGUAAGGUCAUUUCUGUGUAAUUUAGAUUUUAUUACUUUAGCAUGUGUGUUUGUGUCUAACGAGAAACAUGAAAGGCGCAUAAUUAAUGUUGGCAUUUUCUGUCUAGGAAUAUAACUAAAUCACAGAUCAAGGCAAAUAUGCAACAAUGUGCACUGAGAUGUUAGUUUUUUACAGCACUCACGCCAUACAAUGAUAUGCACAUACUUUUUUACCUAUCCCAUUUCAAAAGGGAAAGAUCAGGUCUCUUUACAGCAUUGAAUAAAACAUGAAAAAUAAACCAUAAACUUGUUAUUGAGUUUUUUUUGUUAGUUAAUUUUUUUCAAUUAGAUGCACUUUUUUUUAAUUUAAAUUUGUACUAAAGGUUUCAUUAUCUAGUUGAAACAAGGCAACACCAAUGCAAAUAUUGCAAAGUUUGCUUUUUUCUAUGCUUACUGCCAGGUGCCAAAAAAGGGCUUGUGAUAAUGAUUGACAGAGAGUUAAGAUGGAGGCGCCCUGUUGCUUGGCAAAGAGAUGUGGACUUUUACAUUGAAUUUUAUUUUUCACACCUCACAAAUACACAUUUGUUAAAUAGGUGAAAGUAAACAUAAUAUUAAAAAUCCUGGGGAAAGUUCCUUUAAAUCACUUCCUGACCUCGUACAUACAAUUUACGUCUGACAAAAACAGUCCUUAAGGAACUCGGACGUACCUAGUACAUCCACAGUAUUUUAGUACUUACCCGGCGGGGGAACUGCGGCGAUCAGUGUUCCUCUCUGGUGGGAAUAUCUGACAGUCCAGACAACCACCCUCGGCAAAUUAGGACCCCGCGGGCCAUGUGAUCACUCUGUAAGAUGUGUAUAAUAUGUGUAUAUAUAUUAUAAAAAUUGUAAAUAAUAAAAAAUAGUUUCUUUAUAUGUGUGUGUGUAUGUGUGUGUGUGUGUGUAUAUAUAUAUAUAUAUAUAUAUAUAUCAUUUUAUUCUAGCUGUAUUAUUAAUAUAUAUUUAUAUUAAAAUACCCUUAGAAUGAAAUUAUAUAUCUAUGUAUAUGUACAUAAAUAAAAUAUAAAAUAUAUAUAUCAUUUAUUAUUUUAUUAUUGCUAUUUAUAAAGCGCCAACAGAUUCUGUACAAUUUGUGGAGAACGUACAAUAUACACAGACAAAUACAAGAGGUAGAGAGAGCCCUGCCCGUAAGCUGAUAUCUAGCCAUUGGAGCUCUUUUAUACAAAGUGCUUAGCUACAAUCUGGCCCGUGAGCUUACAAUCUAAAGGAUACCAUGGGGAUUUGAAACAAGAGGUAGCAGGGGAAGUUUGGAGGUGAUGGCUGAAAGAGUUAACAGAGAAGCAGCUAUUGGUAAAUACGAAGGGAAUGAAGAGGUAAUUGAGUGAGAAUCUCAAACAGCUGGAGGACCAUGCUAUAUAUUUAGGGGGAGCCUGGGUGGGUGGGGAGAAAAAAUGCAGUUCUUCACUCAGUUUGAGUGUGAAGUGAGGCCUGAAGAACAGAGAAGGAGAUUGAACUGUUAUAAAGGUAUUUACAACUGGGAGGAGAAUAGGAAAGGAGGGGGGAGGUGGGAGAGGAGAGGAGGAGGCUAAAGUAGCCAUGUGUUAUCAUAUAAAUAGUUAAAUAAUUUCAUAAAUAUACACAUAGACUUCAAAUAUAUAAAUAUGUAUAUAUUUAAAUUCUCCUUUUUUUUUUUGUAAUAUUUUUACAUAAGUAAUUUUAUUGAUUGCAAUUUGAGGGACCUGCCUGACAACCCAGGCCAAAAGUCCAGAGAAUUUAAUUUGCUAGCACUGUAUUUAACCCUGUAACUUUCCAUGACACCCUAAAACCUGUACAUGGGGGGGUACUGUUUUACUCAGGAGACUUUGCUGAACACAUAUACUGGUGUUUCAAAACCGUAAAACAUAUCACAGCGAUAUUGUCAGUGAAAGUGAUGUUUCUUUCAUUUUUCACACACAAACCGCACUUUCACGGAUGAUAUCAUUGUUGUGAUACCUUUUACUGUUUGAAACACUAAUAUUUGUGUUCACAAAGUCUCCCGAGUAUAACAGUACCCCCCCAUGCACAGGUUUUAUAGUGGUUUUUGUAAGUUACAGGGUCAAAUAUAAGGCUUAAUUUUCAGUUUUUUCACAUUGAAAUUUACCAGAUUGGUUAUGUUGCCUUUGAGAGCAUAUGGUAGCCCAGGAAUGAGAAUUACCCCCAUGAUGGCAUACCAGUUGCAAAGAAGACAACCCAAGGUAUUGCAAAUGGGGUAGGGUCCAGUCUUUUUUAGUAGUCACAAACAUUGGCCAACGUUAGCGUUCAGAAUUGUUGUUUUUUUAAAAUAUUUUUAUUGAAACAUUGCAAGUUGUACAAUAUUGGUUUGGAUCACUACGCAUAUAAACCAAUAUUAUACAACUUGCAGUGUUUCAUAAUUAUUUUUUGCAUUUUUAACACCCAAACAAAUAUAAAUGCUAACUUUGGCCAGUGUUUGUGACUAAGUGGCUACUAAAAAAGACUUGACAUACCAUAUCGAAUACCCUUGGUUGUCUACUUUAAAAAAAUAUCUAUAUGUGAGGUGUGAUUCAAUGAUUUAUGACAGAUAAGUGUUACAAUGUCACUAUUGGUAAAUUUUAAAAAUAUAUAUUUUGAAAUAUAGCAAUGUCUUACUUGUACUUAUAGCCCUAUAACUUGCAAAAAAAAAAAAAGCUAAGAACAUGUGAACAUUGGUAAUUUCUAAACUCGGGACAAAAUUUAGAAACUAUUUAGCACUGUUUUUUUGGGGGGGUCAAAGUAAGAAAAGGUGUGUCUUUUAAAAAAUGUUCAUCAUAUUUUAUCAUUUUUUUUAUAGUAAAAUAUGAUAUGAUGAAAAUAAUGGAAUCUUUAAAAAGACCAUUUAAUAGCGAGAAAAACUGUAUAUAAUAUGUGUGGGUACAGUAAAUGAGUAAGAGUAAAAUUACAGCUAAACAGAAACACAGCUGAAAUUUAAAAACAGCCCUGGUCCUUAACGGUAAGAAAAUUGAAAACUGGUCUUGUCACUAAGUGGUUUAUUAAAAUGCUGUGAAAGUUAAUGAUUAUGUGUUAAAAUGUGAAUGUUGUUUCCCAUCCUUUAAUACUUCUGUAGUGUAUUGUAUUUGUAGGCAUUAUUUAAAGUUCUACUCUAAGCACCAGAACAACUUUAGCAUAAAUAAACUGUUUUAGUGUGUAUAUUAUGCCCCUAUAGUCUCGCUGCUCAAUUCUCUGAAAGUAUAAUCCAUUUUGUUCCUGUUUAUGAAGCACUAGCCACACCUCCCCUCACGGUAACUCAUGCAGCUUGCAUAAUAGAAUGGUUACAUUUUCAAUCUGUACAGAGUGUUCACUUUAGAAUUUCUUCUUUUUUUUUUUUUUAUCUUCCGCUCUGUUAAUUGAAUUUUAAUCAUAUACAGGAGGCUCCUGCAGGCUCUAGCAGGACUUAAAUGACCACUCUAGGCACCCAGGACACUUCAGCUUAAUGAAGUGGUCUGGGUGCCAGGUCCAGCUAGGGUUAACCCAUUUUUUUAUAAACGUUUAUGAAUGGGUUAAGCCUUCCCCCAAAUCCUCUAGUGGCUGUCUCAUUGACAGCCGCUAGAGGCGCUUGCGUGAUUCUCACUGUGAAAAUCACAGUGAGAGCACGCAAGCGUCCAUAGGAAAGCAUUGAUAAUGCUUUCCAAUGCGACAGCUGAAUGCGCGUGCAGCUCUUGCUGCGCGUGCGCAUUCAGCCGACGGGGAGGAGAAGAGGAGGAUCGGAGGAGGAGAGCUCCCCGCCCAGCGCUGGAAAAAGGUAAGUUUUAACCCCUUUCCUCUCCCCAGAGCCGGGCGGGAGGGGGACCCUGAGGGUGGGGGCACCCUCAGGGCACUAUAGUGCCAGGAAAACGAGUAUGUUUUCCUGGCACUAUAUUGGUCCUUUAAACAGUGCAGGAGAUAAGAAAUUCUAAAUUAAACACUGUGCAGUAGAGGAAUUUCAAACAUUAGAUCUUUCCUUACAGCAGAUGUGUAGGGAGACUCUGUAGGUAACUUGCAGAGAAUUGUGAUGUUAAACUGUAGGGGUGCUUAGUGUGUCCCUUUAACAAUUUAAUGCAAACUGUAUUUUUUUUUCCCAGUUAAAGUGUCAAAAUUCUUUGCAUAUGAUUUAUAACUAGAAUUAAUAACUACAUUUUGUAUGCAUAAAUUAUAUUCUAUUCCUGUUCCAGUGGCAAGAUGUGCUAGAUAUCAUUGCAAAAGCUCUUCAAGACAACAGUUUGGUAUUUUCACAGAUCAAUGGGAUCCAGAAGUUUCAGGUAGAAGAUAAAUUUGGUUAUGCACUUUUUUUCAUACUAAAUUCAGUAUUUUUCCUUAAUGUUUGUUAUAGUGUACAUGUACGGCUUAGGUUGAAUGCAUGGCCUUUGGAAUACGCUAUACACUGCGGUGUGAUGGUCAACCAUAUGCAUCAGAUGAUAAGUUAAGAAAUGUUUACCAGAAGCCUUGUUUUGUAAAGGCCCAGUGGUCACUACAUAUCAAUAUGUUCAUGUUUAGCUGUCCUCCCUAUCUCCAUUUAUGAGUAGCAGACAAAGUGCUAUAUAAUACAUGUGGGUCAUUUUGAGCCACUGUAAACCAGAUAGAAGCAUAAAUGACUUAAGGUGUGUGUUAUGGUAUUAGUGGAGCAGUGUGGACUUACCUGUACCACCUGCUUCUUAACCUAAUAUAUGUGACCUAUCCCCAACUCACCCCUUAGUGUUCCCUUGGAUUAUAAUGGAGCAACCUUUUCCAUUAGAGAGAGGCAGAGGAGGCCCAGUACUCUUGGCAUACAUUGUUAAUAAGUGAGCUUGCACUAAUAGCAUUUGCAGUGGCACUAAAACCCUCUGUUGUUUGGAUAUGCAUAGGUAUUCAAGAUUGGGUGAAAGUAACUUGAGACGUGACAUAAGGGUUUAAAUCCCUCCCAUUAUAGUAAAUUGGAAUGAACAGACUCCGUGGAGGAACUAAUGUAUAAAACGGGCAACGUACACAAAACAAAAGUUGUAGGGGUGGCCAAAAGGUAAAUCCACAAUAGCUGUACAACUCCCACAAUACUCUGACAGCUGUGGAACUACUGUUUGCAGGGUUGUAUUUGUGAGCAGUGCCUGUGUGUCAAUAUAGGUGUGGCUUUCUAUGUUGUGUGGGUGAACACGUAUGCAUAUUACUGAUGUUUGCAGGGGUGUGUUUGUCUGUAGUAUUUGUGUUUGAAUGCAGUUGUAUUAAAUUUUUUAACUGAAUUUUGGGUAAUCAUGGAGUUUUAAUGCAGUGGUGUAUUUAGAAGUAUUGGAUUAUUGGUGUGUGAAUACAGUUGUAUGUUUGUGUGUAAUGUUGAAGUUUGCAUGCAGGAGGUAGUCACGAAUAGACAUACAUUGUCACACACGCACAUUCAGAUUGCCACACAAAGAAAUAUACAAACACUGCUACACACAGCGAGAGAGGCACACAGACACAUCCAUUACUGGUGGGGCUAUCAAGGGCAUGAAGGGCCCUGUAGUGUCGGUGAGCCCAUUGGAGCCAUUGUGCAGUUACACUAUAUACAGUAUUUCCAUGCAGGAACUGGCUAAGAUGCUGUAGCUAACAUCUAUUAGUUUCACUAUAUCUGUUGAAUUUGUCUAAGGAUUACAUUUGUACAUAUAAUUAUAAUUUUGGUUAUUUAGUUGUUUCCAAGCAUUUGUAUAGACCAUUGUGUAGUCUUUUUUAUAUAUUAGCAUUUUUUUUGCGUUAUGUCAGCGGUUCCCAAACUGUGUGCUGGGGUGUUGCAGAAUGUUUCCCCGGUGCUAUGAUUAUAGCACCGGGGAAACAUUACUGUUCAACAGGGACCCGGUCGAAUGCCGCGGUCUUUUAAGACUGCGACCGGGCCCCAGUAAUGUUGGCCGGCUGGGAGGAAGUGACAUCCUUUCAUUUCCUCCCAGCAUCCUGCAGGGAGACAGCGCGGGAGGGGGCAUCCCCAGCUUGAGGGGAGAGGAGCAUGAAGAGCUCCAGACCCCUCACUCCCACAGCAGCAGGACUCCAAGCCACCCUCCUGGCACAUAAGGUAAGCUAACAGGAGGGUGGCUGGAGAUAUGAGAUAUGAAAAAAAAUUGCUUGUGUGUAUAUAUACAUGUCAUUGUGCUUCUGUGUCUGUGUGCGCGCACGCAUCUGUGUGUCAGGGUGUGUGUUUUUAUGUCAGUGUGUAUCUGUGUCAUGGUGUGGGCAUGUACCAAUGUUUUGUGUGUCAGGGUGCAUGUGUGUGUAUAUUUCAGUGUAUAUCCAUGUGUGUCGGUGUCCAUAUGAUUUGUGUGUAUGUGUUGGUGUAUUUAUAUGCAUCUGUGUGUUAAUGUGCAUGAAUAUCUGUGUAAGUAUAUAUGUAUGUGGUAGUGUAUGUGCAUACAUCUAAGCAGUCAAACACCAGCACAACAUACAUGCACACUUCUGCAAUCUAACACAAAUAUUACAUACAAACACACCCCUGCAUUCAAACUAAAAAAAAAUAUAUACAAACACACCCCUUCACUCAAACACAAAUACUUCACACAAAUGUACAUCCAGGAGCAAUUAAAUGUGUCUUAUAAGAGUUUAUAUGACUGUCAAAGUCUAUGGGUCAAUUUACCCAGCGAUACACUUCCCCAUAUGUUACACUAAUCUCUAGAAGCUUUUUAAUGCAUGAGGUAAAUUGCUGUUGUGUGAAGCUGAAAUAAUACGGAUGGUAUAUUAUACAAGUAAAUUAUUUCAUUUGUAAAGCUAAUCUCUAGUCUAUGUUUCAGGAGAACAUGUCGGCAUUUAAAUAUGAUCCCAAUAUCAACAUUUUACUCCUUCCUCUGCACACGGGUUCAAAUGGACUCAACAUAAUAGAGGCUACUCACGUACUGCUAGUAGAGCCCAUUCUGAACCCAGCACACGAGCUUCAGGCUAUUGGUCGAGUACACCGAAUUGGCCAGACUAAGUGAGUUUCAGGUGAUACAUAUGUAUUUAUUUCCCAUGUUACCCAAGUGUAAAAAUUUUUAAAUAAUAUAUCAAUGAACAAUAUGUAUGUAGUAAUCUUCAUUUUGGAUGUGGUAACUUGUAGUUUGUAGUAUUUAAUUUAAUCUUCUGAUGCUAAAAAGUACUUUGCAAGUUUAGGACACAUGAGAAACACUACAGCAGUGCCCCAAGUAAUUGGACUGCCACUUGAAAUUCUUUAACAGUUUAUUUGCUUAUGUUUUCUGGAGAUAUAAUUAGUGCCAAAAUUAGUUUCUACUUACGAAAAAUAUAUUAGAUAGUUAAUAUAAAUAAAUAUAUAUAGUUAAUCGUUGCUGUACUUUGACCUGUAAUUUUGUGUAAAAAAUGACAUUUACUCCAUGAAUGUAGGUUUUUACCAUAAACCGUAUAGCAGCAGUGCGUAGCUUUUUUUUUUCUUUUCCUUUAGUCUUACAGUGAUCUGAGUGUCAUAAUUAUUAUUAUUUUUUUUCAAGAGCUACGAUUGUUCAUCGCUUCUUUAUAAAAGCAACGAUUGAGGAAAGGAUGCAUGGAAUGUUAAAAACUGCUGAUAGAAGGUAUCCAUAUUAUUUUGACUAAGAAUUUAUAGUAAUUGUGUUCAUGCUUUUAAUUAUCAUUAUCUAUUGAUAUUUAAAAUUCAUAAUAUAUGUAUUAGGAAAAUUGUAUUUCUGGCACUAUGUAGCAGCGUACAUUCCAUUUAUACCUUGCUGUUUUGUUUUAACUUUAAAAAAAAAACUAAUAUACACAAUAGACACAAAGAAGCUUUUAGACACACAUUUUAACAAAGGUUAGAAAAACACCCCUUUAAAUGUGUCAGAGUUUAUCAGACUAUGUACAUGUUAUUGCUAUUAUACUAACUAGAAAGAACACCUACCAUGUGAACAAAACAAUGCCAUUAAAUAUAAUCAACACUUUAUAUGCAAUUGGCCCCUGAAAUAAGAUGCCUGAACGGGGGUGGACUAGUGUUAUAGUGGUGUCAGGGUACCCAAAAGUGUGUUGUAUAGAUUACCGUUGUUAGUAAAUUCAGUUGCACUUGCCAUGGAUAAUUAAAGGUCAAAGUUUUAUAAGGCAUGGAAAUGUAGGGAGACGUGCUUUUUCCUAAUUUUUAACAAGCACAGUACUACAAGUGAGCUGAAUAUAGGUAGGUAACUGCUUGAUCUGAUAGUGGAUCCAAGACGUAUAAAGUCUAUGAAGGGCUUAUUCUCAGAAGUUAGUCUCUGCGCAGCCAUUAUGAUUAAAAUACCUUUAUUUCAGAAUUGUAGCAUGUGCGUUUGCAACACAUUUGGGUUAGCUUUGUUGUUUAAGUGCUUCAGUCUUUGCAGAAAGGAGUACAAUUUUUAAAAAUUCUUAAUACAAAUCAUACUUUUUUUUUUUUUUAGUCACACAAGCACAUCAGUCAAGCAGUCUGAAGCAUCUGUGUUGACUGUAGCAGAUCUGGCCGACUUGUUCACAGAAGAGAGAGAAUCCCUGGAAUGAAUGGUGCUAUAUUUGACCUGUUUCCAAACGUCCAAUGGAUGGCCAGUCAACAAGCAUGAACUUCAAGAUGCAUAGACUUAUUUUUUUUUAUUUUUUUUAUUCUUUUUAAACUUGUAUAAGAAUUUACAAGAUUUUACUUGACUAGUCGUAUAUUUUAUACAGCUUUCAUUCCUUUUAACAGAAAGUUCUGUCUGUUUAUAGAAUAAAUACGUGCAACUUGGUAAAAUAGUGUAAACACAAUUUUGUGUGGAUUAUAUUGCCUCUCCACAAUAUCUCCAGUAUCUCCACGUUUUCUAUUUCUAUAAGCUGAAAGGGUCAUUUACCAUCUGAUAUCUGAAUUCUUGCUAUCGCAAAAGGGCUCUAUUCUUUGACAAGCAAAUAUCCAUCUAAUCACCAUUACAUGCCAAAUGUGCAUUGUGAAUCUUGACUGGUUCAAUUUAGUCAAUUAGAAAAAGGGGCUCUCCAAGCUAUAUUUGACUCCCAUUUUAUGUAAAAUGUAUGUAGCUGUAAAAAUAUAAAAAAGAAUGUAAAAAAGUGUAUGUAGACAGGAAUACGUAAUCAAAUAAACAAAGUAAUUGAUUUUUACCUAAUCUUUAAUAUCCAGUGGCACAAGUGCUUGUUUUGGCUUCAGUGCAAGUGCUGAUGUUAUUUUCCAUGGUAACACCUGGGAUUUUUUUAGCUGUGUCGACUAGCUUAUUUCGUACAUUGAGCUAAACCUUUAAAGGUUUACGUGCAGAAGUGUUUGUGGUUUUUGGUUUUUUUUGCAUUUGUUUUUUAAAUGUAUUAAUUUAAUUAAAGUUGUCUGGAUGCUUGGAGUGUCAGUUUAAUCAAGAGAAUUGUAUGAAACAUUUUUCUUGAUCUCUGGGAACGUAGCAAUUUAUGCAAUGAAUUGUUCUUGGUAGCAAUUGAGAGUCUGAAUAUUUUUAAACAUCUGUUCUCACUAACUUAGUGCCAAGUAAAGUACAGUGUUCUUUCAACCCCUAGGUAUAUUCUCACCUAUAGGAAACAUAAAGAUUUCCUAUAAUCGUUGUCAAGUUAAUUUAAUAAAGUUUCAUUGGUUUAGUAAUGUUACCAAUACCUUGAGAAGUAUAACUUGGUAUAACAAACAUAUUCUCAAAAAUACAAUAAUUAAGCACUACAAAAAAUAUGAUUCAUCUUGUUUAUAAAUGUUGACCUGGAAGCCACCAAAGAUAUCAAAGUGUAUGAAAGUAAUAGGCAUGUCUAUAAAACUCUAAAUUAAUUGUUUAUAAUAUAGUGGAAAUAUCAGUGCUUUAUUCAUUAAACUUAAAUUUGAAGAAUUUCAUAUUUCAGCCCAAAAUAGCUGAUGUAGAAAACAAGUGGAGUAUGUGAUUUUUUUUUUUUCCAGUUGCAGCAUUUUGUUUUUUUUCUUAUGUGAAGACCAAAAAAUUUGUAUUUUACAGUUGUCCUAUUGCAUUAUUAAUUUUGUAUAUCUGAGGUUUUUUUUGUGGUAAGCAUUGUACAGCAUUGUGGAAUUUGUUGACGCUUUAUAAAUAUUAAUAAUAAAAAUAAGCAUGACUUGCAAGAUAUUAGCAGCCUUUGUGAGUUAGAAAUAUAAAUAGGUCAGUGUUCCCCAAUAAGUUUUCUCUCUGCAUAAUGUUGCAAUUUUGCUUAGAACAUUGUUUUAUAGGAAAAAAUUUAUUUAAGUGCAUCAAUAUUAUAUUGUUCUAAGAUUGUGGUAUUUAAAAUAUGCACAUUCUCAUAUUCCAUACAAUAUCUUGUGUGCUAAUCAUGGAUUAAUUGUAUGGGGGAAAAAAAACUCUUGCACACACAAUUUUUGUUGUUGACCUUGCUAUUUCAUUAUUAAUUUCAUUGGACAUUCCUUUAUACAAUGUUUAAAUGGAAAUCUGUGCACUUUCAUUUUUUUUUCUUCUUUAAUUAUUUUACUUGGCUGUAAUAAUUUUUAAUGAGCUCAAUGCAGAACACACGCUUUAAAGGGACACUAGUCACCAGAACAACUACAGCUUAAUGUAGUUGUUCUGGUGAGUAUAAUCAUUGCCUUCAGGCAUGUUAAUGCAAACACUGCAUUUUCAGAGAAAAGACAGUGUUUACAUUGCCCCAAAUGGCGCCACUCAGAUGGCUACUGGAGGUGCUUCUUGGCUGAGUGCUGCACAUUAGGCAGCUAUGCCUUUCAGCUGGGGACACUGAAUUUUCCUCAUAGAGAUGCGUUGAUUCAUGAGGAGGUGCUCUUUGGCCAAAGUGGUGUUUGGGCCCUGCCCCCUUGCUGAUUUUAGCCAAUGGGAAAGCAUUGAAUUGGCUAAAAAUCUGCAAUUCUGAUGAUGUCUGGCGGACCUGCCUGGCGCUGGAAAUAAGGUGAGUUUUAACUGCUUUUACAUGUUUGUGUUCCUUACCCUAUAGUGUUCCUUUAAGAUAUUGUCAUUUUACCUGUAUUGUUUGAUAAUAAAACCUUUUUAUAAAAUGGAC